CGGGGCGGCAGGGCCGGGGGGCGGAGCCCGCUGUCGGGCCGCCGCCUGUGCGUGGCAGCCGCUCUGAGGGGAUUCUGGCGAGGCGGGCCAUGGCGAAGAAGGUGGCCGGGGUGGCGGUGCUGGUGGCCGGGGUGCUGGUGCUCGGCUUGUGGCCGCGCGGCGCCGAGAGCUCCCCGAGGAAGGCGGUGGCCGCCCGGCUGGCGGCCAAGUGGCCGGCGACGCCGUUGCUGCUGGAGGCCAGGUGAGGGGACGAGAGGGAGGGUUGCUUGAGGGGUCAGCUGAGGGAAAGCGAGGGCAGCUGAGGCGCACCUCCGAAAGGGGGCGAGGGAUGACCCGCGUCAGGAACAAGGAGACUUCGGGGAAAGGUUGACCUCGGGAUCUGCUGCCCCUGUGGACCCUGCCCUGGGUGGAGAGAUUGACUUGGAAUCCUCAGCUCCCCCCCCCAUUUUUUAUUUGUUUUCACAACAUUAUAAACAAACACAUAAAACAAACAAACAAAAAUCAUAGCCUUAUUAAAAAUUACACUUAUUAACAUUGUUAAGUGACUUCCUCGCUUCCCCUUGGUUGAAUUUCAUUGCAUGUCCUUUUAACGGUUUUCCAAAUCACAGUUCUUAAAAAAAAAUUAACUUAAAUAUUAACAUCCUUAGAUCUUCACAUUAUGAAAUUAAACAUAUUAAUUCAUCACUUAAACAAAAUCCUAAGCCAAUUAAGUAUCUGCAAGCUGUUUUCAGUUAAUUUAACAUAUUUAACUAAGUAAUCAUUAAAUUUGAUCCAAUCUUCCUGAUCCUCCUCCUCCUUCUGGUUGCGGACUCUUCCGGUUAGGUCGGCUAGCUCCGAAAAAUCCAUCAUCUUAUUCUGCCAUUCUUUCAGCAUCCCUUAUUUUAGGAAACCACGAGGGUCAUCUAGUCCAACCCCCUCUGCCCUGCAGGAAUCUUUUGCCUAACACGGGACUCGAACCCACAGCCCUCAUGCCCUACCUGUUGAGCCAGUGCUCCACAAACUCUGCUUCCCAGGUGUCGGGUACAACUCCUAUCAUCACCCCUGGCCCUGCGAGCGAGGGAUGCUGGGAGUUGUAGUCCGGCGACAGCUGGGGUACCCAAGGUUGAGAAGCGCUGGACUGCGCGACCUCCAACCAGAUCUCCUGGUGGGAAUCCAGAGGGGUUUGGGAAUCACAGCUAUCCCGGCUGGGGCUGGUGGACGCCGAGGGAAAAGGAUAUCAGGGCAGUCUGAUUGGGAGAAGCGGAGACAUCUGGUGCCAGGGAGUGUAGUGUAGUGGUUAGAGCAGCCUUUGUCAGCCUUGUGCCCUUGGACUGCAGACACCAUCAGCUCCGGAUAGCGCACCUGGCAGGAGUUGGUGUACGUUGUAGUCCCAGCAACAUCUUGAGGGUGCCAGGCUGGUUAAGUCUGGAGAGACUCCUUCUGAAAUACUCAGCCUUGAAGGUCAUACUCUUUCACCUACCUCACAAGGCUGUUUUGAGGAGAAGGGAGGGGCAAUGAAUGCUGCCUUGGAACUAACUUGUAGGAAAGUUGUGAUAUACAUAAGCUGAAUGCUGUGAUGUAUGUAACAUUAAUUGUCCAUGGAAGUCCAGAAUUUCAAUUGAUUUAGGAUAGUUUCCUUGAAAAUCCAUUGGAGUUUAUGGAAUGAUUUAAGGGCCUGUCCCAAAGAUUUUAAUGGCAUGUUAGGGAGAUUGUUCCAGAGAAAGUGUCUUGGAGUUGUAAUCACAAACCAAAUAAGUGCCCCUGCAUUCCAGCCCUUUUAUAGUACUCGUAUGAGUUCAUUUGCCUUAUUGGUAUCUCCAUUAAGAACGUGUAGCCAUGUGGUAAAAUACUGAGGUCAGAUAUCUUACAUAUCCAGCAGUAUCAAAAAUAACAAGAAGCAAGUAUGGGUCUUCUGCAUCUGGCAUGCCCAUGAAUCUUGUUCCAAUGCCAUAACAUGCCAAAGUGAUAUACUGUAAGAACCUUAUUUCAAAUAAUUCUACAUGUCAUCAAUAACAACUUAAUACCUCAAGAUGGCUGAUCUUUAUAUUCUAGCAAUUUGACCAAUGUUGCCACACUGUGUGCACGCUGCAUAUAACUAUGUAAAAAAUUUCCCACCUCCUUUUUAUGCUGUCAUAAAAUAGAAGAAAAUGAAUUGGUGUGUUUAAAUAGCAUUAUUUUCUGCUAUGUUAAACCAGAAAUGCUGCUUGCUAUUUAAGCUUAUGAGUGGUCCUCAGUUUGGCAUCCUGCUCCUUUUCCUGCCACCCCCAAAAUAGAUGCAUUUGAAUUUGUGUUGUGUCUUAGUAAUAAAUAAUCCAGUAGUUACUCCAUGUCUUCUGGGAUUGUGCCCUUUUACCACAGUUUGAGACAAAAUCCUAUCCCAAACAAACUUUUCAUUGCAGAAUUUGCACAGAAGUAGAUGUAGGCAUAGCCCUUCUAGGACUUUGUCACCUGCACAUCAGUAAACAAUGUCUUCCACUAUACCAUUUUGUUUCUAUAAGAAAAGAAACGUUUCUGUAGUAUAAAAUAUCACAAAGAACAAACCUUGUUUACAACUCAUGGUAUGUCUGAAGUAAGGCAAACUAUAGAGCUGGGUUUGGAUGACACAUUAAGCCAAAUUAUAACUCAGCCCUGAGGAGUGUAACAGCCAUAUCUCCUCUUUGGGAACCUGUGCGUUUGCGCUAAGCCAUGGUUUGCUGUGGCAUUACAUGCAAAUGAGUCACUCUGUGCAAAAAUACACAACUUCUGAGCAAUUAGGAAACAGCAAGAAUGGUUAGAUCAUGUAACACAGUUAAAAAGUAAAUAAAAUACAUUUAUGUAGUUAAAAUUUACUAGUUUAAUCUGUGCAACGUCAGAACUUAAUUCCAAUUGUAUAUGAUUCAGAGUUUUCCUUAGCAAUGAGCAUUCAAUAUACCUCUUGUACAAUACCAUAAAAUUUUGCGCUGUAUGUGCUACAUGUAUGGAGGAAUGAGGCAACAUAACUUGCAUGUCUCAUCAUACUCAGUUUUCAUCCACUCCUUGGCCUGCCUGCUGAGCUCAUGGGUGACUGAAUGUCUUUAAAGUCAUUCAGAGUUAAUUGUAUAAAUCCAAUUUCACUGGUGUGCUUGCUGAGUGUGCUAGGGUGUCAUAUGUACAUAGCAAUUCUAAAUAAGUUUAAUUAGAAAUAAGUCCUACUAAAUUUAACAGGAUUUAUUCUGCAAUAAAUAUGUUUAAGAUUGCAGCUUUUACCUCAGUUUCCUGUCUGUAAAGUGAGAAUUACAUCCUGCAAGCCUAAUUUGAGCAAGUGUUAUAUAACUGAAUGAAAACAUCUCUGCCUUAGUUGUUCAGUCUGCAUUGUUUUUAAAUCUAUCUUUAAUUGUUUUUGGACUUAAGAAAAAUCUGUCUUAGCUGUUUUUAUUAUAUAUUUGUAAAUUUCCUUAAGGGGCAUGUAGAAGGGGAUUCAUUAAUCAAUUAAUUAAUAGGUUGACAGCUUAAUACAAAAUAUACUUCCGUGGAUCCAGUGCUCUGGCUAUGUAGAUUAUGUCUUGUUGGUUGGUGACAUGGGUUAUUAUUCUGCAGAAUGUUUGCUAUGUAGUGUUGUUCUACUGAUCUCAAAGGACUUCUACAAUUCUGGGGUGAGAAGUAAAUUAUGUCUUUAAAUCAUUUAGGCUUUUUCAAACACUUAGGGAGAAUUGGCACAGCAACAUCUUCUGGGAUGUGUGAGGUUAGGAUCCCACAGAUCCCUAGCUGAGCUGGGAGGUUCCCAGUGGAUUUGGGCUACACCUGCUCGGCUUCUUCAUCCUUAGCUCAGCUGGAGAUACACUGACAUAUCACCCCCAUCUGUCUUAGCUGGAUCCCAUUUUACUGAGUUGAGCUCAGUGGAUCUUAAACUGGUGUAAGCCUUGAAAAAUGAGUUUUCUAGAGGCAUGGUGGGGUCAGUACUAGAAAGGCUUGAUCCUAAGCCCAUUUAGCUCAGUUACAUGUCCUGGCAACCUGGGGUAAAUUAAACCAGGAAAAAGCGUAGUGUAAUUCAAACACAAUUUUAAAGACUUGUUCCCCCUCUGCCAGGUUUAGGCGGGCUCUGCUAGCAGAAGCCCCAUUCCUGAAUGGAGUUUGGAUCCGGUGUAAUUUUUGCACCAGCUUAACUGAUGCCAGGCCUGCUAUAUGCCAGCUGCUUGUGUAUAGGAUCGCUCACUUGGGCUUCUUCUCAAAAUGGUUGUUUGUGUCUUAUGAGUUAUACUAAUGGAUGAAUUAUUACACACCUUUUUAACAGUGAAUUCAUUGCAGAAGAAGGCAAUGAGCAAUUCUGGCAGUUUUUGGAAACGGUGAAAGAAUUAACAUUAUACAGGAAAGGAGGUAAGUUGUGUUUGUUGUGUGUAUCUAGACUGGCAGACCUUUCUGUAAAUUGUACUGUGUAAUAGUGUUAAUAGUGUGCAUGCUUUCAACCAAGAGUGGUUAACCUGGGACUCGCCAGUUGUUGUUGGUUUACAACUCUCCCACCAUCCUUGACUAUUACUGGUGCUGGCUGGAGCUGAUGGGAGGUUUGGGGUUUUUUAAAAUCUUGCCUUUAAGUUGUGUUUUAGGAAAUUUUUAUUCUUUUUUAUGCAAAUCACUUAGAGAUUUGUUUAUAUUAAGCAAUAAAAUAUGUUAUAGAUAAAUAGUCCAACAACAUCUGGAGGGUCACUUUAAAUGCACAGUGUAUUCUGCAACCUGUCCUUAGUAGUGCUUCACUUUCUGGUUUCUUCACAUUAAAAUAAGAACGUUGAGACAGUCCAAGACAUGUUGAUGCCUGAAGCAGAAAAUCAGAAUGAUAUUCUCCCUUCCCAAAAUCCACUGCAUAAAGUAGGCUGCCUUGCCCUUGCUGAUACCUGGACUUUGCAGUCAGCCACUGAUUAGACUGACGGAUAGCAUGGACAGGUCCUUUUCAGUGGUGGGUCUGUACCUCUGAAACUUAUUUACUCAGCAGAUAUGUGGGACCUCCUGUUCUAAGAAGAAGAAAAAAUUCAAAAUAUUUUUAUUUCAGUCUCUCUUAUUCAUCAUGGUAUUGGAAUUGCUGUUGCUCAAUUUUUAGGGGUGUUAAUGUGGUUUUCAUGGAUUCUGUAGGUGAUUAUGCCUUACAAAGUGGUAUGUAAAUGUAGUAAGCAAGAAAAUAAAUAAAUAAAUAAAUAAUCAAUGGCUUUUUAAAAUAUUUGCCCAAACCUUUUUCAUGCCCCCCAUCCUUAUUUAUAUUCUGCAUCAUCUUCUUAGUUAUCAGAGAUCUUUAAAAAAAAAAUUCUGAUCUAAGCAUCCCAGCAUUUGUUGGUGGGGAGGGGAAGCAGCAUGAAGGAGGGUCUUGAUUUUGGCCUUAUGAGUGAGCCUUGCCACUUGGCAAUUUCAUAAUGUCAUAUCCGGGUUCAUCCUCUUUUCCGUUCACCACAUGAAGUUACUGAUAAAUGUGUAGGUACAGCAUUUUUGUAUCUAUAAUAACCCAGAGCUCUUUUCUGCAGCACAUCAAAGGAGGCGACUGGAAGGUUUUGUUUCUGUUUGUAACAAACCAUAGUUCCCCAUUACCUUCAAACUUGGAGAAAAGUGAUUUGCUUAAACGCUUGAUACUGAGAACAAACAAGAAUCAAACAAUAGUUUCAGAUUCUUAUUUACUAAUUAGCUAAAGCAAUGUUCUCCAAGUUUAGAUGUAGCAGUGAAUCAAACAUUGCAUGCUAAUUUUAAUUGUGUCCAGUCAUUUGGGCACAUCACAACAUUUUGUUUGUUUUGGGGAUUUAUAUUCCUCCUUUAAAUGCCCAUGGUGGCUUCCAUUAAAUAUUUUUUUUAAAAAAAAAUUCCACAGAAGGGGGCGUCUACACCUUCUGAUGUUUGCUUUGUACAGGUUUGUGUAUAAAGCCUUUCCUCCUCCCAGGAGGGGAGGGGUUGUGAUCGGGAGAUGAUUCCCGUGUCAUGCAGGGGGCGCUCCGCCCCCUGCUUCAACUCCAGGGCUGGCGCCACGCCCCUCCCCGGUUCGGCACCCAAUAGGGAAGCUCGACGGGGGCGUGGCUUGCUGCUCAAACGCAGCCACGCCAGCGAUCCCCACCAUUGCACACACAUUUUCUUCCGUGGUCCAAUGCCUAAGCCAAUACCUUCUCACAUGCUGUAAUCAAUAAAGUUGUGGCCUUUACCUUACCCAUUAACCUUACAUUCUGUGUCCACGUGUCUUUAUUCCCCAAGCGGGGAUCGGGUCCUCGAAUCACAACUCUAAACUAUGGUUAGUGCACAUCAAGGUUUAUAAACCAGCAGCACACCAUGGCUUACAGGUGAGGUUUGUUCAUGUUUAAUAAACCAUGGUUAGGCUGCUGCUAUGGCUUCAAAUGAUCUAAUAAACUGUAGCUUAACAUUAAGAUCGAAUCACAUCAUGAUAUGGUUCUAGAGUUGCAUACUGUUCUCUUUAGGUCAUUGUUCCUCCUUAGUCACUCCCCACCUCCUGGGACUGGAGAGUUUUUCGCUGUUCCAAGCACUAAGAGGAAGGAACAAGGUGCCACAGCUGGUCCUCUUGUCCCCAUACUUAUGUGUUAUGGUGAAUUAAAAUAUUUCCACCCAACCCCAAUCAAACUGCCACACAAGCUGGCUGCCAUUAAAUAUGGUUGUUACAGAAUUGUUGUCUUUAUAAUCUUUAGUCCUUGGGGACUUGCCCAGGUGUUCAGUUAGGAUGGCAGCCGUAAUUGCUGUUUGUUAAAAGAAAAUUAUAUGCAUAACCACUCAGUGGAAUAGCAACCUGUUUUCUGUCUUUUGUUUAUCUGUACUAGUACUACUUUAUUUUUUCCUUUUCCACAGCACUGUCUGUCUUGUCUUCCUCCAUUUUCCUCUUUGCUUUUUCAACAACACAGCACUUUUUGCUUGUUAGUUCAUAGGAUUUCAGGCAUUUACCUUAGCUUGGACCAUUUUAUUUGGUAAAAUGGUUAGUGAUUAAUACACAGUAAUGCUCUCUGAUGUAUGAUUCAACUUCUGCACCACUCUUUUCAGAUCGGCAGGAGAAACCAGUUCACAAGUCAAUAUACCUGCCCUUUGAUGGACACUUAAUAGCAUGUUGUCAGGGAACUUCCAUCAGUGCCGGAGGGAGAGAGCAAGAUCCAGAGGGAUUCCAGAGAGCGUCCCGGGAUUGGGAGAGGCAGCCCAUCUUCUGGGGAAAAGAAUCAGCGUAGCACCAGUGGAGAAGGGGGGCAGAUGGGGGAAGCGGUGAGGCGGUCCCAUGACUCCUUGCCGGGGACCAGCGGGGAGAGUAGAGCUCCUCCGCUGCCUACGCCCUCCUUGUGCAGAAGGCUUUCGCACAGAGAGAGUAGGAGGAGACUAGGCGUCAAAGAGCUUCUUUGCUGGAAGAAGUUUAAGAAACGCCCACUGAUGGAUUCUGCCAGCGAUUGAGACAGCCAUGGGUGAGUGGCUGUCCGGACAGAAAAGGUUCACUCAGGCAACCCAGCCAGGUGUUUGCACCGGCUUACGCACGAGCAACCCCUAGAACCAUUACACAUGUUUUAUGUUUAAUUUGUAAGCCCCCAACUAGAGAAAUUGUACUUUGUAUUAAUAAAAAUUUUAGAAUUGGCCAAUCAUCUGAAAUCCCACAACUUUCUAUAUUCCAGAUAUUUUUAUUUGCCAACACGUAAUUGUAAAUCAGUGAUAUUUGGGACUAGAUGUUAACAUCUCACUUGUAUUUCUUUUCCUUUUUUAAUACAGUCUCGGAGCAUUCUUAUUACAACUUAAUCCUGAAGAAAGCCGGACAGUUCCUUUCAAAUGUGCAGAUUAAUCUUUUGAAAUUUUCUCUUUCCUUACGAGCACAUUCCCCAACCAUUCAGAUGUUUCAGCAGGUGUGUAAAAUUGGCUGGUACAAGCUAGGAAUCUGGAUAUGGCUUUGGUUCACAUGCUAAGGAGGGGCUUUCAAAAAUGGCUCCUCAUUGUGGCUGUUGUCAUACUGCAAGCCGUUCUCUUGCAGCAGCUUGCAGCAUGGCUAAGAGUGCUUUCUUCAUACUGCUGCAACCCUCCCUUCCAAAAUGUUUUGUGGUAGCAUGAUGGUCUGCUUGCUAAGCUUCUGUAGAACUAUAGUGCUGCGUGGAAGGGAAAAAAGACCAGAGGGAUGGAUUUACAGUAGCAUCCAGGUGAUGGUGGUCUUCAAAGCAGCCCUUAGUCUCUAGUAGUGUUGUUGAUAUUGGUAGGACUGGUCUGGAGAAAAACACUAUUUGCUUUACAUCCAUAUGACCUAUAUAUCUGCAUAUAUUGUUCAGUGUGAACUCAGAAGCAAGCCUCAAAUCGGUCCCACGCCAUAGAGAUACUGGCCUGGCUUCCAUGUAGGGCUGAGUGAAACUAUGGCUCUCAAAGAGGACAUAAUGGCUGCUUUGCUCCUCCUUGCCAUUAUGAUGUUGUGCUGUUCUGACCCAAGUCUCUUGCAAGACAAACUGCAAGCUGCAAACAAAUACCUGGUUUGAAUGUGAAAGCUAAACCACAAGCAUGGAUUUGGAUGUCAUUCUAAGCCAAAGCACAGCUUAGUACAUUGGCAAAACAAUUUUGGAGAAGAAAAGCUUCCAUGAUCUCCUCUCUGGGAGCCUGCCCAUUUGCACUAAGUCAUGGUUUGGCUUAAUGUUAUGUGUGUAAGACAACAAUGAGUGAUCCAGGAAGAAUCUAUAUUAUAAUAAACACAUGGUGUCCCAGUUCAUUUCUUCAUUUCUGCCUGCUAAUGGGGUGUGUGCAGAGUUCAGCCCCCUAGAUUACAGGUUGUCCACAUGUGCUUUAGAACUAAAAAAUUCCUUGUAAUGUCUAAAUGUGGGAAACUCUCUUCCCACCCCGACUAUAGUUAUUUAAAACAACAUAUGGUCAAACAACUCACCUGGCUCAACAGAAAAUGCUGCAAACUUGCUCUUACUGAUGUGAAAAAGAAAGCUGUAUCCUAUUGAUAUUGACACCAAAGCUGAGUCUGAUCUUAAAGUGGGUAUUUCUGAGGGUAUUUUUGGAAGUAGAAGAAUAGACAUGGUAACUAUGAAUUUGCCUAUCAGCAAUUUUAUAAAAUCAGCUUAUACUUUAUAAACUAGUUUAAUAAAGGGUGUCCCUGUCAUGUGAAGUAGGCACAUGUUUCUGCAAAAGUUUGUAUUAAAACUGUCCAAAGAUUAUGUAUUUUGACCUCAACUGGAGUUGAGGAAUGUGAGAAAAGAUGAUAGCUUCCCUGUUUACUUCUGUUAUUUCCAAAAAAGGUGUGUUUUGUUAUCUUAACAAAAAAAGAAAAUUGAUUUCUAAAACAUCCAAAUAACUGUUAAUGGUGGGCAUUCUGAGACAGGAUGCAUUGGUGUUACUUGUAGGGCUCCGAUCUUUUCAUUAUUUUCUCCUCACAUACUUGGUACUUAGACGCACAAUGUGAUAGCAGCUGAUGCGCUGUUUUAAUCAAAGGAAGGUGCAUUACUUUUAGGAUGAAAUGCAAUUACACCAGCUGGGUUGAGUGUAAUUGUUGAAAUAUUAGAUUGCAGCUGAUGAGCCGCCACCGAAAGGUUGCAGUGCAUUUGUGGUUAUCCAUGGGAAGAGCACCUGUAAGACUAAUGAAAUUUGGAAGCUUCUGAAGAAAGCUGCUACAAGGUAAAUAUAGUGAGCUAUUUUGAACGAACAGUUCUUAAAGCUUUUGUUCCACAGCAUCACAUUUUUAUUUGUUUUGGCAGCACACAUUUACCUUUGUUCUCACCAUAUAAACCUGGAUAUUGGGACUCAAUGAUACAUGUUGGUCAAAGAUGCCACUUUGAGUUGCAGCUGUUGCUUCAUCUCAGGCGCCUGGGAAGAGUGAUUGUCUGCAAUCUUUCUUCCAUAUGAACUUUACAUUUCAGGCAGUGCUUGUCAGUUCAGCUCCAUCUCUUGGUCUGCUGCUACCUCCAUCCUAUCAGGUGGCCUCCCCUGACACUCCAAGAGUUCUGAUUCUCUGAUUCUGCAAGGGAGUGUUGAGUUCUGCCCAUGGAACUGUGUGGGAUUGCCACAAAACAGCUGUUAUUUUCUUUUUUAAAGAUUGGUGGAGCUUUUAAAACCAUGAGAGAAGUAAUAUGUUUGUGUGAGAUACUACACACUGCAUCUUCUGAUUUAGAAAUAUUAGCCAGGCUGUCUAGUGCCUGCUCCCUGCCACUAAUGAAAUUUGGCAAAUUUCAAACUAGCCGACUAACUUUUCUCUGACCCAAGUGGUCACGUGUGUGGUUCUGACACAGAUUAUAUGGAUACAGGAUUAUACCUGUGGGAUUACCACGCACAUUAUCACACACAUUGAGACAGAAUGUGGCUGAUAUGACAUUAACAGAUGCGUUAUGUGUGGGAAAACCAGGCUAGUUUGAAACCAGCCUCAUAUAACCAACAUGCAUAAGUCAAAUUAAUGCACUUCCCCUUAUCUUGGGAGGAGAUCUUCCUGUGAAGCUCUGUGUGUAAAGAGGUUUGAACUGGCUGCUCCAGCUCAGCCACAUGGUUCUCACCAGCCACUCCUGAGUUCCUAUACAGUAAUUUAGGAACUUUCACCACUUUGUAAACUAACUUUUACUGCCUGUGCAACUUCUGACUGAUGUCUGGAAAAGCACAUGAACCUAACCUUUGAAGAGUUUGUAAGUAAACCAGUUUUUAACUUAGAAACGUGUGGUCCAUUCCUAUGGUGGAACGGAAAUUUUGGAACUCCCUUUUAAAGGUCUAACAGCCUAUAUUUCCAUGCUUUGCUUUGCUGCAUAUUUUGUGACAUUAAUUCUCUGAUGGGCUUCUCUCACCACAGAGUACUUGCCCCAAAUUUGGAUCUUGGCAUCCAGAAAUUAUCCUUUCUAUAUAUUUUUUCCACCAACAAUAUCCAGCUAAGUCCUACACAGAGUAGACCAUUUCAGUCAAUGCACCUACCUUAGCCAUGUCCAUUAAUUUCUGUGACCAUCCUCUGAAUAGAACUAACACUGAAUGCAAUCCCUAGAUAUACAUGAUAUACAUUUUUGCACGGACGUGCGCACGCGCACACAAAAAGUGACCUUGAUAUGCACUGGCUUCUGGCUCUCGCUUGCACCAUUUGAAGGCUACUUUGGCUGCAGGGAUUAGGUGCAUUAUUUCAGCCCUUCUGAUCCUUCCCCAGAUCUGAAGACAAUGGUGUUUGUUCCCAUUGUCUGCCAGCCUACAUAUAAUUGAUGAGAACUGAUACAGACUUCAAAGCAUAUGCAUGCCUAGAUUUCUUUGGCUGAGCUUCAGCAUGUUCUAAGGAACAUUACCCCUAGUGUUCCUUAAACUUUAGUUACUUUGGUAGGAUAGAAGCAGUGUGCAUGCUAUGAAAACGAACCUUGUGGCUUGUUUCCCCCCACCCCCCACCUUGCUCUGCUCCCUGUGGAUAUCCUGCUAGCAGAAUUAGCCCAUAAAUUGUGAGAUUAACAAACUACACAUAGUUUAAAAUGGCACAGGAUUGCAAAGUCAUUAAAUUCUCAAAGUCAACAAAUUCUUGUUGUUUACGAGGCACACACAUUAUGCAUAGGAUUUUGGCUUACAUAGGAGUAAGUUCCACCAGAAUGGGAUGAAGCUACAUGUAUGUUUUGACUUCUGGUCAUGGUGAGAGUAUUGCUACAUUUUCAUGAAACAAAGCAUAAAUUCAGCUAGAGCUUGAACUAUCCAUGUUAUCUUUAGUGAUUGCAUACCCUUUGGUCUAAUAGCUCCCAUGAACGGUACUAAAUAAAAAGUCUUCAUGUACUGGAUAAUUAAAAUAGCAUUCAGUGCUUUGUGCUUGCAGCUGUGUAGCUUUUUUAUCUGUGUCAUGAUAAAUUGGCUGAUGCUGAGUUGCAUCUCCAGCUGGAAACUAACUUAGCUUGUUCUGCAACCAGUUUUAGCUACUGUGAUGUCCUUAUCUUAGUCUGAAAUCCUGUAUCAGGCAUCCCCAAACUCAUCCCUCCAGCUGUUUUGGGACUACAGUUCCUAUCAUCCCUAACCACUGGUCCUGUUAGCUGGGGAUGAUGGGAGUUGUAGUCCCAAAAUAGCUGGAGGGAUGAGAUUGGGGAUGCCUGUCCUAUAUGGUACUUCCUUAUCUCAGAGGAAGCCCCAUUGGACAAAGUGGGUUUUACUUCUGAGUAAAUAUGUAUUGGAUUGUGUUACAUACUUUUGUCAGUUGUUCAGUAACCAGGCAGUGAAGACUCUCCCAUUCUGACACACUCAAAUUACAGUGGUGCCCCGCAAGACGAAUGCCUCGCAAGACGGAAAACCCGCUAGACGAAAGGGUUUUCCGUUUUGGAGGUGCUUCGCAAAACGAAUUUCCUAUGUGCUUGCUUCGCAAGACGAAAAUGUCUUGCGAGUUCCUGCGGGGUUUUUUUCCUUCCCCCCCCCUUUUUCCCAAGCCGCUAAACCGCUUAUUAGCUGAUGGCUAAGCCGCUUAUCAGCUGAUCUUUAAGCCGCUUAACAGCUGAUGCUAAGCCGCUUAUCAACUGAUCUUUAAGCCGCUUAACAGCUGAUGCUAAGCCGCUUAUCAGCUGAUCUUUCAGCCGGCUAAGCCGCUAAUACUGUAGCGCUAAGCCGCUAAACCUCUAAUGGGCUUGCUUUGCAAGACGAAAAAACCCGCAAGACAAAGAGACUCGCGGAACGGAUUCUUUUCGUCUUGCGAGGCACCACUGUAAGUGAUUCCUUUUAAGUUGACAAAUUAUUUGUUCUUAAUCCAAGGCCCAAGCCAUAUCUGUUCAAAGGAGAUCAUAAAUUCCCUACGCUUAAUGAGACCGGCCCAGUAGUGAUCCUUUAUGCCGAAAUGGGUACAAAAGACUUUGCUACAUUUCACAAAGUUUUGUCUGAACAAGCACAAAAAGAGGAAAUUGUUUACGUUCUUCGACAUUUUGUCCAGGUAAGUGUGUGUGCAGAAGGGAUAUAAUUAACUGCAAUAGAAUUGUUUGUUUAAAUCUUUGUUUGUUUAAAUCUUUCCAAAUGUCCAUGAAGCCCCGUUGUUGCAUACUUUGUUGUCAGUUUCAAAGCUUUUCAGCCACAGUUUGCCACAAAAGGGGAACACUGGGGCUUUUGGCCUUGUGUCAUACUUAUGGGUUUCCUAUAGGCUUCAAAUAUAACACAGUACAUUGAAAUUAACAGGAGAAUGACUGGCUUCAGAUGAGCCUACAGUCAGCCACUGGAGAACUGAUAUAUCUUGUAAGGAAAGUAACAGGUGGCGUUUUAUUGAAAAUGAUUAUCUUUCUUUCACCCCCAUUGUUUUUAAGUUCCCAUUGUGGGUGGCCAGAUACAAAAGAGGACAGGGUUCCUGUGCCUUUCAUAUUAUAAAACAUCUGCUACAGCUCCCACUUCUGCACAACUGUUAAACUACUGUCUUCUUUUGCAUCUGUUCGCCCUAUUAGUGAAGCACUUCCUCCCUUCUUUCCUCUAGAAUGUUCUUUACAGUAUGUCAGAAUUCUUCCCCUGUACAAGCACAGACUGCAAACCACAUGCAUCCUCCAAGUUAAUAUUGCAUUAAUUGGAUCCUGACAUUCAGUCACAAGUUUAGGAGGCCUAACUUUGGUGUGAAGUCGUCUUUUUUUUAAUUGAAGUCAACUAGGCUGGUGAUGAAAAUGCUGUGGAGCAGUCCCAAAGAAAGUGUAAAUGGAUUAGUAUAGUGUCCGAAGUUCAAAAAAUUUUUUUUGCCCUAACGUAUAAUAAUAAUAAUAAUAAUUUUUAUUUAUACCCCGCCCUCCCCAGCCAAGGCCAGGCUCAGGGCGGCUAACAAGCAAUAAUAAAAACAAGUUGAAUGAUUACAACUUAAAAACAAAAUUAAAAUACAACAUUAAAAUAUUGAAACAUUAAAAUAUUAAAAUAUUAAAAUGUAGCCUCAUCACAGGAGGAGAAAGGAAAAGAAAAAAGAAAGAGAGGGAGGGAAUCAAAUUGACUCCAAGCCAAAGGCCAGGCGGAACAACUCUGUCUUACAGGCCCUGCGGAAAGAAAUCAGAUCCUGCAGGGCCCUGGUCUCAUGAGACAGAGCAUUCCACCAAGCCGGAGCCAGAGUUGAAAAGGCCCUGGCUCUGGUUGAAGCCAAUAUAAUAAUAAUAAUAAUAAUAAUAAUAAUAAAUAAAUAAUUUUCCCUCGCCACACUGAACGGCUCCCAACAGAAUAUUAAAAACACGAUAAAACAUCAGACAUGAAAAGCUUCCCUAAACAGGGGUGCCUUCAGGUAUCUUCUAAAAGUCAGAUAGUUGUUUAUUUCUUUGACAUCUGAUGGGAGGGCAUUCCACAGGAUGGGCAUCACUACUAAGAAGGAUCUCUGCCAAUAGAAGGGAUUCUUUCGGAAUGUAGGCCUCUAUUAGUUUUAGAAACAGAAUGAUUAAAAUCCAUAGUUCUUGUCUAAUGCCUUCUACAACUCACAGUACAAUGCUAUAACUUUGAAGUAAGUCCCUCUGAAUUGUAUGGGGAUUGCUAUCAGGGAAGUGGGUAUAGGAUUGCAGCCUUAACGGGCAAUUAUUUGUAAAGUAUAAUCCUGAUCUUGUGUAUGUUUACUCGGGAGUUCAACAGAUUUAAAUGUGAUUUACGCUAAAGUAAAUCUAAGUUUAGAACUUAUUUAGAAAUGGCAGUACUUAACAUUCCUCCCUUCUGUUCUUUUCGAAAUGAUGAACUCGAGCAGAAACCUAGCUCCGAGAAGAUGUAUUUGUCUGGAUAUGGUGUGGAACUUGCAGUAAAGAGUACAGAAUACAAAGCGGUGGAUGACUCUCAGACCAAAGGUACAUUUUUCUCCGGUGUGUGGUAUUACUAGAGACAUUAUCAUCACAAAAUAUUUGGCAGUGUCUAGAAUUUUGAAGGCAGUAAUCUUCUACAUUGCCCCAUUGAAGUUAAUGGAAAAUGUCUUAUUGGGUCAGUAAUUCACCCAGUAUUUGUUUUCCUGACACACACCACUGGUUGUGAUUGCAUUUUGUGGGAUAUGGCAAAAGUAGCCACAGGCGUUGAGAAUCAAUACAGAAAUGUACAUCUGUAAUUUUUUUGUUGAUGGAAUGGAAAACUCCUAUUUUCUAACUGUAUGCCAAACCUGAUCUUCCUCCUUUGUCAUCUAUUUGAGAACCUGUCUUAAUUUCUUUCUUCCUCUCAUUUUAGGCAGUGAGUUAGUUUCUUUGAUAGAAAAAGUAGUAAUCGUAAUCAGUUCUAGAAAGCAAAUAUAUUGUCAUAUUUUUGUACAUGUGUUUUGUUUAGCUACAAAUAAUGUAACAGCAGAAGGAGCCAAUGAGGAAAGUGAAGUCCAGGGCUUUCUCUUUGACACAUUAAAGUGAGUUUAUGUUAAUUAUAAUUCCAUACUGGCAUGCUUGUUUUUAUAAACUUGUGUAUUUAGUGCUUGAAUAAAAUCCGUUGCAAAAAUAAUCUUUUGAAAUUUUACCUGUUUUAUGAAGUUAAUUUAAACUGGUAGUUACAAAUGUCUUGAAAUGUUAAAAUGUUUCUUUUGACCAUAUUGCAGUUGUUUUAAGAUCAGGUUUCUGUUGAAGAAUGGAUGCACAUAGACAUUUUCCCGCUGUGCAAAUAAGUAUAUUUUAUCUCUUUAAAAAGGCAUGUUGUUUGACCAUAUGAAGAUAAUUACACUAUGCUUGGCUACUUACAUAAGCACAACUCUUUUAUUUUCAGUUAGGAUACACCUUUUGUGCUGGUAAAUGCUUUAUAUAUCAUAAAAUAUCCCAUAGAGAGGAAAGUGACAAACAUGAGGAAGACCAAAACUGCAUCUUUGCUCAACAUGUCCCCAUUUCAUACAAUAGCAUAUUUCUGAGUGAAACCAAAAGCUACCACACUUCAUCACAUCAUGUACACCAUUACAUCCAUGUACAUCCAUGUACUCUGGACCUUGAACCAGGAAUUCCGGAAGCAGAACCUGCACACAUAAUAGCAACAGCAAUGCUAUUUCCAUUUCCAUUUCCAUUUCAUUUCAUUUCAUUUCAUUUCAUUUUUAUUAGUAAUUGUAUCAUUUAUAUGUCACCCAUCUGACUAGGUUGCCCUAGCCACUCUGGGUGGCUUACGUUUUGCAUUAACGUAAAGAAUCAGCUCCUUAUAUGAUAACAGCUGCCAUUUUUACUAAAUGUUGGUCACAAUACCUAAAAUACCUAAUAUGGUGAAAUGGAUGGUUAAGAUGCAGGGUCCAGUGGCCAUGGCUCAAUCAACGUCCUUUAUUAAGAACUAAGGAAAAUCAACAAAUAUAGAUACGUUUAUAGGCACCAUUUAUUGGCUUUUGUGGGAGUAGCCUAUAAAUUCCAAGCUCAUAUUUAUCCUUUAGGAAGAUAAACUGUAAUGAAAAUAAACCACAAACUAAAAAUGUCUUCAUAUUUUAUUACACAACUGACGUUGGUUAACUGCCCUAGGAGCCUUUUUGGAUGUAGAGUGGAUUAAAAAUACUUUAAAUAAAUACAAAAAUAGAACACAUCAAAUAUAGACGUUGAAAUAAAUUUCCUCAAUGAGUAAUAAACGGCUGAGUCACGUAUUAGAGAAAGCCUGCUUAAACAAAAAAAAGGAUAUCAGCAAAUGUCUAAAGAUCAUUGCUGGUGGUGUUUAAUACUGGUGGUGCCUAAUAUCUUACUUCGCCAAACCUUUAUUAGGCGUUACAAAUAUAGGCCAUCAUAAAAAAUAGAUGUACAAAAUUUUAAAAUAUGUUCAAAUAGCCAUGUAAAAAUAUGUAAUAAUGAGGAUUUUCAUUGGACUUUCUUCCCACUAAAUAGUGCCAUUCACCAGAGAUACUAUUGAUAAAAACUCAGCCACCCUUGCAGUUACUUGCAGGUUAAUAUUAAACAGAUAGAAUCUGAUAUUUUCAUUGUGCCAUGAAGACUACCCCCAAAAAAGGGGAAAGCAUUCAUUUGCGUAGCUGGUUGUACAAUGGGCAGUAGAAAAGAGUAUGUUCUACUGUGUCCGGCACGUUCCAAAAACAUCCACAAUGUCUAUUGUUUCUGGGGAUGUUUGAAUAUCUGCCCUUGACAAAAGCUGAGGGGGAAAUGUUCAGUCGGGCUAACGCAAAGGCCCUGCAUUGGACUGGAAUUAUUAAUUUUGAAAUAUAAGUGACCCUGUUAUCUGUUGUAUUUAAACCAUAAAACUUAGGGGAGAAAAAUUGAUUUACAGCUGACUCGAUGUUUUGUUUUUCAGUGUUCCUUAAUCUGAUUUGAAUAUUACGAUAAAUAAUUGUAUAAUUAUAAUUAUAUAACUUGAAUUAUGCAAGAGUUCUGCCUAAUAUCUAUAGAAAGGGAGGUACUACUACAUGGGAGAUCAUUCCUUUGUACCAGGCUUGGGAGGGUGAGCUGAAUUGGGGGACGGGACCAGCCAAGCUCUCCCAGCUAAACCAGCCUCCUGCCGUUGGUGCAGCACUCAUGCACCCACCAGACGGGCAGGUGUUAGUGCCUCUGGAAUGCCUGCCAGCAGUAGCCAGCACAACGCUCUGAAACAGGGUGUUCCAGGGGUGAGGAGGGGCUGAGCUGGCCCAUAUCUGUCGGGUCCUGAGCUGGUUUCACAGUCAUUGUGUGAUAGCAUCAGGCCUAUGAAUGCUAUGCCUGCUCCAGGCUGGCACAGCGACCUUUCUGCCCUCCACCUUCCACCUUGGCAACCAUAUGUGGCAGGGCUGCAAGUGUGCUGGUGGCUUUGCUGCACUGUAAAGCUGUGGGCUGGGAGAGGGGAAGAGAGAGAAGUUUUGAACCCAAAAGUCCCAUGCCUAAUGGAAGGGAGCGGCCAACUGGAAGGUCAGCAGACCUACAAAAGCCUCAUUAUCUGGCUCUGCUACAUAGGGCUGCCAUACAUCCAUAAUUUCCCGGGUAGUAUUUUCGAGAAUUGGUUAAAAUGUCCAGCUCAUAUCGGACUUUCCCCCCAAAUAGCUAAAGACUUCAUUUAUUUGGAGUUUUUGUCAAAAAGCUCAACAACUUUGGCCUAUAUGGUACAGCAUUUAUUUGGAGUUGGCUCCUUUGGUUGCUAACCAUGGUUAAUGGUAAUCAGUGAUUGAAACUUUGCUUUGAACCCCGUCUUCAAACUUUGGUUGUGCGGGACAGUAGCAUUAACAAGUUCCUCCCUUCUGGGUUAGGAGAAACAUUAAAACUACAAUUUUCAAACGUUUAUCAUUGGUCUUUAUGCCAACCGAAUUGUAAGCUCCUACAAGUGUUGUGUAGUAUUGACUUGGUUUAUGUUUCAUAAAAUCCAGACAGAACUAUCCUGACCUCAAGGACAAUCUUCAAGAGCUGAGGAAAUACCUGAUUGAAAGUAGUGAUGAUACAGAGCCUUUGAAGGUUUGGGAAUUGUCAGGUAAUAACCUUUAUACUAGUUGUUUGUUUUUUGGUGUAACACAGUGGAAGAAUGAAUGGCAGUGUAUUUGCACCAGUUAUACUGACAUCAAUGUAAUGUUUACAAACAUUGUAUGUGCAAAGGGGUAGCUGGUUUUUAGGAAGACUGUUCUGAGAAAAAAAUUCUCGAGGUGUACAUUUGGAAAUAACUGCUGUGCACACAUAACUUUUAUCAUCCGGGCUAAAAAAAUAAAAUAAAAUGUGAAUCCCUUGCUCACACAGGCUUCAGAUUAGCCAUUGUAUUCAGAAUCUGGAUAUCCAUUAUGCUUCUUUUGCUAUGUUGCUUAAGGAGUAUCUACCAGAACUACAUUUUCAUGGAAUACAUUUUCAGUGAGCUGUGCUGAUCUCCCAGGGAUGAUGGUAAUUUGCUAGUGUUAUGAAAGUAUCAUGCUGAAAACCUGAGGGACCAUUCUAGAUGUUACGCCUAGUUCUAAGUGGUGCAGUGGAACAGGAAAUGUGAAGGAAUUAAUCUCUGGGGCAUUUUUUUUUGGAACAAUGACAUCCUCUGCUGGAGCACCAGAUACAAUCCCCCCACCCACCCACCCACCACUGCCUCUGUUCUCAUGCCUCUGGCAAGCGAAUGAGAUGAUAACGAGGCUUUCAAUUUUUACUGUUGUUUGUAACAUAUCACCAUAAAGGAAAUUGGAGAAUUUGGGCAAUAGAUGGAAGCUGGCUGCUUUUGUUUCCUUUCUUUGCGGUUCUUGCUUCAUGUCAGCAGUUUAAAUGGUAACACCUUUUUGUAAAAUGGUGAGCAUGGCUGAUCAAAAGCUAAAGGUUUGGACUUUUGUUAAAGCUCAGUGUGUUUUAGCAAGCUGAACCUAUGCCGUUAGAAACAAACUCGACUGAAUUUAGUAGCACUUACUCCCAGGUAACCAUGCAUAAGAUUGUAGUCCUGCUUCAUGGCUGAUCAGGCAAGUGAUUCCAGGUUAAGCGGCGCACCACCUUCUGCCAGCCCAGUAUUCUAGGAUCGGCAUCAGAUCCCAUUAAGUUGGGUAUUAUGCCAUGUCUACUAAUUGAGGUGUACAUGUGUCAUAGUAGAUCAAGACAGCUUCCUGAAUUUUUUAACUCGGUGGAGUGUGGCUAUGGAAGGCUGUCAAUAUGCGCUUCUGUACUUCAGAAUUUACGUCCUAGCAUCAACGUGCAAUGGGUUUUUCAGGCUCCCUUCAUAUAACCGACUUUGGUGGGGCUGGGGAACUAGACAUGCAGCUGCUACUUUCAGCCGCCGCCGCACAUUUUGGUUCUCUGAUCGGAUCCUUGUAGCUUUUCUUAAGUUUUCGGAAAUAAAUCAAGAGAUUAAUAUAUGGUCAGACUCAAAACAUUUGUCCUGGCUUCAUUGACAGGAUGAAACACCAAGAAGCAUCUAUUGUUCUCUUCUGUGAAUCUAUUUUUAACUAAACAGUUUUAGAUUUUAUUGGUAAACUGCUGCAUCAGAUGAACAAAGUGCACAUAAAGCUCUUCAGAGAGGCAGAGGGAAGGGAAAGAUGUUAAAUCUUCCUAUCCUGAUGACCUGCAGGAGGAUCUUGUGUGGCUGAAAUCAUUGUGGUACAAUUUAUCUUUACUGUUUCUAUUAAUGCGGCACAGGAGUAGGCCAUGAAGUGUUAUCAUUGCAAAAUAAAAGCCAUAAUACUACUUUAAAAGCUAUUUCGUCAUAUCUAUGAUAUGUUGAGGAUGAGGGAAAUUGACCAUGAAGCUUGUGGAAGAUUAGGCUUUUUUUCAUAAUACUGUAAAAGUAGCACGAUAUGAUGCCUUUUCUCCUUUCAGCGUUAUUGGUAACAGUUUCUUGUAUGCUUUUAUGUUACAUAUGGGAUAUCCUUUUUGGAAAUAAAUAAACAAGUUAAUGAGAAUUAGUUAGUUGUAACUAAAUUAAGUUCUACUGCUUUCCCUGGGUCUUAUAGCAUUAUGCAUGUCUACUCAGAAGUAAGUCCUAUUGAGUUUAGUGCAGAUUACACCCAAGUAAGUGGGUAUAGGAUUGUAGGUCUACGAAAGGCCAACAUUCGCUGCAUUGCAGAGAGGAGAAUGGCCUUGUGCUACUCAUGAUUUAUUAGUUGAAUUAGAUUUGUUUGUUAUAGCUACUAGGAGUUCAAAUAAAAUAGAUGGAAUACAAAUUUAAUGAAACCUUUUGAAACUGGGCAAUAUAGCUAUUACCGUGUUUCUUCUGUAGUUAUUAUUCCUCUUUUCCAGUGUUCCAAAUUCUGUGCCAAAAAAAGCUGAAUUCUGUAACCUGUAUAAAUAAUGCAAGUUAAGCACCUUUUUUUUGCUGCUUUUGAAUAAUCAAUACUAUUUUGCCUAAUUUAUUCUGAUUUUUAGUAAUCAUGGCGAGUGGCAAGAAAUUAUAUUGGAGUCUGAAACUUCUCCCCCAGCUGUUGGAAAUUUGGUGUAGCACCUAUGCUGCGUUUCAGUAACAACUGGCAAAACAGUUUCAAGGCUAUCAUGAAACUUGUUCUGGAAAGUUUAAAUUUUCAGAAAGCUUGAAUUCUAGGGGUUUUCUGCACUCUGAUCAAAUCAAAUCAAAACAUACAUGCAGUCCUGACAGAUGCAUGCAGAUGAGGUUUGAACAAUCAGAAAUGCGAGUAGAAGUAAAAGCAGUUCAGUAGUAAAAUUUAUGUAUGCGACUGCAGCGUCAAGAAUCUUAUUGGCCCCAAAAUGGAAAGAAGAAGACCCGAGGAAAGAACUGGAUACAGAAACUCAUGGCUUAUGCAGAAAUGGCAAAACUUACCAGAAAAAUAAGACAUCAAAACUACAAACUUUUUAUAAAAGAAUGGAAAUUGUGUAUUGGAUAUGUACAAAUAAAUUGUAAACAGAGAAGGACAUUGGCAGGAUUAUUGUAAUAACCUGCAGUUUCAUAAGAGUAAAUAAUUAAAGUAGUUGAAUAAAAAAAUAAGUUAAGUUAAUUCAGUAUAUGCAGGAAAUGAUAAAUAUAAAUUUAAGGAACCGCAGAAAGUGAAGAAGGAAGUCAAAUUUUGAAAUGUUAAAAUGACUGUAAAACUAUUGGAGUGUACCAUAUUUUUCGCCCUAUAGGACGCACUUUUUCCCCUCCAAAAAUGAAGGGGAAAUGUGGGUGCGUCCUAUGGGGCGAAUACAGGCUUUCGCUGAAGCCUGGAGAGCGAGAGCCUCUCGCUCUCCAGGCUUCAGGAAGCUCUGCGCAACCCUCCCGGGGUCCGCGCAGCUCUGUGCGACCCUCCGGAGCCCAGCACCAAGCCGCGCCGGGCUCCGGAGGGUUGCGCAGAGCUGCCUGCAUUCCGAAGCCUUGGGCGUGCUGAAGAGCGCGCCCGGGCUUCACACAGCUGUCCGCAAGCCUGGGGAGACCGGCGCGGCUCCCUAGGCUUGCGGAUAGCAGGCUGUUCUGGGGUCUGGGGUCUGGGGAAGCUCGGGCUUCCCCCGCGCCAGCCCCGUGCCUGGGGGGGAAAUAAUUUUUUUUUCUUUAUUUCCCCCCCAAAAAAACUAGGUGCGUCCUAUGGGGCGAAAAAUACGGUAUAUAACUGAAAAUUACCAAUAGUUCAGUGGCUAAGUUCAGACAUUACUACAAACCAUUUGGAGAACUGGAAACAAGACAUGUGCCGCGUCUGAGUUAGGGCGGUGCAGGCAGUUGCCCCACACAGGGUGCUGAGCCACGGAGGCACAAAAUUGAGAAGAUCCAUAAUUGAGAAGAUCCAUUUUGGGUUGCCACCUUUUGGGCUCGCUCAGGACGCCACGUUACCAAAGGUUGCCAAAGUACACACCUGACAUGUGUGUACAGCAUUCUCUGUAGUUUGCCAGUUCAGAUAUCGUGACAAACUGUGGUUAGGUUGGAAGAGCCAAGUGCUAACCAUUGCUGCUCUGAAGUAAAUUGGGGGUCAGCACUAAACAGGAGUCGGAAAGGGAAGCAGCGUAUGAAAGUGGGAAGGAAUGUACAAGCCUGCAGCUCAUUCAUAAGCGGGAUAAUUUUCUGACUAGAGCCUUUGAAACAUCAUCAGACAAAACAAGCUUAACCUGCUGCCACAUCUUACACCUAAGGAAAUUAUUUAAUUACAGCUGCAUCUGUAGUAUAGUUUAGACUGUUUACUAUCUCUGGUCAUGAUGACAAUUAUAACUUGUAUUAUGGUUGUGUUAGUGAUGUAUGGAAGUGAGAGCUGGACCAUAAAGAAGGCUGAUCGCUGAAGAAUUGAUGCUUUUGAAUUAUGGUGCUGGAGGAGACUCUUGAGAGUCCCAUGGACUGCAAGAAGAUCAAACGCAUCCAUUCUUAAGGAAAUUAGCCCUGAGUGCUCACUGGAAGGACAGAUCGUGAAGCUGAGGCUCCAAUACUUUGGCCACCUCAUGAAAAGAGAAGACUCCCUGGAAAAGAUCCUGAUGCUGGGAAAGAUGGAGGGCACAAGGAGAAGGGGACGACAGAGGCCGAGAUGGUUGGACAGUGUUCUCGAAGCUACAAACAUGAGUCUGACCGAACUGCGGGAGGCAGUGGAAGACAGAAGUGCCUGGCGUGCUCUGGUCCAUGGGGUCACGAAGAGUCGGACACGACUAAACGACUAAACAACAACAACAACAAUUAUGGUUGUGUACUAUCAUAGUAGCCUCUGAGUGCUUUUGUGGAAAAUGUGUAUAGAAAUAGGACUGCUGUAUUUGUUAAAUUGGCUUUAGCGCAGUGGAAGUCACCAUUUCAGAUGAUAAGAUGUGUCAAAGAGUAGUUGAAAUAGUACAAACAUCAUAUGUUACGAUGGAUUAAUGUAUUUUAUAUAUACUUACCUUGUUGCUUAUCUUGUUGCUUUUACUAACUGUGUGUGCAAAUGACCUGAUUGGCUAAUGAUGAAUAUAAUUCUAUUUACAGUUGUUACUUAUACGCCCCUGUCUAGUCAACAUAUAUAUGCUCCAGGCAUGUGACCAUAGUCAAGGAAUUGAGAGUUGACCCUAGGAUUUCCUCUUCCCUUCUCUCCCUAAAUUCUACCUGCCAACAUAACUGUAGCUGAUUGUUAGAUAAGCAUUGACCUUCAAGUUAAUUAAAGCCAGACAGGUUUUGCUAUUAACAAAUGUUUUAAAUCCAUACCUGAGGUUCUUCAGUGAAUGCUUUGUUUUCUUGUAGACAUUAGUUUGCAAGCAGCCUCUCGGAUUCUCUCUGUGCCCGCUUAUAAUGCAUUAAAAGUCAUGAAGGACAUUGCACAGAACUUCCCAGUCAAGGCCAGGUAAGGCUAAUGUUAUUUCCAAUUACAGUGGUACCUCGGUUUAAGAACAAUCCGGUUUAAGAACAAUUUGGUUUACAUAGUCCGCAAAACCGGAAAUAGUGUCUUGGUUUGAGAGCUUUACCUUGGUCUAAGAACGGAAGCCGAACAGUGGAAGGGCACCGGUGGCGGAAGGCCUCAUUAGGGAAAGCACGCCUCGGUUUAAGAAUGGUUUUGGUUUAAGAAAGGACUUCCGGAAUGGAUUAAGUUCGUAAACCGAGGUACCACUGUAUAUUAAUGAAUGUCUGGAUUUUGAGAGUUUCUUUUGAAACUUUAUUUACAUUUUUAUCCCACCCUUCUUCCAAAGUUAUUAGGGCAGCAGAUGUGACUUUCCCUCAUUUUAUUCAUUCACCAACCCUAGGAGUUAGAAAGUGACUGAUCUGAGUUGAGCUUCUUGACCGAGUAGAAUUUGAGCCUGGUCUCUCCAGUCCAAGUUCGAUAUGCUAGAGUAGCCUUCCAAUAAACUCCACAAAAGUUGCUAGCCUGACUGCUCUCAUAUAUCUAUGUAAGUUGUCUGUGUCAAUAAAGAAAAUCAGGAUCUACCUCACAUCUUGCCUUGAAGUUGAUUCUUAUCAUGUGACCAGGAAAGUGGUUUUUAACAAGCCUAAACAACAGUUAAUAGAAUUCAACAGAUGGAAGGAUCCAGUAUGUAAAUCCGAAUGCUAAGUCUUAAAUGGCCCAUUGGGUGCAAGUUGUCAAAUUAAGAAACAUAGCCAUGAUCAUUCAUGCCACAAUAAUAGGCAAUUCUUUGUCAUCUUUCUAUACCAAGAGAUUACUCAUAAGAGCAGUGAAGCUAGCUUUCCAGUGUUUAUACAACUGGUAUCAUGUCGAGAUUUCCUUCAUUAGCAGACAUUGUCAUGAUUGUAAGUGAACUUUUUAUAGUGUUUUUCAUGGAUAAAAUGCUUUACAAUUCUUAUCUCGUUUACCCUGUGGGUCUCCCUCUGCUACAAAAGCCAAAUUUCUUUCCCUACUGUUCUAUCAAACAAUACACUAUUGUUACAGUCUGCGAUGCCUUGAAUCCCCAAUACAAUCCCAUACUUAUUUGACAUUGCAAGGCACAGCUGGCUGUAGUUUUUGAACUAUUAUGACAACCCUUAGACAGAAUAAGGCGGAGAUGAGAGUGCAUGGUUGAUGUUAGACAUGAGCAGUAAUUUCUGUCGUCUGGCAGAAACUUGAAUAACUUUUCUUUGUUCCUGUUAGAAUACAUCUUGCAUAAAAUUUGUAUUUGAGCAUAUAACAACCAUUGAAAACGAUGCUUCAGUCAAGUACCACUGUCUAUCAAAAGUCUUUUCUAAAAAUCUUUAAUAGUCAUUUUACUUUAGAAGAAAAGUUUACAGGUCUUGCUAGAUAGCAAGAAGUUGAGAGUGGACAUCUGGUUUGAACAUGCCCUCACCUGCCACAGGGGGAAAAGCCUAGUUUAAGAAACCAUAGCUCAAGCUAAUUGUAGUUUCCAGUUCAGAAGUUACUACAAAUUGGUUAGUUUAAACCAAUUGUUUCAUUGUGGUUGGGUGUUAGAGGGGAUAUGUUGAGGGGAUAUCAUUGCAUGCAAAACUUUGCCUAUGGAGUACUUUAUUCCCUCAGAAUAGGUGGGGGAAAUGCCGAAACACACAACAGUUCAUGAUCUCUGACUUUUUCAGAUCCCUGACCAAAGUGUUAGUGAACCUGCAAAUGCGGAAAGAAAUAAAGGAAAAUCAACAGGUUUGUUACUGUUCUUUUUAUUAUACAAAAUGAUGCAGUUGAUUAUACUGUGUCGAGAGAUGCAUAUAUUAUACAAGGCUGGGAGAUAAACGUAUUAUAAUGUAACUUAAAAAUGUAAGCAGCAGAAUUUCUAAAUGCGGACUUGCUCAUCAGUUGCAGUCCUUAGCUUCUCAUGACACCUUCUGCUCAAAUAUUGCAUGGCAUGGCCUGAUUUGCUGAGCAGCCCUUCCAGCUACAGUGAGCGAUGAAACUUAGACCAUUAAUGUUCAGAUGUUACCUUCAGGGCUUGAGCUUUAACUCUGAACUAAGCUGCUUUAAUUGACCACUGGAGUUCAACAUAAAUCAGUUCAGUACUCAAAUGUCUGCACACAGUAUAAUUUGCUCUGUCGAUAAUGUAUUUUAAUGUAUUGCAGAAUUAUAUUUUGAGCUUUUGCCCUUAACACAUGGGUCAUUUGAGAUCUGUGUUCUUCAGAGUAUGUUUUAAAAUAUAAGUCUCCUUCCUCAGCUUCACCCCUAUCAUCCUAGAUCAAGUCAGUAAUCUUCAGCUAUUGUCCCAUUCCAAACAGCCCCAUGUUUGUGAAGAUUGCUUCGUUCAGGAUUCAUUUUCUUAUAUGUAUAGUGAAUCAGACAGUCAUUGCCACCUCUUUCUACUCUUCCCUGAUUUACCGGUAUAUAAAAUAUGCUUGAUUUACUACUCACAGAGGUGUAAAGAAUUUUAUUUAUUUAUUAAAUUCCUUCACCGUCCUUUAUUUGAGGAACUUGUGGAUGUCAAGGGUGCAGUACCAGUGAUGCCGGCAGAGUUAGGUUAUGGACCAACCCCAAGGUCUCACCCCCCCCCCUUCUCUGUGCAUAACAUGUAGACAACUUCAGGCUCUCAAAAUUAUCUAAGUGUUUUUGGAGGGUCCCUUAUCCAUUUUGAUAAACUUGUCAGAAAGACCCACCCUUUUUAUCCAACACCCCAAAUCUGCUCCUAGGUCUGCACUUUUCUUCUUCCGUACCUCCUCGUGGAAACCAUUCUAUAUCUUGCAAAAAAUUAAUCCCUGUGUUCUUAAAACAGUAAACAUCCCUCCUCAGAUGUUGUUGGAUUCCCUCAGCCCCAGCCAAUAUGGCCACUGGUCCAGGUUGAUGGGAACUGCAGUCGUCCAACAACAGCUGGGAGGGCCGCAGGUUCCCCACCCAUGUGCUAAAUUAUGGUUUUGUGCUGCAAGAUUGUGCAGGUAUGAGCCUCAGGCUUGCAUGCCGUAUCCUGAUAAUAAUGUAAAAGCCCAGCUGGGUGUUGGGGACUGGACUGAGGGGGACAAGACUGAGGAGGAAUGGUGGAGACCUCCCCUCCCUCCUGAACUUCCCAGAGAAGAGGAAGGUUGUAUUGAAUUACAACAGUGGUUUGAGGAAGGUCACAGGUAAGAGACAGGUGAAUAGAAGAGUUGGGAGGUGUUGGGAAAAGAGAAAGGGGGAGACAGAGUCAGAGCAGCCAGCUGACACGUUAUCACUGGAGAGCGUUUUUUACCCCCCCCCUUCUCCCAGAACCUGGCAUGCACUGAAAGUAGAAGAGCAAAAGACUCAAGAGACAGUUAGCUCCCGGCGGCCACCAUCGGGGAAGUGCUGUUGCUAGGAAGGGAGGGGGAAGGAGCUCAGUUGGAGCAACAGCAUUGACGGGAGACAGACUGCAUUCCUUCAUCAUUCUCUGUGAAUUAUUGAAUAAAUCUUGGUAAGACCUCUUAUUGUUGGCGAAAGGCCCAGAGCUCCAGCAUUCUGUUCUCACAGUGGCCAAACAGAUGCAUAUGGGAAAUGCACCAAAUGGGACACAAGUUCAGCAGCACUCUUCCCACUUUGUGGUAUACAGAGGCAUUCUGCGUCUGACCGAGGAGGCAGGACAUAGCAUAGCUAUCACGUUUGGUAACCUUAACCUCCAUGAAUGUGUCUAAUCUUCUUUUAAAGCUGCCCAAGCUUAGCAGCUCUCCCUGCAUCUUGUGCGAGUAAAGAUGUACCCAACAUUAGAAAAUUCCAGCCUGGGGUUAGUGGGAAGCCAUAGAUUUCCAGAUUCGAACGAAUUUUGUUAAACUCUGACUGAAAGAUUGUCAUCUGCAAAGGGAAGAAGGGACAAUAUAAGCCCGAGAUACCUGCCUGCUUCUUCUCAGCAUUUAGCUUUUACAUCUGAAAGCUCUCAAGGAGGCUUUGACACCUUAUAGGCUAAUAGAUUUAUCGUGGUGAAAAAAUUCAUGAGUUAGAACCCACUUCAUCGAUUCAUUAUGCCCUAAUAAAUCUGCUAACCUAGAAGGUGCCGCAACAAAACUCUUUGUGUUUUCUGGAAGAAACUAACAUAGCUACUGCUCUAUGUUCUGCUGGCAACUAUUUAUUUUUUAUUUGGGAUUUCUGAUCACUCCACUGAGACUGCUUCAGAAUGGGUUGUGCUAAGAUGUUUCUCUUCUACACUGCUGGCAUUACUGGUUUUCAGAAUAGUCUUUCAGAAAUACCAAAACUAGGCAAAAUCCACUCAUAGAAGGGAAAUAUUUGAUCCAGACUUCAGUUCUAAGCUUGGUUAGAAGAAGUAAGUCCCAUUGAAUUCAGUGGGGCUUGUUAUUUUCUGAGUAAAGAUGCUUAGCACCAGGCUAUAAAUUUCAUUUUGUAGAUGCUUCAAAGCAGUACUGAACUUCAUGCCCAUGAAAAUCACUAUUAAAUAGCACAGUGUUUUUCAUGCUUUCCUGACACUUUUACGUGGCUGAUCUAAAACAAAUACUUCUUUUAAAGCCCUGGAGCUAUUUUUUUUAUUUGAGCCAUUUGAUCUUUUUAAUAAGCAUCUUUUAGUGAAUUCCUAUUUAAGUUUUCCUCUUUCCUCUUUUCUCUCUCUCUCUUUCUCUUUUUUUGCCUUACUGCAGAUUACUCAUUUUUAUUAGACUGCAGCAGCUGCACAAACGCAGUGUAAAAUGGUAUCAAGUACUGGUAGUUAAAUAGCUCUUAAAAUAGACCUGAAUACAUUUUGAUGCCAGUUGCUCUCUUUUGGAAAAUCCUGUUACCUAACAGAAGAACUUUUGAGUCUUUCUGUCUGAAGUGUCACAUCCAAAGUAAUGUUUGAGUAGACAGGAGUCUAAUAUACUUGCAGAAAUUGUUCUACACAAUUGCUAAUGGGGUAUUGGGGUGGGUGUGUGUGUGUGUGUGUGUGUGUGUGUGUGUAUGUUUGUUCUCUGUAUUUUAAACUUACUACAUCAGAGAAUUCAAACAUAAUUUUGAAGAGAAGUAAUAAAACAAAAUUUCAUGAAUCAGACAACAUUUUGGUGAAAUCGUGACCCCUGCGGGUCAGGGCGCCAAGAGCUCAUUUUAUGGUCUACCGUGAAACAUGCAGUUUGCACUGCCAAACGUUGCAGGAGCCAAUUUGCAGGUGUCUGGCACCAUUUUCAAGUGAAUCAGAUGACAUUGAGUUUUCGGGGGAAAUUGUGACCCUGCAAGUCAGGCUGCAAGGGCUUUUUGUGGAGUGCCUUGAAAUGUGGGGUUUUCACCGCCAAACAUUGCAGGGGGCCUUUUGCUAGUGUUUGACAGCACUUCUGAGUGUAUUGGAUGACGUCAGGUUUUUGGCGAAACCGUGACCUCGUGGGUUACUUCUUUGAAUAUAGAUAAUGAAAUUUGGGGUUAAUCUGUGCAAAUUUAACCUGGCUGCAUACAUAAGGUUAUUGUCUCUAAGGACCGCAUGAAAAAAUGCUUUGGGUGCGCACAAGUGCAGUGGUGAGAAAGCAAUCUCUUUGUCUUUUUUGUCUGUCUAUAAAUCUGGCAGCUAUUCAGACAUCAGUAGUAGAGCAGAAUAAAUUGUCAUGCACAUUUUUGAGCUACAGGAUAUUCGUCUAGCAGCAGGAGAGGCAUGAUUUCAAGCUGUGCAGAACUGAAAGAUUCUCCUCUAAGAUAAUGUAAGUUGAAUAGAAAAUGCAAUAUGGGAAAGAGGCUAAAGCCUAUUAAGGACUGAAAAGUAUAUGGUGAUUAGAUGCAGUCAGAAUAGCUUUCAAGGAUAAGUAGCUAUGUUACGGAAGCAUGUAGUUGUUGAAGCCUAAAUAACAUUUCAAGUUACAGACUCACCUAAGGAAGCCUUCCUUUUGUUUUUGCUCAGGUUAGCUGUCUAAAAACAAACGUUGUAUGCUCCAUGUUAUAAGUGUACAGCCAUUGUACCAGGUCCAGUGAAAAAAUGUUUCCAUUAGACCAGCCCUGUUUGUAUGUAUAUAGAGACAGAGAGCGAGAUUGUCCCUGAUCUUAUUCGCCUUUGGUGCACAUUGUAGGGUAGGCCAUUUGGUAACUCCCAUUUUACAGAUUGAAAAAGGACCAAGAGAGGGGUGUGUUCGCACGGCCAUCAGUGUGCAUACAAAACAGAGCAGGAAUGAAGAAUUUUUAAAUCAAAUUCAACACUGGCAAUAUAUUAUCUAAACUAGUGUUUCCCAACCUUUGGUCUCUAGCUGUUUUCGGACUACAUUUCCCACCAUCCCUGACCACUGGUAUUGCUAGCUAGGGAUGAUGGGAGUUGUAGUCCAAAAGCAACUGGCGACCCAAGGUUGGGAAACACUGACGGAACCAAUUAUAACAGUAACAUAUUAAGUCAAGAAUAUUCAGUAAAAUUUCAAAAGGAAAAGAGAAAAAACAAUCAAAGACAUCAAGAUUAACACUCAAACAAGCCCAUCUAGACUUGGACUAACUAGAUCAGCUCAGGGCAAUUGCUGAGGGCCAUGCAGUCUAAGAGCCAAGUCAAUUAAAGUUAGAACAGUACAGUAUAUUUGUGAGCUGCACCCCAGUCUGAGGUGCACCCCCCCCAGAUGUUGGACUCCAACUCCUAUCAGUCCCAGCCAACAUGGGCAAUGGUCAGGGGUGAUAGGAGCUAAAAUCCGACAACAUCUGGAGCACACAAUGCCUACCCCUGCUGUAGCAGAUAAUCUUUUUCAAGAUCAAAUGGUGCUUAUUAUCCUAUUUCUUCUCUUUAAAAGUUGCUUUAGCUGAGACUGCUUCAUAGUACACCAUGUAAAUGUUCUUUAUUGUGGGAAAAUAGGGAAAUGGCAUCUAGCUCCGGUGUAGGCACUGCCAGGCAGCCCAUUGAAUCUACUGCUGGGUGGCGAUAUUAUAAUAGACAAAUAGGUACCGCUGCAGCGGGAAGGUAAACAGUGUUUCCGUGCGCUCUGGUUUCCGUCACGGUGUCCUGUUGCUCCAGAAGCAGUUCAGUCAUGCUGGGUGGCAAUAUGGUCUAAACCACUGAGCCUCUUGGGUUUGCUGAUCGGAAGGUUGGCAGUUUGAAUCCCUGUGACGGGGUGAGCUCCCGUUGCUCUGUCCCAGCUCCUGCCAACCUUAUUAUGGCGCAUAGCACUUUGGGAACAUCCAACUUCUUCUGCAAUUACCUUUUGAGGCUUUCCCUCCUUAUGGAGGGUCUCAAUGAUGGCUUUCUGCACAACUGUCAGGUCAGCAGCCUUCCCCAUGAUUGUGCUUCCUACUGAACCAGACUGAGAGACCAUUUAAAGACUCAGGAACCCAUUGCAGGUGUUAUGGAUUGAAUAGCUACUGCACCUUUUCACAAUAUUCUAAUUUUCUGAGAUUGUUAAUUUGGGGUUUUCAUCAGCUGUAUGCCAUAAUCAUCACAAUUAUAGCAAAUAAAGGCUUGACAUAUCUCGCUUUGCAUGUCAUGAGUCUAUCUCAUAUAUUAGUUUCACCUUUUAAGUUGAAUUACUGAAAUAAAUGAACUUUUCCACGAUAUUUUAAUUUUUCGAGUUUCCCCUGUAUAGCGAGCAAGAACUGGUUUGCUUCAAAGACUCUGGUGUGUUCAGCAACAAAUGCUGAGCCUAAUUUCCUGAAAUAUAACUUGUCAAACUAAGUUAAAGCCUGUCUUUCAGGUUAUUUGGUUUUUCCUUUCUGUGAGCAGUGAAUAUGUAAGAAAGGAUGAAAUAUGUUCAUGAAUAGUUAGCAUCAAGCCUACUCUGUAGAAGAGGAGAAAUCCCUUAUCUACAAGAAUAAUUAGAAGAUUAAAUUUUAUCCAGCCAAAAUUAAUGUCAUCUUGUUCACAUAGAUUUCAGAUUUGAAAGAUGAUAUUCUGAAGAUGGGUUUUUAAACUGUCUUGACUAAAUUAUACUAAGCUUGACUUCUUCUUUUUACUAUCUUUCUAGCAUCUGAAUGAAGCUCUUGAACUUCAGCCUGGUGAAGCACGAUUAUUUCUAAAUGGUCUUCGUAUGGAUUUGAAUCUUCAUGAUCCAUUUAGGUAAAGUAUUAGUUAUGCAACUUCCUAUAUUAACUGUACCGAAAGGGCCCAGUAACUUGAUCCAUAGACCAGCUAAGCUGUGGUUAGCUCUAUAUUGACAGUCCUAAAAAGAAUAUUAAGUAUAGCAAUCUGAUUGUUUUGUUUAAUUUAAAUUGAGAGGAAGAACAAAAGAGUUGCUAAGUAAAUCAUAUAUUUGUGUUUUUUUAAAAAAUAGUCUUUUAGAAACUUUGAAGGUAGAAGAGAAAGCAAUGCGUGGACUUCACUCCCUUGGAAUUAAAGGAGAUGUUCUUAGUAAAAUCAUGAGAUUAGAUGCCCAUUCUGAUGAUGACGCUUAUGCAUUAGACAUUCGUCACUCUUCAAUAGUAGUAAGUAACCAUAUUAAUUUCUUUAUCUAGCUAACAACUUUUAAAGUCCCAUGAGACCCUUGGGGUGAUACUCAUCUAAGUUUUAUUCAAGAGUGGACCUAUUGAAAUGAAUAAACCUAGCUUUCUCAUGUUCAUUUAUUUUAGCAGGUCUGCAAAUCAUAAUACAAUAAAAUACAAUAUAAGAAUUAAAAGAAGCAGUGAAAUACAGUUUAAAAUCAUACAGCAUCUUGCGCAGUGCAUUACAAAUACUGCAAGAGGCAGAAAAAUCACCAAUUGCUCCACCAAGAUCAUCAGAAUGAAUGAAUCUUUAUUUGCAUCAGCCAUCGGCCAUAACAAUAAAACAACAAUACAAUAUACAAAGAAUAGAAAUAAAAUGUCAAUUAUAUAAAAUACAUUUUAGGGUUUUGAAUCAAUAGUCAAAUAGUGGAUCUUGUUCUAAUUGCCCCAGCUAAAAGAUCAUCAGAAAUUUUCAUAUACUCCAUGGGAAAUAAAGUUUUGGAUCCGCUGGUCUAGGCAAAUAUUGCAAAUGACAUUCAAUAAAAAAUGAGUCCUAUACCAAGCAAUUAUUUAUUAUUAUUAUUAUUAUUAUUAUUAUUUGUAUACUACCCUAUACUGAAAUACAUAUAUAGACUGCACACACACACACACCCCUAAGUAAGAAAAUUAGCUUUGUAUAUUUUAUGAAUUUGUUUGAAGGAAAGAGAUUUAUUAAUUGCUAAGAUUCAGGUUUCUUACAAAGUUCUACUGGUGAACUUGAUAACCACUGGGUAAGAUUCAGGUGCAACUGCAAAAAAACAAAACCUUAUUCCUAUGUGUAGUUGCCAUAUUAAAUCCUGCAUUUAUUAACUGUAAGUGUACAUCAGUGGAUAAACAGUCUUCAGUAUCAAAUGAUAAAUUUCCUUGUAAGUGAGGAAGAAAUUGAAAGGAAGAACCUCAAAGGAUGCUAAAUUACCCUUUAUUGACAAGUAUAUGAACACAGGUAGUAGCUGAGAAAUUUUUAAUUACUUGCUUACUGCAUUAUAUAUCGCUGAGUUCCCAAGGGGAUGAAACCCUUUUCUCCUUUAUCUGUUAAAUGUGUGGUUUCCUUAAACUGUGUAAUUUUUUAAAAACUUGCAUGCAAUUAAAUCUAUUCAGAGUACAGUAGACCAGUAUUAACUUUCUUGUCAGCGCUCUCUCUCUCUCUGUGUUCCCUAAAUGAUUGUCAUGAGAUUUCCAGUGUAUACAUUUUCUUACUAAUAGUUAAACACAGACUGUAGGUACCAAUUCUCAGUGCUAUUUUUCUAGAAAAAGAGGUGCCAGAACUUACCAUGAAUCCCUCCCUUGUUCUCUUAUAACGGCAGUGGCACCCAACUGAGAGGUGCCGGAACUAAGUUUCGGUGAGUCAUGGCUGAAAAAAAGCUCUGCCAGUUCUUCGUAUGGUUUUCUCUGGCUGGGCAUACCUUUAAGUGAAUUUCAGUAAUGCUUCUCUGAACGGCAGUUUGCUCACCUCUGCUAGUUUCACCCUGCAACAGAGCCGCUUAGAUAUAUUCCAGACUGGGAUAACCAAAGUGGUGCCUUCCAGAUAUUGCUGGAUUGCAACUUUGCAAUGAAUGGCUGGUUAACGAUAUUUUAAAUAAAUGAAACAAAUUCCUAUUAUCCCUAUGCAUUGGCUUUGCUGGCUAGGAAUGGACGGUGCUGUCAUUUAAAAUGAUGGUCUGUUUAGGUGUUUGACCCCAGACCUUAAAAUAUUUGGGCAGUGACAGCAUUGUUCCACUUCAGGAGGUUGCUGCACUGCAGAGACAGGAGCAAUCUUAAUGAACUUAUAAAGUUGAAUUCUGGGCAAAGAAGGAGCAAAAGCAGGCAAGCAUGUAAAAAAAAGUUUGAUGUGGUUGUUAUAAGAUUGAAAACUUAAAUGUGGGUUCUUUCCCCCCUUUUUAUAAUAAUUUUUAUUAGUUUUCAAUUAUAAUCCAAUAAUAGCUUCAUUAUAACAAUACUAAUUUAUAAUACAGUUAUCGAUACUAAUUAUUCAAAUACCAAAUUAUAUAAUUUAGAUAAAGUAGCCCCAUGCAUUCUAGAAUUGAUGGCUUGAUAAUUUGCUUAAUUUUUCGUUCCAAAAUCUUAUAAUUUCCAUUACAUUCCAGUCAUAAUAAUAAUCCCUUAUACAACAACCGCAAUAUUAAUAACUUCUAUUUAUGUUAGCACAUUAAAUGAUUUAUAAAACUACAAGCAAGGAACUCAAACUAUAUCCUUGUUCUUCCUGUGUGUGGCAGUUAUUUUGUCUGUGGUGUUUCUUUCUGUCCUUGUAAGAUGUUAUGACUUUCUUUUCCCUGGUUGUUGCUGUUAUCCAUCAUGCCUUGGGUGGAGCUGAGUUUGGCGGGUGUGUGUUCUUAACCAUGGUUAGCACAUAUCAUGGUAUGAACCCAGUCUAUGCUUUCAGUUCAACAACCCUGGAAAGGUCUGUUGUGAAAUGAAUGCAUACUCUAGAACAGCCGUCAGAAUCUUUUGCAAUGUAUUGUGCAGGGCAGCGUUCAAAGUGAAAUAUAUCAAGUAUUCUCGGGCAGACAAGUCAAUGAAAGUGUUCCCUGAAGGGAGAAAGUCUAUAAAGUGCUUCUUAAGCUUUGAAAAUCCUUUUUAGCACCAUAUUAAGUUAGACAAGAGAAAACUUUAAGCAGUAACACUGUUUGGCAUAUCAGAUAAUAUACUCUAUUGUUUUACUUUUGUCUUACAAAGAAAUUAUGACCCCUCUUUAUCCCUUUCCCUUUUUGUUGAAAUAUCUGAUACCUAAACCGAACACAUUUAUUUGUGAGUGUUAACAGAGUCACACUGAAGUUGUUUUUCAGAAGUAAGUCCCAUUGUAGUAAAUGAUACUUAACUUCUCAGGCAAGUGUGUAGUAGUAGUAAUAGUAGUAGUAAUAAAAUAAUAAUAAUUAAUAAUAAUAAUAAUAAAUAAUAAUAAUAAUAAUAAUUUAUAAUAAUUUAUUAUUUAUACCCCACCCAUCUGGCUGGGCUUUCCCAGCCACUCUGGGCGGCUUCCAACAAAAUACUAAAAUACAGUAAUCCAUCAAACAUUAAAAGCUUCCCUAAACAUAGAAUACGUAGAAUAGAGGCCAGGAACUUCAGUCUUUCCCACAGAAUUUCAUGGUCAGGAGGACUCUUGCAAUUGGUCUUUACCUACAUGGCUACAUAUUUAAAUGUUCUCCCAACUAUGUGGUUGGUUACUUAAGGAAAGGUAAUUCCCACGUAGUUGAGGUAACAAAGAAGCACUUAAUGUGCUUAAGAUGUCAGCCUUACAGCCAUGUUGUCAUCAUGUAUCUGGUUAUAAUGUUUGGUUUUAAUGGUAACUCUGGCAAUCACUUCUGUGUUUCAGUGGAUCAAUGACUUAGAAACAGAUCACAUCUAUGACAAGUGGCCUACAAGUUUUCAGGAACUUCUUAAACCAGCAUAUGCAGGAAUGAUGCGGCAGAUUCGGCGCAAUCUAUACAACAUGGUAUGUACUGGGGGUACUGGCCAAACUUACUUGUAUAUUCGUUUAUUUUGAGAUUAGGGUCUUCUGCCGUUUGUCCUCACCACUCUCUGGGCAGCAAUCCACAUGUCUGUAUAUCAUUUAAGAUAGUUUCACUUGGUUGUGUGUAAAAUAUGCAUAGCUGUUCUGGUAUAUCCACGAAGACUCUGAAAAGGCGUAGUUUGCAUCUGACUAGAAAAUGGAUAUGAUAAUACAUCUUCAAAUGUUACUCUCCAAGUAGCAAAAGCUUGGAGCUGCAGGCGGAUAAGAUCAGGCUGGACUUGGAGGACCUUGGAUAGUUCAAAGUACCGUACUUUUCUAUGUAUAAGACAAGAUCUUCCCCCUAAAAAUUGACGCUUAAAAUGGGUGGGGGUGUCUUAUACACGGGUAGUGCAUUGGGGGGACGUAUGAUUGGCUGCUGCCCAGAAAUUGAGGGCGUCUUAUACAUGGGGGCGUGUUAUACAUGGAAAAAUACGGUAUAUACUUUUUUCUGUUAUCAGAAUCACAGCUUUUACCUCUUUCACCAGACUGCACCUCUUGGGCUCCACCUCCUUUCUCAAAAGUGGAGAACCCUAAAGGGAAAAUCUGGCUUGGGAACCUAGCACUCAGUUGCCUCUUGGUCAGCUGCCAGCUUGUGUAUUGGCCGACCUUAUGAUCCGGCACUAGUCUGAAAGUGGGCAGCAGGAUAAUAUAUUUAAGGAAAUAUUGUUUAUUGGAGUCUUCAUUCAGGAGUCUCUGACCCAAGGGGCUCCUGACUUGACAAGCUCAGGUUGUGCUUUGCUGGUCGUGUUGAUCCACCUGGUUUCUCCUCCGCUGUGUCAGAAGUUUGGCCUCUGCUGGGGUUUGGGACAUGACAUAAGUGCUUUAUAUAAGCUGCCCUAAACUGAAGUUGCAGUCUGUAUGUGUUUUAUUCAUUCAUACCAAGAUAAGCAGCCAGAAAAGUGGAACCAUUGAACUGUAAAAUGCACGUACCUCAUCAGUUUCAUAUUUGUGGGCUGAUCUGUCCCAUGUCAUUACAGCAUGAGGCCCUCUGGUUAUUACAGCAUCUUUUGUACAGCUCAAGGAAUUCCUGAUUAAAGAGUAUACCAGUGUGGUAUGGGAUUUGGCUACAUGAAAGAGGCAUCUCUUGUGCCACAACAGGGACUUAGGAAUCAGCCCCCUGUGGCCCUGAGUAUCCUGAAGUUUUCUGAUAUAUAACUGAAUUUAUACAAGCACAUUUUAUCUGAGAUUUUGGCAGUGGGUUCAGCAUUUCAGAACCUCUUUAGCUGAUUCUUAUUUUCUACCUGCUGAAACCAUAACCAUCAGAGUUGAUUUCCAAAAAUUCUAAGCUUAUCCCACAACAUGUUCAGAAAGUAUGGUAAAAGCUAGGCUUCUUUUGACUGUGAAAGCUGCCAUUGCACUUUUAGAAGCGAAAUGUGAAUAUGAAUUUCUGGGAUCAGCAGAAGCCAUCAAAAUACCUCAUUAAUACACUAUCUCAUGAUUCAAGUCUAGAUGCCAUCUUCUGGGAGAAACAACCUACAUCAUUGCCUAACUGCUGCUAACUUAAAGUAGUUGUGUGGAGAGACACACACUGAGAGCAACUCUUUCUUAAGCUACAACAGACAUGCUCCAUAUCCUUUCUGUUAGUGUGUCACAGAAGAAAGCGAAAUUAAAAUGUGCACCUCUAUGUCUGAUUGGCUUUUAGACACUAGAACUCAAUUUAUCCUUCUGUUCUUCCUUGUGAUUAGGCUUUUAAUUUAAGUACACUUUACUGUGAGAGAGCCUACUGUUGUCUGUCUGGAAUACUGUGUUAAAUCCUGAUACAGCUAACAUGACACAACUUAUUUCUUUUUAGCAUUAUAAGUUCAUCCUUGGCCAAGCUGAUUGAUAACUGCCCGCACAUAUUUGAAAAGGUUGUUGCUGAGAGAACCAAUGCAGUCACUUUGCUAGCCAGAUUGUUGUGUGUUGGUGUCUGUUGCCAAAUGAGUAUAUGCCCUUGUAAGAAUUCACCUCCAAAGUUUGAAAAUCUUGGCUCCUUUAUUUAGGUUCAGCUUCUUGGCUAUGUAAUGCUUAAGACGAAAAGUUGCCAUCUAAGAUAUUCAGUAACAACAACAAAAUGAAAAUAAAAAAUGCAGCAACCUAGAGUCAUAACUUUUCCAGGGUGUAAAAUAUUUGUAGACAAAAUGUAGAUAUACAUAUUUUAAGUAUUCUCACCACCCCCUGCAAAAGUGGCAUUCAUCAAAGGUUUGCCGCAGGAAGCGGUAAGCAUAUACAUUUUGGGAGGUUGUGAACAAAAUUCAAAAUGACAAAUCUGCUACUGUUUAUCACCCAGACUUUUGCUACAAAUGCAUAAAUUCUAAAGUUGCAUUCAAGUAUAUAAAUGGACUUUUAUCUUUCCAUUUCCCCUAGCUAUUACUAGGGAUGUGCUUACUUUUUCCUGAUAUCUUUGAACUAGUAGCUCUCACUGAAGUGAUAAAUCUGUCUAUGGGCUGUACCAUUUCACGGUGCGGAUGACAGUACAGUGGAACCUUUGGUUACGUACUGUCCUCCUUAUGCACGGGUAACAUGCUCCACUAACCCAGAAGUAGUUGCUCCUGAUAGCGAACUUUGCCCCGGGAUGCGAGCGGAAGUGUCAUGUCAGCGGCGCAUGCGCAGCAGGAAUCCCCAUUAGCGAAAGGAUAAGAACAGUUUAGAGUUAAGAAUGGACCUCUGGAACAAAUUAAGUUCGUAACCGGAGGUACCACUGUACACCUUUGGGAAUGCCCCUCAUACAAGAAAAUUCUCCACAUAGCCUACAAGUACGUCAGGUGAUUUUGCUGGGCUAAAUAUCGUCUGUUGGACAUCAGUAUUUUUUGUGGGAGAUAAUUCAGUUGUGCGAGCCCAAACUUGUGGUCUGGAAUCAAUACAGUCUAGAACAGAUAUGCUACCUCAAUGUGUUCCUUUGGGCCUCUUAAGUCUGCAAAGGAAAAGAGCAGAGAAAGUACAGGGAAUGAUACUGGGCCUAAGGAUUCUCUUCUCCCGUCAGGUCAUCUUUAUUGAUCCUAUGCAAGAAGAAGCAGCUCACUUCAUGAAACUUGUAGAAGUAUUCUACUUUCAAAAGGUGCCUCUUAGGUAAGUUGAAAUAUGGGCAGAUAUGUUUCUUAUACAUGAUGGUGUACACUGGCGUACAGUCUGUGUAAAUGUCAUGUGUGGUGACCCUUGGAGCCCUUCCAGCCAUUCUCUUAAUUGCGUGUUCAUGAUUAUUUGUGCUCAUGAUAGGGUAACGGCAGUUAAAAUCCUUUCAAUCCUUUGUUUAGUAUGGCAGCACCUGUACUUUGGAGCUCCCGGCCUAUUGAAAUCAGGCCUUCACUGAACUCUUUUUGGCACCUGUUAAAAACAUUAUUUCCAAACUGUGUCGCAACACGUUAGUGUGUUGGCUGAAGUGUGUAGGUGUGUCCCCAUACAUUUUGUAUAUGUGUCCGUAUCUCUUAUAAGGGGUUAGUUUAACCUCCGGUUUGCCAGUAAAGCUGAAUUACUGUGUCGCGAAAUGAUGCAUGUCUGAAAAGUGUGUCACCAACAUGAAAAGUUUGGAAAGCUCUGAUUUGGACAUACCUAAGCAGUUGCUUUAAAAGUUGAGAUAAUUUUAAUCCAUCUUAAUAUUUUAACUUUGUAUGUUUUAAAGAGGGGUUGUGGAUUUAUCUUAAGUGUUUUAUCAUUUAUUUAUUUAUUUAUUUAUUUAUUCAUUCAUUCAUUUUAAUUUAUAUACCAUCCUAUACCCGCAGGUCUCAGGGCAGUUCACAGGAUAGAAUGACAAUAUAAAAACACAGAAUAUAUAAUCAUACUAAAAACAGAAACUACCGAAUUAAUCCCCACCCACCACAGCACAUUUUAAAAGGGUAUUGGCUAUACAAACCAGUUAAAAACAAUUUAAAGCAUUAGUUUUUUAAAGAAAUAAACAAUUAAAAAGCAGUUUAAAAGAAUGUAAACAGCUUUGAUGGGUUCCAGGGAUUCUAUAGAAUUCUCUUAUUCUGUCCAGAUAGCAUUUAUAGUAGAUUUUUUUUGGCAAGGUGGUAUGGAAACGUUAAUCAGCAUUAAACAGCUUUAAAGUUUCCAUACUUUAACCAGGACAGCAGUUGCAAACGGAUUACAUGGGGUUAUAGGUGUUGUAGUUGCAUUUAACGCUGUAGAGAUGAAUCAAGCUAGACCCCCACUGGGCCUUCCACUUUUGAGGUUUUCCACAAUCAACCAGUGCUUAAACUGUAUUAGGUAAAUACAGAAAUACUGUUUGCAACUGCAAGAGUUUCAGGACGGAUAUACUUGUUGAAUGGUUUAAUAUGUAAAGGUUCAUCAUUGUUCCACUCGAUGUGUAUGUCUUUAAGGGGCCAGAGAAAGGGCCAGAGCAAAAUAACGAGACCCAGCUUUACAGCUGUGAAACAUAGCAGGUGCUGCUGAGUUGUAUUGAUUAAGCUGUGUUGGUAAUUGGGUGUAGUAUAUAAGGAGCAGCACCUAGCUCUCCCAUUACCCUGGGGGAUGGGUUGGUGGUUGGGUCAUGUUUGUUUGUUAAUGUAUUUAGUGUAAAAGGAGUUUUUGUUUUUCUUAUUAAAACCUUGUUUAAGUUAUUUUUGAGUCUCUUUAAAUGCAUGGUCUCCCCAGCAAGCUCUCUGCAGCGCUACCAUACUGCAAAAAGCCAACAUCUUUGGUUAUGGGCCCAGCUGCUGAGUGGAUGACUGCAUAUUUUUGGACUCUGAGAAAGGUUUGAAAACUCCUUCUCCUGUUAGCGUAGUUCUGUGGGUCUGGAAGAGUUCCAGAAUGGUUGACCGGGUUCCUGAAGCUGAGAAGGCUCUGGUCUUCCCACAGCUGACAGAUGAGAACUAUAGUUUAUGGUCUUUUCGGGUGGAGGCGCUUUUGACCUCUAGAGAAGUAUGGACCUAUGUAACUGAUGACCCUCCUGACCCUGUGACUAAUGCUUGGUCGAAAGGAGAUGCGAAAGCCAGGGCGAUAAUUAAUUUGGCAGUCAGCGACCAGCAAGUAGUCUAUAUAAGAAAUAAGAAAACUGCCAAAGAAAUGUGGGACAGUCUUGCAGCAGUGCAUGUUAGAAAAGAGUCAGCGUCUGCAUUGACGUUUUCAAGCAGUUGUACCAGACGAAGUUGCAGCCUGGUGGUGAUUUGGCAGCACACUUGAGACGUCUGGAGGCAAUACGCGGCGAAUUAAUUCGAAGGGACAUGGAGAUACCUGAUAUUCAGUAUGUUUUCAUCAUCCUUUGUUCCCUUAAUGAGGACUUUGAUGGUAUAGCUAGCCAGAUAUCUGCCGUUCCACCAGCACAAUUAACUGUGGAAGGGGUAACGGCAAGAUUAAUGGGCGAGUUGGACAGAAGGGAGGCUUGUGCCAUAAGCACUCCUAUUUCCAGAAAGAAUGAGGAACGCCAUAUGCAAACUUGUGGUGAUACAACUGCAUUUAAAGCUGCAAAGCGUUGUUGGUUCUGCAAUAAGCAAGGACAUUUUGCAAAGGACUGCAGAUCCAAAAGAAAGCAAAGUACUCCCAAGUCUGUUUCUGUUCGUCAGUCACGGUCGUCAGCUCAGCAGCCGGCAUCGUACCGUAAAGACAGAAACGAGCCGCGAGCUUUUCACGCUAGCACAAGAGAUCGUAAAAGAAUUAAAGGUGCCAAGUGGAAUUCUUUUAUUGUGGACUCAGGAGCAUCUCAGCACGUUUGCAACGAUCGAAGCUUGUUUAUUUCUUUCGAAGAGGAAAUUGGUAAUGUACAUUUAGCCAAUUCACAAGUCUUGCAGUCGCUUGGCAGGGGUACUGUUAAACUUGACUCUUUAAACAUUACUAUAGCGAACUGCAUUUACUGCCCAUCAGUGGACAAUUUAUUGUCAGUAAGGUGUUUUGCUCGUCAAGGCAUAACUGUGCGUUUCUUAAAGUCAAUGUGUGAGUUUUUCGAGGGGAACAAACGUCUAUUGUAUGCCCGGGAAUCUGAUGGUUUAUAUAGACUGUAUUUUCGCACCUACUCCCAAUCGCCUAUAAAUUGCAGAGCAGCACAGUCAAGCCAGGGGUUGAGGAAUGUAAGGCCACAUUCUGGGUGUGUCCAUGAGGCGCACAGAAUUCUGGGACAUCUGAAUUUUGCUGAUGUAAUUAAGACCAAGAAUAUUGUUAAUGGCCUCAACUUAAAACCAUGUAAAUUCUUUAUGCAAUGUCUAUCCUGUUGCAAGAAUAAGAUUAAGGUUGCACGCAAGGGUAGGUGCUCAGAUAGGAAAGUAACUGAGCCAUUUGAGCGUGUACAUUGUGAUUUAGUUGGGCCACUCCCACCAUCCUUAGGAGGUUCUAAGUACUGGCUUACCCUGAUAGACCAGUAUAGUAGAUAUUGUUGGACUUAUGCAAUAGCUGAGAAGUCCCAAGCAUUUGAGAAGUACAAAGUUUUUGCAACUGGGUAAAAACACAUUUUAACAAACCUAUUAAGAACCUUUUUUCUGACCGGGGCGGGGAAUUUGUUUCUGAGGAUUUUGAGAAUUUCCUGGAAGCGCAGGGGACUACUCAUGAGUUAUCUUGCCCCCGAAGUCCCUGGCAAAAUGGGCUUGUUGAAGUUGUGCAGCGUGACCUGCAGGCAGGGGUUAAAACUUAUCUGCACGAUGCUAAUCUGCCCAAAGACUUUUGGGCUGAAGCGCUCAAUGCCUUUUGUUAUGUUAGAAAUUGCAGUUAUCAUUCUGGUUUAGAUGUCACCCCCUAUGAGAAGCUGUUUAAAAAAACGCCCUAAUCUGAAAUACCUACGCAUUUGGGGUUCAGAUGUAAUAAUGCAUUAUCCCGCUAAGCAGAAAUUGGGUGAACGUAGUGUCCAGGGAAAAUUAAUGGGCUACCAGCAGGGGGCGUACAGAAUUUACAUACCAGCAACUGGCAAAUUUCAUAUUACCAGAAGCAUGAUACAAACUGUAAAUUGGAAUGGCGUUGCUAUUUUCCAAGAUAGUAAUGGUAUAGAUAAUACUGAGGAAGAAGAGGUAGAAGAAGCAGCAGCAGCAGCAGGAAAUGGUGCUUCUGAAUUAAUGGAAGAAGACAAAAAGCCUGUUGAAUCUGAUAAUUUCUUUGAUGAUUUAAAGUCACAGGCACCCGAGGGAGGUUAGAUUCUCUUGAGUUUUCUGACCGUGAGCUUAGCCAACAGGCAUCUCUUCAGUCUGACAAUGAUGAUUUACAACCUGAAACUAGUAGUUUACAUAGUCCCAUUAAGUCUGAGGAGUCUGACUCUCCUUCCGGACUGAGACGUUCAGAUAGAAAGAGACAGAAGCCACAACGUUUUGCAGAUGAACAUUUUAAUACUGUGUAUGCCAAUAAGGCAGUUUUUGAGCCAAAAAGCUACAAUGAUGUUCAGAAUUUACCUAAGCACCAAGCUGUAAAUUGGUAUAAAGCUAUGAACUCUGAAAUAGCUUCUUUAAAAGAGCAUAACACUUGGUCUCUUGUACCACAAACCCCAGAUAUGAGACUUAUUGAUUCAAAAUGGGUUUAUAGAGUUAAAAUGAAUGACAAAAAUGAAGUUGUAAGGUACAAGGCUAGAUUAGUUGCUAAGGGUUUUCAACAAAUUCCAGGUGAAGAUUAUGAUUUGUGUUAUUCACCAAGUGUAAAAUAUGAAACAGUUAAGCUUUUGUUAAAAGAUGCAUCACAACGUGGACAUUCUGUUUAUCACCUAGAUAUAAAAACUGCAUAUUUGUUUGCAGAUUUAAAAGAACAAAUUUUUAUGCGUGUCCCUGAAGGCAUAGACGCCGCUGAAGGUUUGGUAUGCAAAUUAAAUAAAUCCCUUUAUGGUCUGCACCAAAGUGGAAGGAAUUGGCAUCAAACUUUAGCAAAAGAAUUGCUGGAUAUUGGUUUUUCACAGGGAAAGGCAGACAAUUGUGUGUUUAUAAAGGAAAGGGCAAACUCUGUAGCAAAAAUAUGUGUCUAUGUAGAUGACGUGUUAAUUUCUACAAAAACUAAACAGGAAUAUGAACAGGUAGUAACACAGUUACAGAAGAAAUUUGAUGUGGUGGAAUUAGGCAUAGCUAAAAAUUACUUAUCCAUGCAAAUUGAGAAAGGCAAAAAUGGAUCUUUUCUGGUUCAUCAAACUGCAAAAAUUGACGAUCUUGUUGAAAUGCUAUGUUUAGAAAAUGCAAAUGGGAAGGAAACGCCCAUGGUGUGUGGUUUCACUUUUACAGGUGAAGAUAAGCCAUUUCCUAACAAAACUUUGUAUCGUUCUGCUAUAGGCAAGCUAAAUUUCAUUCAAAGAAUCUCAAGACCAGAUAUAACUUAUGCCUUUCACCUUCUGGCAAAAUUUGUGGAAAAGCCCACUACACAAUGUUUCUCUGCUCUUAAGAGAGUGGUAAUGUACCUUAAACAUACCAAACAUUAUAGGUUGCAGUUUACAACAUGUAUUGACAAAGGUUUUGAAAUUUUCUGUGAUGCAUCUCAUGCAGUGGAACAAAAUAAUUGCAGGGGUGUGUCUGGUAUGGUGUUUUGUUAUAAUGGUUGUCCAUUUGAAUGGAAGUCCCAGACACAAACCAUUAUUUGUCUCUCCACAACAGAGAGUGAAUUAUGUGCAUGUGUUCAGGCCACUCGUGAUGUGGAAUGGUAUCUGCAAGUAUUCGCAGACCUACAGAUGCAAGUAACACUACCAGUAAAAGUUUACCUUGAUUCCCAGAGUGGACUCGCUAUCCUAUGUUCAGAAACCAAUACGCAGCGCACUAAAGUCUUAAGAUUACGUUUACAGUUUGUAAAGAAACUAAUUGCUGAUGAAAUGGUUGUAUUUAAAUAUGUUCCAGGUGACAAUCAAAUUGCAGACAUUUUUACUAAAGCACUUCCAAAAGGUAUACAUGAAAAACAUGUACAAAGUAUGCUUUAUGUUUUUGUUCCACAAUGAUGAACCGCAGGGGAAAUGUUGAAUGGUUUAAUAUGUAAAGGUUCAUCAUUGUUCCACUCGAUGUGUAUGUCUUUAAGGGGCCAGAGAAAGGGCCAGAGCAAAAUAACGAGACCCAGCUUUACAGCUGUGAAACAUAGCAGGUGCUGCUGAGUUGUAUUGAUUAAGCUGUGUUGGUAAUUGGGUGUAGUAUAUAAGGAGCAGCACCUAGCUCUCCCAUUACCCUGGGGGAUGGGUUGGUGGUUGGGUCAUGUUUGUUUGUUAAUGUAUUUAGUGUAAAAGGAGUUUUUGUUUUUCUUAUUAAAACCUUGUUUAAGUUAUUUUUGAGUCCCUUUUUAAUGCAUGGUCUCCCCAGCAAGCUCUCUGCAGCGCUACCAUACUGCAAAAAGCCAACAAUACUACUUUGCUUCCAAUCAGUGCAUGUCCUGUAACUCUACUGAAAUCCAGUAUAAAUUCAUCAGUAAUGGGCUUUAAUUACAUUGGGGACACGUUACAGAAAACCCCCCAAAUCAGAUGGAACCCUUUAAUUUUCCUGGAUUACUUUUGCCGUGUCCCUUCCCCACAGCAAUUGAUUCAGCUGAGCAUGUAGUAUUUAUGUGAAAUGAGAUGUACAACCCUUGUCAUAUAAUCUGCUAGAGAUCUGAUUUCGUUGCCAGAAAAUUAAAUAAUGGCCUUGACAAUGGAAGAUGCCAUUGAGAAGGAAAUAACUCCAUAGAUUUGAUGGAAGCUUCCAGAAGCACAUGUGACCAGAAAGCUAGAUUAGAUGAACCUUGAUCUCCUCUCACAGUAUUUUGUUUUAUCAGUGGGGAAUUGUUGAUACUACUUUGGAUUUGUUCUCAAUAGAAUCACCAUAGAAAACUAGGAUUCAGUCUGGAAAGCUGUGCUUGAUAUUCUGAUUUAAAAUGCUUAUUGCUGCUGGAGGAUGGGACAAGCAGAAUUUCACAGUAAAGAUGCUUAGGAACUACCAAGUACAGACUUGCAGAGAAGAGUUAGCUAAAGUUAGGAGGGAAGGGAUACCAGGAACUGUAGAGUCUAGGUAAAAGGGCAGGAAUCUUGGCUACUGGAGAAUUACUGUGCUGAUAUAAAACUGUUGGCAUCAAGUGAGAUAAAUCAUAGAUGUUCAGGGGGAAUAAGGAAUGCAGAGUGCCAGGUCAGUUAAAGACUGAAAAUGUGGGGACAUUUUUUUUUUAACCUCAGAAAAGGUUAUUUCUGUAUGCAACAACUACAGCCCAUGUUUUGUUAGCUGCAAAAUGGAAAAUGAGGGAGGUCCAGAUUGGCAACUUAAGUUGACAGAAUAUGCACAACUUGCAGACUUAAAGUGUAGAAUAAGAGAACAAGAAGAACAUACAUUUAAAGAAGAUUGGAAAACGUUUAUUGAAUAUAUGGAAAAUAAUUGUGUACAGCUGAAAACGCUGGCAGCAUUAAGAUAAAUUCAACAGUGUAAAUAAGUUUUGAUUGAUGUAAUAAUGGAAAAGCGAUUGGUAUAAAUAUGCUGGGAUAUAAGAUAUGCAAAAUGAACCAUGGAAAGAGAAGAAGGGAAGUCAUUGAUAUCUUAAGUAUGUAAAAUGUUUAUCUGAAUUUGUAAAACAGAAAAUAUAAUAAAAUCAUAUUAAAAAAGAAAAUGUGCAGACAUGAUUUUGAUGGUGUGGUUUUGAAUAGGAAAUGGACAUGUUUUGAGAGGUCAAGGUAGGAGAUAAGGUUUUUCAGCAGAAGUAAAGAUCAUGUUAGAUCCUUUUGAAUUUUGGUAUCUUCUGGUCAGCAGUCUAACUAGCAGGCAAAAUCCCCCAUGAACCUAUGGCUACAUGAGAGCUAUCUGCAGUCAGAUGUCAUAAUUGGAUUGAGCUCACACAGAGAGGUAACCCUAAAUUAAAACCUUUCUCUAAGCAGGUCUAGGCUAUCUAGUCCUCCAGUUUACCUCUUUCACUGCUUGCACAGUCAUCGUCACUAAUGGUAGAUGGUUUCAUAACAAUUAAAUUGCUUUUAUUUGCUGUAGGCCACUGCCACUCACUUUAAUAUUUUGAAUGUUGCCAGUUUAUUCUUGCUAUUUGGAUUCACAUGCAACGUGUCUAAUCUGCUUUUAAUGUGGUUUUAUAAAAUGCUGCAACUCUUACAGAAUUUUCAUUUCUUUUCUGAACAGAAUUGGGUUUGUUUUCGUCCUAAAUACUGAUGAAGUCGUUGAUGGAAACAAGGAUGCAGGUGUAGCUUUAUGGAGAGCUUUUAACUUCGUUGCAGAUGAAAUGGAUAUCCCUGCGGCUUUUACUGCCAUGACGAGAGUUAGUGCUUGUAAAAUAUUUUUAAAACAAUCCUUUUUUUUUCAAGGUUACCUGUAUUUUUCUGCAGGUACAAAGUAGCCACGGGGCUUACUAUUUAAAUGCAUUUAGUUUUAAAAAAUACUUUUCCGUAAGAAGUUUUGUUCUCAGCGUUGCCAAGCUUUCCUGGUGGGGCGGGGAUGGAUGCAGAUCCAUGUGCCUUUUGGCACAGAUCUUAGCCUGAAUGGGCCAAAAACAUAAAAUUCAGCUGCCUGCCUCAAGAUAGAGACGCACGCCCCCAACUCAGUGCAUGCAAUUGAGACAUAUAAGCAGGAAGUCUCAGCUAGCUUCAGAUGACUCAUGCAAACAGAGAAAUGCGGCACAGGUGAAAGCAAAGGAAACCUACAGAAUCGCUAGGCAAGCCAGUGGGGUGUGUGUGUAGAGGCAGAUUAGAAUUUCCUUACUCUUAACCCAACUGUGGUUAAACUGGAAAACAUGGAACUGAAUUCAGGUAGAUGAUAGUAAAAAAAAAAAAGGGAGAUGGUGAAUUCAGUGUUAGGCAUUAUUAUGAAACAUAUUUAACACCCAUCCUUUAGUGCUUUUGCCAGGCCAGUAAGAGGCUGUGUUUGUUUUUGUGUCCUUGUCUGGCCCUGCCCACUUUUGGGGUGUGGUACCACCCACUGCUGAAAUGCAACACACACACACACACACACACACACACACACACACACCCUGUCCCGCAAAGAGCUUUCCACACUAGUAAUCUGGUUGUCGGACUGAGAGACUUCCUGAUCCCCUGGUGUAAAUGGCUUCUGCCCACCAGUUUGGGAUUGUUAAGGGGAGAAACGCUAAAUAUAUGGAUUUGAGAGAGUUGGUGCACUCCUGCUUAACAGGAACCCCGGAGGAGGAAGGUAAAUUCCAGGUGCUUAAGCGCAGGUUAAAGCUGAAGCUCGCAGAAUAAAAUCGUGAAAAGGUAGCUCUUUAAUUUUAUCUAACACUCUCAUGAAGCCAUCAGGAUUCCUUGCUUCCAAAGCUGUUCUAGGGAGGCUGUCCUAGAAUUAUGUGCCAGUAAUAGAAAUCUCCCCAUUUCUAACCUAACUUUAUUAGUGGCUAAUUUAUAGCUGUGAGGUUUUAUGCCUCCCUACUUGUCUUCCCUUAAAUAGCUCUGACGGCUAAGCUGUGAUAUUUCUAACAUGACUGCAUAUUUAGCAGUUUACUCAUAUUUCUGGGCUUCUGGAAGAGAGUAGGCAACAAGACAGCUUUAUUAUGUAAAUAUUUGCCUUGCUUGCUUGACGCAUUUCAUGGCUGGGUACUGGAAGGAUGUGAGAUGGAUGCAUGUAAUUGUGCAGAAAAUAAAGGGUGGUUUUAUUCUCUCUCCUGAAUUUCUCCUUUUCCCCUAAGUGCCCAGAAAUGCAUAUGAUGGAUGAGUUUAAGAGUGAAAGUUCAUUGAAGUUUAAUUGGCGGAGGCAUUAAAGUGUGCCGUCUCUUGGUUACUGCUGAAAAACCCGGUAAUAAAAUGAGCUAGAUGGGCCUGUGAUUGGGCAGCAGGAGCCUUUAAAAUCCACUUGCAGCUUGGCAAUAAAAAUUUAAUAUAAUAUGAAUACAUCAGUAGAAUGGGUGAUCACAUUUCUUUAUCUGUUCCUCUCUCUCUUUUAAUUAGAUGUACCAUGAAGUAGAAGAGGGAGGUGUACUUUCUGUGGGGCAUGUGAAGCGUUUUCUUGUCACGGGAUUUCCUCAUGCUGACUUGCAAGAUAUCUUGGGUGUCGAUUCUGAUUAUGAUGAGAACAGACAGGUAGGAACACUACAGAGCUGCAAGAGGAUGUACCAAAAACCCAAUUUUUUAAAGUAUUGGGUAGAAGGCACAAAUCCACGGGCAUUGAAUACUGAGGCUUUGGAAUCUCAGAUGUUUGAGGAGGUACAAUAUUUCACUUCCCACAAUACCUAUGCCACAGAGUCUGGAAUAUCGGCAAAGCGGCAUUGAUGCUGUAAUGCAGGAAACGGCCAGGAUCAGAUGUGUGGAUGUAUCUUCUAAAAUGAGUCUUAUAGGCUCUGUUGUUUGAGGGUCAACACGGAAACAGAAAACAACACUACCCUAAUACAUCUUACAGGCAGCAGUUCUGUUCUUGGUCACCUGGGAGGCGUGCCCCAUUGAGCUCUGUGUGACUUAGAAUCAUAGAAUCAUAGAGUUGGAAGAGACCACAAGGGCCAUCGAGUCCAACCCCCUGCCAAGCAGGAAACACCAUCAGAGCACUCCUGACAUAUGGUUGUCAAGCCUCUGCUUAAAGACCUCCAAAGAAGGAGACUCCACCACACUCCUUGGCAGCAAAUUCCACUGUCGAACAGCUCUUACUGUCAGGAAGUUCUUCCUAAUGUUUAGGUGGAAUCUUCUUUCUUGUAGUUUGGAUCCAUUGCUCCGUGUCUGCUUCUCUGGAGCAGCAGAAAACAACCUUUCUCCCUCCUCUAUGUGACAUCCUUUUAUAUAUUUGAACAUGGCUAUCAUAUCACCCCUUAACCUCCUCUUCUCCAGGCUAAACAUGCCCAGCUCCCUUAGCCGUUCCUCAUAAGGCAUCGUUUCCAGGCCUUUGACCAUUUUGGUUGCCCUCCUCUGGACACGUUCCAGUUUGUCAAUGUCCUUCUUGAACUGUGGUGCCCAGAACUGGACACAGUACUCCAGGUGAGGUCUGACCAGAGCAGAAUACAGUGGCACUAUUACUUCCCUUGAUCUAGAUGCUAUACUCCUAUUGAUGCAGCCCAGAAUUGCAUUGGCUUUUUUAGCUGCCGCGUCACACUGUUGGCUCAUGUCAAGUUUGUGGUCAACCAAGACUCCUAGAUCCUUUUCACAUGUACUGCUCUCAAGCCAGGUGUCACCCAUCUUGUAUUUGUGCCUCUCAUUUUUUUUGCCCAAGUGCAAUACUUUACAUUUCUCCCUGUUAAAAUUCAUCUUGUUUGUUUUGGCCCAGUUCUCUAAUCUGUCAAGGUCGUUUUGAAGUGUGAUCCUGUCCUCUGGGGUGUUAGCCACCCCUCCCAAUUUGGUGUCAUCUGCAAAUUUGAUCAGGAUGCCCUUGAGUCCAUCAUCCAAGUCGUUGAUAAAGAUGUUGAAUAAGACCGGGCCCAAGACAGAACCCUGUGGCACCCCACUAGUCACUCUUCUCCAGGAUGAAGAGGAACCAUUGAUGAGCACCCUUUGGGUUCAGUCAGUCAGCCAGUUACAAAUCCACUGAGUGGUAGCAUAGUCAAGACCGCAUUUUACCAGCUUCUUUACAAGAAUAUCAUGAGGCACCUUGUCAAAUGCCUUGCUGAAAUCAAGGUAGGCUACAUCCACUGCGUUCCCUUCAUCUACCAGGCUUGUAAUUCUGUCAAAAAACGAGAUCAGACUUGCUUUUGAGCCACCGUGCAUAGGAUUGCAGUGUUAGUCAUCCUGAAUCCACUUCUGUAAAUUCAACUUGAUGCUUGGCUUUGUAAGUAAGCAGGAAAGGCAGAUAGGCAGCUAUCAUUCAAAACAGUGGCGUUGCCUUGUUUGACUUGCCUGUCAUGAGAUCCUUUUUUCACCUAUGACAGUGCAUGUUCAACCAGCUUUCCAUAUUUUCAUCAAUGCAUUGAUUUGAAAGAAUAAAUAAAUGAAGUAUUCUAAUGUUGUCAACUAAUCUGCAGGUCUAAAUGAAAUCCAGAGGGUUGGAUCGAGAAGAAGUUAGUUAAACCUAGUUCUCAUUGAAAUUUGUGUUCGUGUUAGUCUUGACUUGUCCCAUUGAUUCCAGUGGGAACUUAACCUGAAUUCAACCCAAAUACUGUUAAUGCAUUGUUUCAGGAAAUCAUGUUCUCAGCCGGCGAUUGCCAGUCCCCCUGCCUUUAAAAUAACUGUUUGAAAAGUUGUAAAGGAAUAAUAAAUCACUUUGCUCCUCACCUGUCCCAGCAAGCGAUGCAUAGAUGUUUGUGUUCAUUUUCUCUUGAUAUCUAAUCACUACUUUUCCACAGUCAGCUCUAUAUAAUUGGGACAUCUUUGCUCCAUCUAGGCAGGAGCAAUGUUUUAUAAGAAGACUGGCCUGGGUCCAUUGCCUCAAGCUCUCUUUAAUGGCGUGCCCUUUAACAGAAAAGAGAUGAAUCUAGCAGAGCUGCAAACCUCUCUGGUGAAGAUCAUGGAUGCCACAGAGUCCUUCCAGCGGGCAGUGUUCUUGGUAUGUUUCGCAUUUUAUUUUAUUUUUAAGCAAAUGCUCAGUGAAAUAAUGGCUAGUCGAUUGCUUAAGUUGUGCUUAUGGUCUACAUUUUUUUAUAACGAGGCGGUUUGGAAUUAAUCUUGUGAAAACCUAAAUGGCAUCAUUAUUUUAAUUUGCAGUCAUGAUUUUGAAACCUAAUAUAUAAUUAUUAUCCAUGCUUUAGAAUUUAACUAAGCCCUUGUUAAUCCUUGAGAUGUUUGGAACCACAGUAUGAAGACAAAUGUUGCUACAAAAAUGUGGACUGGAUAAGAAGACAUUUCUCCCCACUAUCCUUUUCUUCAAAUGAUUGAAUAAUUUGUGUGAGUGUGAUGUUCUAACCACCUUCCUGACUUCACUUUUUCCUUCCUCACCUUUUUCUUCACAGUAACCUCUGUCUUUUGCCCAUUCUAAUCAUAAUAAUAAUAACAACAACAACAGUAAAAGCCCCAUUUGCCUUACCUGCUUGGCUUUUCCUUGCCUUCCCUUCAUUCCUAUUCUUCCUGUGGUUGUUUUAGCGGAAGGCGGAAGUGAAGUACAAUGUAUUUUUUUGCCCUUUGCAAAGCUCCUCACAACCCACUCUGGAUCCACGGCGCCUGGUUGGAGGUGUGUGUUGUACUGGUACCCCAACACCUGCUUGUUGCAUCUCUGGAAAGGGAGAAUGACAGCAAAUGAACCCACAAUUUCUGCCUCUGACAGCUGCAUUGUAUCUUGCAAGGCACUUAAAAAGGGCAAGCACCUGGAGCCAGCAGAGCAGGAGCAGGCCAUUAGCAUUCCUGUGCAAGCCAUGAAACCUUCAGAGCAGGAAGCCAGGUGAUCCCAAUACCUGGGGGAAUGAAUCAUUAAGAUCCAUGCUUUCUUAGGAGCAUCCACUUGAAGCUUGUUUAACCACUUAUUUCCUUCUUCAUUUGAGAGGCAGAGAAGAUUCCUGGAGAACAGUAUGAGCUCUUAGAAAUGCUUUAUUCUACCUCAGCCUCCAGACAAUGAGGAGUUUUUAAGGAGUCACCAAUUCCCCCUGGUCAAAAAAUUAUUAUUUUUAACUCUCCCUUGCCCUAACUCUUUGCAGCCCAGCGGCCAACCCAUCCCACAUGCUUUUAAGCUUAAUGCUGAUGUUCAAAGACAAUUUAACCAAAGAGGCAUUUCUGGGAGAAGUUUCCUCUGAACAUGGAGACAAACUUUGACUCCUUCCCACCCUCCGUCUCCUUCUGAACGUAAUGGUCAACCUAAGGCUGUUUUGCUAUUAGCUUCCUGACAUAAAGCCCUUCACAAAAUUAUAUAAGCAGGUGUGUUCUAAGACUCUCCUUCAUAGAUGGCAUUAUUCCCUGGAGAGAGAAGAAAUUGCUCCACCAUCUUCUGAUCAUUUUGUACUGAUUUCAGACAACCUUAUUACCAACACCAGGGGCUGACCCACGUGACUCAAUUGUUAGUCCAGAAUAUGAUGAUGGAGAUGUUACGAUAUAGAAGCAAUGCGGCCGCGAGCUGGUAGCUUGAAAGCAAAACAUAAUGGGAAUGUUGGGACUGUUCCGUGGGAAACAGAGGGACAGUCAAUUCACAGUGCAGAGGGCACCGGAAUUAGCUCAGAGUGUAAUAUGAGCUGUACAGGAAGUACAGGAGGAGUUUGUCUCUCGACUGCUGAAGCUUGAAGAGAGCAGACAUGAUUUUUGUAACGCUGCAAAGACAGAAAUAAAGGAAUGUAAAUACGUUUCUGUCUAUCUCUCUCCCCUGCCCAGGGGGGCAGGAAAGAGGGGGGGCGUGUUCUUCUCACGCUGAGGAGGAUCGCCUAUCGCGACCUAGCCUGGAUCCUGCCGGGAAUGCAGACAGGGAGGUCAACAGGAGAUCAAGCCGGGUGCCUGGAGAGUGGCCAGUUUCUCCUGAUAAAGGCUUGAAUCCCAACAUAUGGUAGCAAGGAGCCGAUGGUUUUGAUCCAUGAAAGCAACAAGAGAGGUUGAUGGAUCGUACUUCAUCCUCUGCAAGGAGAUAAAGAAAGAAUGUGGUAGCGGGCGGAUGGAAGCUACAAGGACGGCUGAGCACCGGAGAAGGUGUUUUUGCUGAGCAACGGAUUCCCUCAAGGUAUGGUGAUUUUAUGGCUGUGAGAGUGAACGCGAAUUGAAGCAUUCUUCGGUUCACUGAGUGUCUGCUUUUGGAUGAAACCAGCACUGAGAGAAAUAGCCUGCAUAUUUCGCAUUCCUGAGAUUGAUAAGGUUUGCUGCUCAAGCCUGGAAUGUCCAGUUGCUAAGCAACGAAACGUCAGUAUAGUGGAAAGUUACUGGCCAACAACGGAAGUAAGGCUGAGCACUGUGAGAGGCUGGAAAAACACUGAGUAAACAGAGUUUGUUUUGUCUAUUAUCUCACUGCUCUUGGAGGGACUUUCAAAACAGCCUGCGUUUAGCUGCCAAGUGUGAGGCAGUAAACAGCCAAUAGACUUUUGGAGUUUACAGGCUUGAGAGUGAGAGCUGAGGCUUGGAUUCAAAAUGGAUACCAAGAAGGGGGGAGGCUUACCUUACCCACCUCCACUGACUAAUGACAAUUAUUCCUCAUGGUCUGUAAAGAUGAAAGCCCUGCUUCAGAAUCAGAGGAUUUUUGGGGUGAUUGAUAACCCCAUCCCUGCUGCACCAACGCCAGGUUGGAAUUCACAGAAUGUGAGAGCCAGGACGGCCAUAAUUCUGUGUAUCUCGGAUGAUCAGCUCGUGCAUAUUCAGCAUUUGGAAUACGCGCGUGAGAUUUGGGAAACGCUGCGUAGAAUACAUCAAAGAGAUGCUGGUUCUUCAGCGUUGCUGCAUUUUGAAAAGCUAACCAAUCUAAGGCUAGCGCCUGAUGGAGAUGUAUAAGCGCAUCUGACAGAGAUGAAAUUCUUACGCCAGCAGAUGGCGGAACGCAAUUUCCCUCUACAGGAAGAGAUAUUCUGCUUCAUGAUUAUUAACAGCCUUAAUCGGACUUAUAAAACGGUUGCAAGUCAGCUUGGUUCUCUACCUGCCGCAGAUCUUUCGACGGAGAGAAUUUGUGCCAUGAUUCUCAAUGAGAAAGACAGACUUGCUGCAAUAGAUGUCAAAGACAGGGGGAGAGAAGCUCGGAGUUCUGACACCCCCCCACUGCUAUUGCUAGUGAAGAACAGGCUGUUGCUUUGAACGUUGUCCGUUGUUUCAAUUGUGGACAGACUGGGCAUCUUCAGCGGAAUUGUAAGAAGCCACGUCAACAGAAAGGAGCUAAGGGAAGCUCUGCAAAGCCUGAGGCAUCAGGCAAAAGUCGUACCAAGUCCCAGGUGAAACCUGCAAAGGCUUUGAUGUCAACAAAAGCCACAUUUUCAAUGGAGAAUGCUUUUAUUUUGGACACUGGAGCGACGCAACACAUGACGUCACGGCGAAAUCUGUUUUCAACGUUUAAGAAGCAAAGCUUCACUGUGAAACAAGCCAACGGUCAGGAGCUGGAAGCGACUCUUUUGGAACUGUGUAUCUUGAGAGUCUGAACUUGACUAUAAACAAUGUGUAUUUGGUUCCUGAUUUAAAGUUCAAUCUGCUGAGUGUUUCGCAGAUCACAAAGAAAGGACUGACUUUGUCCUAUGAUAGAGAAAGCUGCAAAAUCUUCAAAGAUGGAGAGCUGUAUCUUUCUGCCAGCGAGAAAGAUGGACUGUAUUUGUUGACUUUUGAUCAAAGUGAUUGCAUAAGUUGUAAUGCAUCUGAGUCUAACAUGAUUUCUCUCACAGGUGUGUCGAAAAACGUCCAGAAGACGACGCAAGUAACCAAAGCUUUUCAGCGAGUGUAUGCUGAUGUGAUUGGUCCUCUAGCACCGUCUAGAGGCAAUGCAAGAUAUUAUCUUGUGUGUGUGGAUUAUUUCUCUCAUUAUGUGUGGGUAUAUAUACUGCACAAACCACAAGAAGCCUUAGAAAGGUUUAAAGAGUUUUGUGACAAGGUUAAGAAUGUUCAUAAUGCUAACAUUGAUUGUCUUUUCACAGAUGAAAAGCCAGUUUUUCUUUUGCAGGAUUUUCAGGAUUUCCUGGAUAAGAAAGGGAUAAGGCACAAGACUGCUGUUUCUGCAGAAGCAUGGAACAGAAGUGUCUGUGUGCAAGUGAACAAAGAAUUGCAAAACGGCAUGAAGGCGCAAUUGCUGAGUUCACAUUUGCCACAUGAGUACUGGGCGGAAUCGUUAAUGUGUUUUUGUUACAGUUGGGUGAGAAAAGUUUCAAAAGGUUUAGGAUGUUCUCCUUUUGAGAAGCUGUUCCACAGAAAACCUUCUGUUGCCCAUUUUAAGGUUUUUGGGUCUCAUGUGAAGACUGAAGCUCCAGGUGGAGUAAAGAAUGCUAGAGGCAUUUUUGUGGGUUAUGAAAAGGGUCUCUACAGAGUAAUUUUGUCUGAAUCUGGUCAAGUGAUUCUCACAAAAUUUCUAGAGAGUGCUCCUGAACAGGAGAGAGUAAUUGUUCACACAUUUCCCACUGAGGACGAUUCAGAUGAUGAUGAUGAUUUUACUGAUUACAGUGGUACUGAAAAUGACAGUGAUAGCUCAAAGAGCUCAGUUGACACAGUCAUUGAGAGGAAAUCUCACACAAUGGAUAGACCUUCACAGGUGAAGGAUGAACCACUGUUUACUAUUGGAACUGGUUCUCCAAAGAGUCCUGAGACUGAACCAGUGAGCAGAGAGGAUCAGCGCCUCAUACGCAGGUCCGAGAGAGUUACAAAGGGUGUACCACCCAAGAGGUAUUCAAAAGAGUUUGCUAACUCAGCUGUAGCAUGUGUUACUAUUGUUGACAACUCAAGACAGGUUAAAGGUGUGUCUAAGUCAGAGACAAAGACACAACAGAGAGUUGCUAAGCGUAACACUACAUUCCCUAGCCAAGGAAAUGCAGAUGCACUCAUUCCUUGGAAGACAGACAACCAGAGAGGUACACUGGGGAAACCAGUGGCGGGUAGUUCCAAGGAUGGAACUGAAACAACAGGCGAGUGUUAUGUGUAUAACAACUGUUUGUUUUCUUCUCUGGAUCACGCUUUGCUUGCCGCGCACAUUGAUUCAUAUGGGGGAGUAUGUUACGAUAUAGAAGCAAUGCGGCCGCGAGCUGGUAGCUUGAAAGCAAAACAUAAUGGGAAUGUUGGGACUGUUCCGUGGGAAACAGAGGGACAGUCAAUUCACAGUGCAGAGGGCACCGGAAUUAGCUCAGAGUGUAAUAUGAGCUGUACAGGAAGUACAGGAGGAGUUUGUCUCUCGACUGCUGAAGCUUGAAGAGAGCAGACAUGAUUUUUGUAACGCUGCAAAGACAGAAAUAAAGGAAUGUAAAUACGUUUCUGUCUAUCUCUCUCCCCUGCCCAGGGGGGCAGGAAAGAGGGGGGGCGUGUUCUUCUCACGCUGAGGAGGAUCGCCUAUCGCGACCUAGCCUGGAUCCUGCCGGGAAUGCAGACAGGGAGGUCAACAGGAGAUCAAGCCGGGUGCCUGGAGAGUGGCCAGUUUCUCCUGAUAAAGGCUUGAAUCCCAACAGGAGACUGGGUUGACAGGUCUCAAGUUAAAGAUUGAGGGGUCUCAAGUUUCGCAUCACCUCUUUUAUAACUCCCUCUAUAUGACACUGCUAUUCACAACUCUAGCAGCUCUUCCUCAAUAGCCCUUCUGCAGAGCCAACCCAACGCCACUUAAGGGAGAAGGAGUGCUGAUUGAACCCAAAUCCAUUCUAGCGUCUUUUCCAUUUUUAAAAAAUAACAGGAUUCACCUUAAUUAUAAAAAAAUAUAUCUUGGGCUAACGAGUAUUAUAGUCUAGAGCCUGAAUUUAUGGACUCUUGGAAGCUCCCAGCAGCUGACACCCCAGUCUCUAGUCUCCAAAUUUCUCCCCCACAAAGAUGGGGAUGCUCAACUGAAAAACGCCACUGAGGGGAGGCAGUUCACCUUACACAGCAGGACUUCACCUCAGGUUUAAAAUUCACUCCCCCCCCCUUAGGAAGAAGAAGAGUUUGGACUUGAUAUCCUGCCUUUCACUCCUCUUAAGGAGUCUCAAAGCGGCUAACAAUCUCCUUUCUCUUCCUCCCCCACAACAAACACUCUGUGAGGUGAGUGAGGCUGAGAGACUUCAGAGAAGUGUGACUAGCCCAAGGUCACCCAGCAGCUGCAUGUGGAGGAGCGGGGAAGUGAACCCGGUUCACCAGAUUACGAGACUACCACUCUUAACCACUACACCACGCUGGCUAGGUGUCCUACAUUUUUCAUGCACUGGUAGCUCUUUUAUUUAGCUCUCAAGAUAGUAUGCAUUUCCCCCCUCCUUUUUAGUGUUGGCAUAAAAGUCCAGUAAAAUUGGUGAAUAUGCAAACUGGAUUAUGGGAGCUGCCUACUUCUGGCAAGUUCUCUUCCUGCCUUUGACCACAAGUUGGAGUUGUUACCCACCCCAAUGACCUUUUACAGGCACUGGUACUUUUCAAAUAGGUACCAAUAGAACGAUCUAAAGUUAUUGAGUGGUGCGGAAACUUAACAAACCUGCUGUUGUUUUCCUUUCAGGGCGUGCUGAAUGACCAUACAAACGCAGUAGACUUCAUCAUGGAGCAACAGAAUGUAGUUUCACAUAUACAUGACAAGAUUCUUGAUCCUCAAAGAAGAUAUUUGAACUUUGCAUCCCCAUCAGGUUAACCCAAGUACUGCUUCUUUUCUUUCUGUCAGUCCUAAGUUUGAUUUCAUAUUUGAUAUUAACAAGCCACGUUUUAAUUUUUGCAGUGCCUAUAGAUACAAACGAUUUCUCAACUUUUUCCUUCUUGGACUCUCAAGAUAAGACUUUUGUUAUUUCAGAAAACAUGAAGUAUGUUACAAGGAAAGGUACAUUUUGUUUUUGUUCAACUGUUGUUAUGUAACAUUCAUAGAGCAAUGUCUGAUGCAAGCUGAAUGGUUUACCAAGAUUAGUUAUAACAUUGUAUUGUUGCUUUAAGCUACGUAAAAAACCCUCAAAUAUACAUUCAAUAUAAUUUGAUUCAAUAUAAUUCAAAUAUAACAAGAUCCUUAAAUGUAACUUAAAUAUAACAAGAUCCAAAUUUGGGACAAGUACUCUUAGGUAAGAGAACCCCAGCAAAGAUUUAAAACCACAAAAUAUGCAGCAAAGUAAAGCGUGGAAAUAUAGCCUAUUAGACCUUUAAAAUAUGCCCCUCCAAGUGAGUUCCAAAAUGUUCCCUAAAAAUUUUCUUUCCAAAGUUUUCCUCUUCCCCCAGCAUAGGAAAAGGCCACAUGUUUGGUAAGUUUAAAAAAUGGUUUACUUACAACUCUCCAAAGGUCAGAUUCAUGUGCUUCACAUUUAUUGAAUAAAUGGAAAAUAAUUGUGUACAGCUGAAAACGCUGGCAGCAUUAAGAUAAAUUCAACAGUGUAAAUAAGUUUUGUUGGAUGUAAUAAUGGAAAGCCAAUUCGUAUAGUUUUUGUAAAAUAUGCAGGGAUAUAAGAUGUGUAAAAUGAACCAUGGAAAGAGAAGAAGGGAAGUCAUUGAUAUCUUAAGUAUGUGAAGUAUGUAAAGUGUUUAUCUGAAAUUGUCAAACAGAAAAUUUAAUACAAAUUGUAUUAAAAAAAGAAAAGAUUCACAUGCUUCAUAAAAGUUUUACAGGCAGUAAAACUUAGCUUAGUUACAAAAUGGUGAAAGUGCCUAAAUGAUUAGUAUAAGAACUUAAGAGUGGCUUGUGAGAGCCAUGUGGUUGGGCUGGAGCAACCACCUCAAACCUCUUCAAGUGCUGAGCUUCUUAAGUAGCUGGGAAGAACAAAGGCUUGAUUACCUAGUUUCUACAAAGGUGAGGGGAAGUGGACCUAGCUAAGCCUGGCAGGACAGCUUACUCUAUGGUAUUAACCUCUUCAUGCAUUGAUUAGACUUAAGCAUGUUAUAUGCGACUGGUUAUCCCACACGUGAGGUAUCUGUUAAUGUAAUAUCAGCCACAUUCUGUCCCAAUGUGUGCAAUUGAUUGGGAACAUGGAUUCAACAACUGGUUCUUAAAUUGGCUUGGUCGAGAAACAACAUUCCCAGUCAGUGACAAUGGCUACUUCAGUUGGCGUGCUGUGCACUUAGUGAGGAGAUGUCGGCUGCACAAUACUUCCUCCUCCUCUUGAAUGGCAUUCCUCCCUUUGUAGAGCUAAUCAUAGUUCAGCAUUAUAUUUGUGCCAGGAAUAAGACUUAAGUACAUAAGCCUUCUGCAGUCAUUUCUCCCUCCUGUCGUGCAAUGGGGAGAGUGGGGCCGCACUCAAUGGCCGUUCUGGUGCAUCCCCUGCCAGACCCACCCUCUGCCAGCUGCACUUGGGGCUUAAGUUCGGAGCGUGCACCAGCUCUGAAGAUGAUUUAGAAUCAUUGAAUCAUGCGAGGGGCCUACGCGUGUAGACUAGGCUAUCUGAUUCAGACAUUCAGGCAGGGGGUGGGUCCAGUUGAGGCAGCGUCCUGCCCUCUCCUUGCUGUUUCAGUCAUAUGUCACAUUCUUGUAAGAACAUGGGGUGAGCGGUGCUGCCUCAAAUACUUACUAGCAUAUUUUAAAAUAGCUCUGUACAGUGGUACCUCGGGCUACAGACGCUUCAGGUUACAGACGCUUCAGGUUACAGACUCUGCAACCCAGAAAUAGUACCUCGGGUUAAGAACUUUGCUUCAGGAUGAGAACAGAAAUUGUGCAGCGACAGCAACGGGAGGCCCCAUUAGCUAAAGUGGUGCUUCAGGUUAAGAACAGUUUCAGGUUAAGAACGGACUCCGGAACGAAUUAAGUACUUAACCCAAGGUACCACUGUAUACAGCAAUCCAUACUUCCGUUCUGUCAGUGCACUCUUGUUCAUGCACUUCCCUUUUUAUUUAUUUUUUUAAUGUUGAAAAGUGAAAAUGUUCCAUCUGGGUUCUUCCCCCCCCCUUUCUUUUUUUAGAUGAAGAUGUAGUAUACCCAGGCACCAUAUGGAUCGUUGCUGAUUUUGAUAACCCAGAUGGGAGGCAACUGCUUUCAAAUGCCCUGAAAUACCUGGUCAGUGCCAUAAAAUUCCUGUGUCCGCAUAGUAUGAGUGCAGCCGGGUAAUCUCUCUCAGCAAGGCUCUGAAGGAGGAUGGUGAUGGAAACAUAAAUAACGGCAACAGUAUUUGAUCACUAUGGAAUGGUCUCACUAACCUAAUAUCUUAUCUCCUUUCCAUAAAAUGAAAUAAAAAGUUUUAAGGAAAUAGGCACGCUUGUGGAAGUAUUAGCUACUGAACAAUUCUCAAAGCUGGCAAGGAAUUGGACUGAAAAAGCCAAAGAGAGUUGGAAGAAAUAGGCCAGAAAGAUGCUGACUUCUUUUGACUUCUCUGUAUUAUAUGUAAUGGUACAAGCUCAUUAUACACAUGCAAUUUACUAUGUCAGCACCCAAACCCUUCAUUUAGCAAGAGUGUUUCUAAUAAGGAACUGAUUAUGGGAAUGAUCCAAUCUCCAUACCGAGCAGCGCAUACCCAUUUCUGCAUUUGGGAUGGACCGAAUGGUUGCCUAAAUAAAUAAAAUUUUAAAGUAUCUGACACUUCCAGAGUAAAUAACUGUCCUAUAAAUCUGGUUUUACCGUGCCAAACUGAAUUUUUUCCUGGACUUUCAUAAUGUUCAGGAAAACAGCCAUUGCAGCCUCCUGCUCUAAAAGAUAAGCUGGCAUCUUUUGAGUUGGAUCCAAACUAAGGUAGUCGUGCUUUAGUCACAUUUGUCUUUGUUGGCUUGAUUGUUCAGAAUAUACCACCUUUUAUAUGCUAUAUAAGAUUUCAGGUCAGUGAUUAAAUUUAACAGGACUAGUUAAUUGUGACCAGCAUAAGUCCCAUUGAUUUCAACUGGACUAAUAUAUAGCUAACUUUGUCUGGACCCAACACUAUAUCUUGGCUGCUCCCACCGUAACAGUUCUGAAUUCUGCUUUACAUUCAUGAACUAUCCAUAAGGUUCAGCGUUUUGGAUACUUUAGUGCAGGGAGUAACAUAAAUUCUACUCGUUACUGGUGCAGAGCAGAACUCCGACAUAUAGUUAGCAGAGUGAAAACUUACGUUGCAGGAUUCCCAAAGAAAUACGUAGACCAGAGGCAAUUCAUAUUUCACCCAGCAGAGCUUUACUGCUACUUAAGGCAAAUAAGCGUAAUGGUCACAAAUCCAAUACAUUCAGGAUUCGCACUGUCCAUAAGAAAUCCAGUUGCAGCAGACUUAAACUUACAAUAUCUUACAAUAAGACUAAAACCUUAACACUAAGCGUACUAUAUACAGAACACUACACCAGAAGGAAAGAGAUAGAAAGUGAAACUCGGGUUCCUUCUGGCCCUACUUUUAUAGUCAGCAUGACCUUGACAGAAAGACCUUGAACAGAACCAGUUUAAGCCCGCUGUACUCAACUUCUCUGAAGGAAUAACCCAAACGUCAUGAACCUUCUGCUUGUUUCUAGGCAGAAUAGACACUUAGGUGUCAGAUAGAAACUUUCAGCUUGCACCAGUUUCUCUCACACACAGAAGCUUCCAUAACUUUCUUGAAUUAAUUAAAAUGGGAAAGAUCUCUACACGUCAGAUCAAUACUUUCUGUACCAAGAAAUGCAAACUGAGAGGGAGGCGGGACUAUAACAUUUAUGCCCUGCUUGUAAACUUCCUAGAAACUUGUCGCUGGUUGAGACCAGAUUGCUAGACUACAUAGAGCCUUGGUUUGAUUCCAUAGGCUUAUAAUGCCGUUCUUAGAAAAGAAGAGCCAAUUCACACUACAUCAGCAAGCCUGUUUAUUGCGUGUACACCAUUGUUUGCAGUGACAAACACAACAAAGUGUAAAAGGGAGCUUAUAUGGCAUAUAUGGGGAGCCACAGCCAAAUGCUCUCAUUUUUUCAAAGCAUCUCCCCAUCAACCUGAGCUGCUUUGAAAACACAAGAGUUGAUAACAAGGAAAGGAGAGGCAAGGGUACUGAAGGAUGAAUGUAUUUAGGCUUCACUCCAGUUGCAGAUGCAGACUGACAGGCUUAUCAAAAGGCUUCAUAGGAAAAGUGGGUUAUGAGAAGGGAUUUGAAGGAAGAGAGAGAGAGAGUUGGUGGUCUGGGAGGGACUUGCAGGCAUUAACUUUAAUAAUAAGUAAACAUGUAACGUCUAUCUGUGUCUUACAGAAAACUAGCAGUCAUGUACAGCUUGGGGUUGUGCAUAAUCCUGCAUCGAAAAUAACUGAAGAUAACACUGUCAUUGCAAGGGCAAUCUUGGCAGCUUUUCUCACGCAGAAAAACGCUAGUCUGAAAAACUUUCUCGGUCGGAUUCUAAAAGAGGACACGGCAAGAUCUCUCGCUACGGGAACUAAAAUCAAGACACUUCUUGUUCCGGUUAGUAGUUUUAUACUCCCUUUACUCUCUUCGCACUUGCUGAUCGUACAAGACAGCGAAGUCAUUUUAAAGGAGGGCCCUCCUCAGUUGGUGCCGUUGCACCGUGAAUUCAAGGAGAAACUGAUUUAAGUGUUUGGAAGUGCUGUUGCCAGGCUGGAUUUGACACCCAGUCUCUCUUUGGGGGAGAUGUUUUAGCUUUUCUGAGCUGGGAGACAUCUUGUUACUUUUCUGUUCUAGGGCAUGAAUAACGAUGCGUUUGAGAAGAAGUACAACACGAUAGGCGUCAAUGUAAUUCAGGCUCACAAGGUGUUUUGUCGAGAGGUUCUUAAGCUGCUUCCUGGGCAAAUGGCUGUUGUUAGUAAUGGCAGGGUAAGUAAACAAGUAAACUCAUUGGUAGGACGAACUUCACUCAGCUUAUCGAGAAAGCCCAGCUCUUGCUCUUUUUUCAUCUCACUGGCAACUUCUUAUCCACCAUUCCAAAUCAGCAGUAGGGAACCUCUGGUUGUGGGCCUCAUUUGGCAUGUAGUUUUACCUGCAAGGUCCUAAUCUUCCCCAAACCAGGCCCACAUGCCCUACACCUGAUGUCAUAUAUAAGGGUUUGCAGGAAGGUAUAGAUCUGGCUCUUUUCUGUAAGCAGACACUGCUGAACGGCUGAUGGUUGACAUCUGCAAACCUCUGAGCCUUUUCUCACAGAGUUUCAUUGCAAAUCACCCAAAGGACAGCAUUUCUCCUGGUGUCCCAGUUGCAUUAUUGAAACGUCCUGCAGGGGUUGAGGGAGGUCAGGAUUCAGGCUGCUGGUUGGAUCCAUUUCCCCACCCAGACACAUUAUACUUGGGCUUGGGGUCCUAUUUAUUUAUAGAAUUUAUAUACCGCCCUAUACCCAGAGGUCUCAGAGCGGUUCACAGAACAAGGUCAACAUAAAAACCACAAUAUAUGUAAUCAAAAUAAAAACAACAACCCAAUAACCCCCCCCCAAAAAAAAACAGAGCCACAUUUUAAAAAGGCAUAGGAUGUCAAUCAGAUCAACCAAAGGCCUGGUUAAAAAGGAACGAUUUUGCCUGGUGCCUAAAGAUGUAUAAUGAAGGCGCCAGGCGAACUUUGCUGGGGAGAGCACUGCACAGACAGGGAGCCACUGCAGAGAAGGCCCGUUCUCGUGUUGCCACGCUCUGGACCUCUCGGGGAGGAGGCACACAAAGAAUGGCUUGAAUGGGUCUUCGCCACUCCAGCUAAGCCCUUCAUCUGAAUGAAGCUAGCCAGGUGACUGGGAAUGGCCGCUGGGACCAUAUAACACUGGUCUUGAGAGAUCUGCACUGGUUCCCAGUACGUUUCCAAGCACAAUUCAAAGUGUUGGUGCUGACCUUUAAAGCCCUAAACGACCUUGAUCCUGUAUACUUGAAGGAGCGUCUCCACCCCCGUCGUUCUGCCCGGACACUGAGGUCCAGCUCCGAGGGCCUUCUGGCGGUUCCCUCACUGUGAGAGGUGAGGUUACAGGGAACCAGGCAGAUGGUCUUCUUGGUAGUGGCGCCCGCUCUGUGGAACGCCCUCCCAUCGGAUGUGAAGGAAAUAGAAUCAUAGAAUCAUAGAAUCACAGAAUCAUAGAGUUGGAAGAGACCACAAGGGCCAUCGAGUCCAACCCCCUGCCAAGCAGGAAACUCCAUCAGAGCACUCCUGACAUAUGGUUUUCAAGCCUCUGCUUAAAGACCUCCAGCUAUCUUAUCUUUAAAAGACAUCUGAAGGCAGCCCUGUUUAGGGAAGUUUUUAAUAUUUAAUGCUGUAUUGUUUUUAACACUCGAUUGGGAGUCGCCCAGAGUGGCUGGGGAAACUCAGCCGGAUGGGCGAGGUAUAAAUAAUUUAUUAUUAUUAUUAUUAUUAUUAUUAUUAUUAUUAGUUCAUCCGGUCUCAGCACCCAAUGGUAUAUAAAAAACCGAAGCUGCUGGCACAGCACCAUUUACUUCUGACUUCCUUGCCUCUUCGCAGGGAAGUGAUACAAUUGUAUACUCACCUAGGAUUCAGCAGGUCUAAGAAGGUGGUGACCUUGACAGGUCAGCGAUCAUGUAAUAAAUGGAGCCACCAUCUACAGUGAGACUCUGAACCAGUUUGGUUGUCCAGAAUGGAAAUAUUUCCAUGCCUGAGUGUGGAGUGGGCCUGCACAGAGUAUUGGUGAAUCGCCUAGCUGCCAAGGCAGCACUGUGUGCUCUUUCCUCUGGAUCAGGGGAUGCUACCCCAUGGCUGAUGAUGCUCCAGCACAUUACACUAAAGGCCCAGAAGGGGGCAAGGGGAAAGAAGCACCAAUGCCAUUGUCACUCUCAUUUUGUCAUCCAGACACGAUAUGAAAGAGUGCAUUCAAAAUGCGCAGAAUAUAACACACAAGUACUUUGAGCUUCACUGGCAGCUAGGCUUGUUCUAGGUGCAGAUGCUGGUUUGAAGCCUUGAAAAGCAAAAUGUAGCAUUCCUCCCCCAUCCCCACCAAUGUCUUAAUUUGUUUGUAACAGAUAAUAGGCCCUCUACGUGAAAAUGAACUGACCGCAGAAGACUUUGACUUGUUGGAGCAAGUAACGCUAAGUAAGGCAACAGCGAAGGUCAAAGCCCUGGUCAAGGAAAUGGGUGUUGGUGGUAAACGGUAAUAUUUCAUUCAAUUUUUUUUAUAUUAAAAUAUUUUUGUGGGGUUCUCUUGGAUUGUAGCUAGAGCUUUCCUCACUAGCCAAGGCAAUGCGACUUUGGACAUUCACUCCUUUAGAUCUAAAUCAAUUUGACAGUUUGCAUUUGAGUUUUAAUGUCUUUUGAAAGCCUUCAGAAUGUUAUGGUGACACUUCCUGGUAUAUAUUUUAGAGGGUAAAUAUAGCUGAUUGUUUGCCUUGAAGAAAAAAACCUUUUCUUCUUUUCUUUAGCGGCAGUAAUUUAGCAAUGAAAGUGAGUGCGCUUCUUUCUUCCUUGCCUAAAAGUGAUGUCCGCCGAGAUAUUGACUUUCUCAAAGAGAAGCACAGGUAAAAAGCCUCUAAAUUGUUGCGUGUUAGUUUUUGCCACAGUGCAUUCGUCGUCGUGAAAUCUGAGUGAUACGUAAGAUGUUUCAAUACUUAAUUAAACAUUUUUAGCACUUGAUUUAUUAUGUGUACAGGCAAUGAACAAUCCACACAUAUACCCAAGAACAGAACUUGAUCUAAAAACUUGCUAUCUAAGACCAUAGUUGAUUUAAUUGUUCAGAGCUGAAAAUAAAUGUUCUUGAUGCUGCUUUUAGCAUUCAUUUAUCUCUGCUGAUCAGGCAUGUGUGGAUAGGCUCACAUGGUCAAAACCCCAAAGACAGUGCACAGGAAUGGGGGGUAUCAGCAGAGCCCUGAGGUUUGCAGAAGUACAUAAAAACUGGUGGUAAAAUAGACCUCAAGGGGGACUCCCCCCCCCCCGCAAAAAAAUAAUUAUCAGAGUCCAUGAAAUGCUGACUAAUUAUUGGCAGGGGAAUUGGAUGGGAGGGGGAAUGAAGGACAGGAUCACGGACUGCGCAAAACACUAAAACAGGAACACUUCAAGCUGCAACAUUUUGUUGUGGGUUUCACUUGAUGUAUUUAAUAAAGGUUCUGAUAACACAUCAGUCAGAACUCUUAUGAAGCCUGGCUUUUAGAAAUGGAUAAACUGCUACAUUCCGACAUGCCUUAAUGACUGGAGUUUGGGGGAUUUCUCUGUUGUUUUGUAAUUAUUAAUUAUGUGUGUGGCAACUGAGAUUAAGUCACUUUCUUUAGUUUGUCCCAAAUUCUUCAGUUCGGAAACCUGUUUAUAUUGUGGUUCUGCUUUUAAGUCAUAUCCCAUCACUUCAAGAAAUACUUUAAAAGUCUUUUUUCCUGUGCUUUGUAAUUGCUUGAUGUAAACCUCCACUUGACACAAUAUUUUUCUCUGGAGGUAGUUCAUGCUGUGUGUUAUGAAGCAAUGAGAUAUCUGUUGAACCAGAGCAUGCUUUCUAAAAAUACAAAAGGGUUAUAUUAUAAAAUUCCAGUGUAUGCCCUCCCUACAAAUCAUACUUGCCCUUUUAUAUACCUUGCUCAACACUGGGUGUGUUUACUCCCCACAGUGUACUAAAGAUAGAUCCAGAGCAGAAAAGUGAACCCUUCUUUGACGUUGUUGGCAUUGUAGACCCGUUGUCGAGAGAAGCACAGAAGCUGUCACAUUUACUGAUUGUAAGAUCAUAUUGAUUUCUUGUAUGCAAUUCCAGCUUUGUGAUUUAGUUAAGACCUGUGUAGAAUGCUGGGGAGAGAGAGAACAAACCAGCUUCCAAUCCUCAUUUGACCAUGAAAUUUACUGGGUGACUUUGGGCCACUUCUCUCUUUAAUGCUAACCUCCUUCAUAAGAGGAUUAUGUAUAUAUGUACGUUUCCGAGCACAAUUCAGAGUGUUGGUGCAGACCUUUAAAGCCCUAAACAGCCUCGGUCCUGUAUACCUGAAGGCAUGUCUCCACCCCCAUCGUUCUGCCCGGACACUGAGGUUCAGCUCCAAGGGCCUUCUGGCGGUUCCCUCACUGCGAGAAGUGAGGUUACAGGGAACCAGGCUGAGGGCCUUCUUGGUAGUGUCACCUGCCCUGUGGAACACCCUCCCAUCAGAUAUCAAGGAGAUAAACAACUACCUGACUUUUAGAAGACAUCUGAAGGCAGCCCUGUUUAAGGAAGUUUUUAAUGUUUGAUGUUUUAUUGUGUUUUUAAUAUUCUGUUGAGAUCUGCUCAGAGUGGCUGGGGAAACCCAGCCAGAUGGGCAGGGUAUAAAUGUUAUUGUUGUUGUUGUUGUUAUUAUAUGUAGCAUGGGGGAAUAUUCAAUUUGAAGUGGAUUUAGGGCAAUGCAACCACUUCUGUUGCACUUGGGUAUGGUGUGAGAAGUUGCAAACAAAUAAAUUUAUAUGUAUGAUGAAAGUGUCUGGAAUUACGUUGUUGCCCCAUGCAAAUUGCUGUGCUUAAUUCUGGAUAGGGCAAAAUCCCACACAAAACAAUUUCGUUAAUACGAGAAUUGUUUCUGUUAGUUCCUUGGUCAGGUUGUCAACAUGAAACUGAGGCUGUUUAUGAACUGUAGAUUCAAGCUGUCAGAGGCGCCUUUGAAAAGGUAAGUAGCACGUGAAGUUUAUUAAUGAAAUGUGCCCCAUAAUAUGGUUCCCACUUAGAAGUAGUUGCCUUGCCUUAUGACUUUACUCAUUAGGCAGUGAGUAUUCCACAAUCUUCUGCUAGUUUCAUUUACGUUUUCCCACUCUGCUGCUUCUCGACUGCAUCUUUCCUUCUCUCCAAAUCUUCCUUUCUUUCUGUUUGGAAUUACUGAGAGUAAUUUUGCAAGUAUUGCCACAAAUACUUGAUCUUCCAGUCCUUUCAUGCACCCAGGCAUUAACACCCACUUCCUGCUUCUCUGAAUUCUUAAAUAAAUGUGCACAUUGGUUGACUGCACUCUGUUAGAAACAUGCUUAGCAUAAAUGCAGCAACUCGUCGCUCGGUGCUGGUGCUUAUAAAACAUUAGUGGGUAUUAAUGCAGAAAAAUGGUCCUUUAAGCAAAGUAUAUCCUCAUAGAAAGAGAGCUUAUAAUUGUAAUCACUUUAUAAUUGGAAUCGCUUAUCAGAGCUCAUCAUAUUACCAUUUAUUUAUCAUUUUUGCUGUAUUUGCUUUCUGCCGUGUAACCAACAGCCAGGAAGCCCUUUCCUUUUGCCAAAAUAAUUAGAUCAUUUGUUACAAUAUUAUGAGUUUUCUGUGACUUGUAUUUGCUUUCUCCCAGGCAUAAAAUGGGUUCUGGGCAGGAAAAUUAAUCAUUGUGUGCCUCAUGUUUUUGAAGGGCUUGUUCACUUGCCCUAUAUAAUAGGGCUGUCGCAUUCAGCUGGCUAAUGCUGGCGUCCUAAGUUGCGUGUUCUGUUUUUCAAAGGGCUGGUAACACCGGCCGCGUUCUUGGCACGUGUUGACAGUGAAGAGAAUGUGUUUGUUGAGGGCUCGGCUGGUAAUUGUGGCACAGGAAUCCGACCUGAGCUAGAAGAACUAUAAAGCCUCUGGAAAUUAAAAAUAAAGAAAGGGUGCAAGAGAUCUCCUACACUGUCUUGUCGCGUGUGGAUUAGCUGCUUCAAAAAUAGCAGCAUUUGCAUGCUCGGCAAUGAUGAAUGUAUAAAAUAGGAUCAGAGGAUUCAAAGGUGUUUUAAAAAGGUUGUUAUGCAAACUUUUCAGUUGCAUCUUGCCCUUCCUUUCCUGCUCUUUUCCCUUUAAUACUGACAUUUGUAUCCUUGCCGUAGUUUUUAUCGUUUUGUUCUGGAGCCCGAACUUGUUUCAGGGGCAAGUGGUUCCUUUCCUCUUGCACCGGGAGCAAACUUCUUUGAAAUGCCAGAAUCCCCUCUCCUGACCCUCAACAUGAUAACUCCAGAAAGCUGGCUGGUUGAAGCGGUGAACAGUUCUUACGACCUUGAUAACAUUUAUUUGAAAGACGUAAGUACUGUUUUCUAAAUGUACGCGUAGGAAUUGCACAAAUGCAUGACUGACAAAUUAAUAAUUCUCCCCUCCCUUUACAAAAACAUUCAGGAUUUGUGUUUUCUUUAGGACUUGCAGACCAAAAAUGCCUCAAGAAAAAUAACAUGAUAAAUGUUUGCCCUGUUUCAGAUACAUUUAGUUACAAUCAGAUAGAUAAAUCAGGUAGAUUUAGUGACAAAAGAAGUUUUUUGAAUAUGUACUAAGCACGAAACCAAGAAGGAGCGGAAGCCAUAACUUGAUGUGUGAAUGUUUUUAAAUAGUGAAUUGUUCUAUUUUCAAACUUUAUAGCAUACCUAAAGGUUUGCAGUUGCACUGUAUGCCUUUACGGUGUAAAUUCUGGGUCUGUUUUUCUAUAGCUCAUCAUAGACUGUUUUUGAUACACUUGCCUGACAGUAUAAGAAGUUUUGUAUUGGUGGUAGAACGAGUUGGUAGCAAUAAAUCAGGAGUCCUGCUGAGUUACACACAUUUAUGUAUUUUGCCUCUCCUUAUAUUACAAAGAACAUUGCUUUGUUUCCAUUAUUUUGGCAUGGGUUUAUUUUUGCCUAAGGAUGAGUAUUUUUGUAUUGAAUAAAUUUGUAAAGUACCGUAGCUUCCUCAUGCUAACUGUCUAGCCAGCUGCUGACACUAAUGGCUGACAAGCUUAGGUAUGUGCAAAUACUUGGACUAGCUUAGGGCCCCACCAAAAUGAAAACGUGACAGGGGAUUUUGGAUUAAUCACUUUUUAGGCAGGGUCCAUCUAGGUCUAAAACAAUAAAGCUAACAUUUUCUAUCUGGGAACCCUGAAGAACAUGGAGUCAGCCCUGUUGUGCAAUUCAUUUUUAAUAUAUUUGGACGAAGAGUAGUAAAUAAGGAAAGCUACCACUGAAAUUUGCUGUGUUGGCAUACAGUGCCAAAAAGCAGUAGAGGAAUGGCCCUUAGCUCAGUAGUAAAAGUUUCCUAGCAUCUCCAGGUAGCAUCUCCUGGUAGAGAACUCUGUCGAGAAGUCCUGGAGAGCUUCUACCAGUCAGUGUAGAGAAUACUGAGCUAGAUGAACCAAUGGUCUGACUCAGUACAGUGGUACCUUGGUUCUCAAACUUAAUCCAUUUUGGAAGUCCAUUCCAAAACCAAAGCCUUCCAAAACCAAGGCGUGCUUUCCCAUAGAAUGUCAUGCAAAACAGAUUAACCGUUCCAGACUUUUAAAAACAACCCCUAAAACAGCAAUUUAAAAUUUAUUUCACUCUCUAACUAGACCAUUGAUCCAUAAAAUGAAAGCAAUAAUCAAUGUACUGUAGUAUAAAAUAAAUAAGGCAGUAUUGUAUAUGAUAAAAAUUAAAAUUAAUUUUUUUUUCUUACCUGCACUGAUGAUUGUUUGGAUGGGGGGCUUUUAUCCAUUUCCGCAGUCACACACUCAAUCAACCAGUAGCUGAACCAGGUUCCACAGUCACAAAAACAAAUUAAUCAAAAAAGCCUCAAAAACAAAAACGCAAAAUAAAUAGCAAAAACAAACGCACCAAACUUAAUCCGUUCCUGAAGUCCGUUUGACUUCUGAAAUGUUCGAAAAUCAAGGCGCAGCUUCUGAUUGGUGCAGGCACCUCGGAAACAAUAGCUGACAGCCGCAUUGAAUGUUCAGCUUCUGAAAAAUGUUCGAAAACCAGAACACUUCCGGGUUUUCGGCGUUUGGGAACUAAGGCGUUAGAGAACCAAGGUACCACUGUAUACGGUGGCACCCCAUGUUCCUAUCUUCUUAAGAGAAGCAAACUUCCUAAAAUAAGCAUGAUGAAUUCUGGGUAAAAAACUGAAUGUCAGUUGAAAUCGCAGCUGCUGCAAAAUUAAUUAAUUCUUGGACAGCUGGGGGAAGGGACCCUUUCCCCCUCCUUCUGCCUUAUUAGAAAGGACAGAGCUUAAAUACAGUGGAAGCAAGGCUGAAUCAGAUCUAAUGCCUUCAGUAAGACUGAGCCUUCUGCGCAGGUCCCUAGCCAAAACGUUUGACUAUCCGUAUAUGCCUCCCACUUCCUAAUUUCUGGAAUUCUAAACCAAUGAAAUUGUGCAUUUUCACAGGUUGAGAGUGUUGUUUCAGCAGAGUAUGAGCUGGAGUAUUUGUUGCUUGAAGGACAUUGUUUUGAUGUCGCCACUAGACAGCCAACUCACGGACUGCAAUUCACUUUGGGAACUAGGAAAAAUCCUGUUAAAGUUGAUACCAUUGUGAUGGCCAAUCUGGUAGGUUCUGGCUAAGCCUGGUGAUGGAAUACUUUAUUUGACCAAAUGCUUAUUAAAGGUAAAGGUCAAGGUACCCCUGCCCGUGCGGGCCAGUCUUGUCAGACUCUAGGGUUUUGCGCUCAUCUCACUCUAUAGGCCGGGAGCCAGCGCUGUCCGCAGACACUUCCGGGUCACGUGGCCAGCGUGACAAGCUGCAUCUGGCGAGCCAGCGCAGCACACGGAACGCCGUUUACCUUCCCGCUGGUAAGCGGUCCCUAUUUAUCUACUUGCACCCGGGGGGUGCUUUCGAACUGCUAGGUUGGCAGGCGCUGGGACCGAACGACGGGAGCGCACCCCGCCGCGGGGAUUCGAACCGCCGACCAUGCGAUCGGCAAGUCCUAGGUGCUGAGGUUUUACCCACAGCGCCAUAUUAUUGGCUACCUAAACACAACUGGCCCAUUAUUAUUUGAUUCUUUUAUUCUUUUGGGCCCAGAAAUGAUGGUUAAUUAUAACGGUACAUAUGGUUGUUUCAGACAAGCUGAAGAUUUUGCUUCGGCUUUUGACUUACUACAGCUUAGUGUUGCAUCUGACAACGAAUAGACUGCUGUUAAUCUUAACUAUGGUUUAUUAAAACAAGCCAACUUCCUAACAUGGUUAUGUCAUGUUUUUGUGAGCUAUAGUUAAGUGUGACCACAGUUUAGGAUAUAGAUCCUGCAUUGCAGUGGAUGGCCCUUGGUGUCCCUUCGAACUCUGCAAUUCUGUGAUCCUAUGACCCAACACUAAACCGUUUAAUAAAAAAUGGAAUGGAAGCUUCUAAUCUUCUAUUUGUGGUUGCAGCAGCAGAUUUUUUUUUAAGGGGUCAAGGAUUUCAUGAACUUGAGGUUCCUACAGACUCAUUCUACAUGCAAAUACAGGGGCAAUAGCAGAAAAAUGCUAUUUUCAGGUCACUGUCCCAUGAUAGUAUGUAGGAUGUGGUGUCAUGAGUAGAAUUUUCCCAGAGGUUCUAAGUCAGGCAUAGCCAAACUUGGCCCUCCAGAUGUUUUGGGACUACAAUUCCCCUCAUCCCUGACCACUGGUCCUGUUAGCUAGGGAUGAUGGGAGUUGUAGUCCCAAAACAUCUGGAGGGCCAAGUUUGGCCAUGCCUGUUCUAAGUGAUCUUUACAAUUCUGUAAAGGGGCCAUAAUUAAUGUUAACACUGCUUUAUUUAAAACAAACCAGCUUGAUCAACCAUAGUUUGAAGUUGGCUUGUUCCAAAACUAUAACCGCUGGUUGUCAGAUUUAGACAAUGUUACUGGCUGCAGGCCAACUAAAAUAGAAGUGAGCUUCCAAACUCUGCUUCCGGGACUACACUCGGGGAGGAACAGGCAAAUCUGGGGGCAGGCUAGGCUUUGUAGAACACAGCCACUGUUUACAAAGAAAGUGUUCUCCCCUCCUGCUUUCAAAGCAAUAUUUCCAUUUUGUUUGUUUUUUUCCUUUGUAGGGUUAUUUUCAGUUGAAAGCAAAUCCAGGUGCUUGGAUUUUGAGACUACGUGAAGGAAGAUCCGAAGAAAUCUACCAAAUAUAUAGGUAAGUCAUAACAUGACAUUUGCUAAUGGUGUGGCGGUCACUGGAACUACUGCAGAGAAACAUUCAGGCAUCAACACAACUCUGUUCAUUCUACUGUUUGCAACAGCACAGUCUGACUAGGUGUUUUGCUCCUUGCAUCUUCUGAAGGAAUGAUGUUCACCAAACUGUCCUGGUUCAAAGAGAAGCCUUUGGAAGAAGUCACAUUCUUCUCACUUCAUCUGAAUUGGGAAUUUGGCAGUCUUAACAGUACAGUCCCAGGCUACAAGACUUAGGAAUGUUACAUGACUACAGUGUCUUACUGCAAAAAGGUUUAAAAUCACAGGAAUAAAAAUUCCAUAACGGGUAUAAACAGGGAGUUUAACAUCCUUAGCAUCCUCGUUUUUUUAAAUAAGGAAAGAUAAUUUCAGAAAUGGGGUAAAUUAAAAGAAACAAACAUAUGCAGAUUUGCUUACUCGUUUAUUUUAUGUUGCAGAGUUCAGCUUUUCUUGGUACAGAAUUUGGGCUUAUUAUUUAAAGCACAUGAAUAACCACCGUGCAAUUGACAAAGAAGGGCACUAAAUCCGCUAGAAUUUGUUGGAAUUAAACAUAACAGUAGGUUGGUUUCUGGAUGCACUAAACGAUCUGUUCUUUAAAAAAGAAAUACAUUGGUAUUCAGGUUACUAACCUCCUCCUUGAAAUUAUUCUUUUUUUAAAAAAAGCUCCUUUGCUAUUUAGACAUUUACGGUGACACUAUUCAUGAUGGCGAUCAUCGUUUUGAAGCAGCUGCACCUGUAAAGCAGAAUUUCUUAUGCAGUGUAGCUAUGGAUGACGCCAGAUCUAAAUUUGGCAUCUCUCAAGUGACAAGAUUUCAGUCUAAUUAUUAUGAUUCAUUUGCAGUUCAAUCCAGUGCUUCUCUAUUUAUAGUGCUGUCAGGCACUGCAAGGCUUGGAUCAGGAACCCUGCAGGUCAGAGACAGGUUUGCUGCUGCCUGCACCAUUUGGGCUGCUGAACCCCAGAAAUGCUGGUGAUCUGGGAAUAUUUGACAAAUGAAGCAGAACUCUUUUAAACAAUGGCUUCAGCUGAGAGGGUAGAUGGUUAUCAAAGAAUUCUGUGUUUGAGGGGGGAUUACAAUAACAUUUAGAGAUUAAAUUGCUCAUUCUUUAAAUUGAUAUCCCUACAUAUGUAAAUUUGUUCCUUAUUAUUGUCCUGUCUUAGGCAAGUCAAUUGGCACUUUUGUAAAAAUAAAAAUCAACAACUUUUGGGGUUUCCUGGUUUAUACUUUGUGAAAUAUGGCAACCCUAUUAUUGUUGUUUAAAUCUUGACCCUGUCUAUUGAUAGCUUUUUAUUGUUUUGUACAUUUGUACUAGAAGAGUAGGAUAAAAAUGCUCUAAUAAUGAAAGACGGUAAAUAUGUGUCUACUCAGAAGUAAGUUCCACUGUGUUCAAUGGGUCUUACUUUCAGGUAAUUGUAUGAAGGAUGCUGGCUUGGAAAAUAAAAUAAAGCAAUAAACUGAGGUUUCUGAAAUCCAGAUUCUGAGCAAUUUAUCUUAAAGCUGGGAUGGUUUCCUGAAAUAUGUGUUGAUAUUACAUUAAUCAAGAGACGUGGGUGGUGUUGUGUUUCAUCUCUCAUUUCAGCCCCAAGCCUUUUAAUGGAUUUUUAAAAUAAGUGAACCUGCCAUUGUUUAAAAGAUGUUUAAAAAUAAGCGAACCCUUUGACAGUGAUGCUCUGUAAUCAAGCAACACUCCUUCCCAAAAGUAAUGCAGCUCUCUUAAGCUCAGUGUUAUAAAUGAUUGAACAUUUAAAAAGAUUUUAGAAGGAGAUACCAUAUUGUUGUUAUCAAAUUGAAGGCUGUACAAAUAAUAUGAAUUCAUGAAUUAAUAAUAAUAAUAAUAAAUUUUAUUUAUACCCCGCCCUCCCCAGCCAAGGCCAGGCUCAGGGCGGCUAACAACCAAUAAUAAAAAUGAGUUGAAUGAGUACAACUUAAAAACAAGAUUAAAAUACAACAUGAAAACAUUAAAAUGCAGCCUCAUAAAAGGAGGAGAAAGGAAAAAAGAGAAAGAGGGGGAGGGAGUCAAAUUGACUCCAAGCCAAAGGCCAGGCGGAACAACUCUGUCUUACAGGCCCUGCGGAAAGAAAUCAGAUCCUGCAGGGCCCUGGUCUCAUGAGACAGAGCAUUCCACCAGGCCGGAGCCAGUGUUGAGAAGGCUCUGGCUCUGGUUGAGGCUAAUCUAACUUCCUUAGGGGCCGGGACCUCUAGGGUGUUGCUAUUUAUGGACCUUAAGGUCCUCUGUGGGGCAUACCAGGAGAGGCGGUCCCGUAGGUACGAGGAUCCUAGGCCGUGAAGGGCUUUAAAGGUCAAAACCAGCACCUUAAAUCUGACCCUGUACUCCACCGGGAGCCAUUGCAGUUGGAAAAGCACUGGGUGAAUAUGCUCCCAUGGCAGAGACCCCGUGAGGAGCCUCGCUGCAGCAUUCUGCACCCGCUGGAGUUUCUGGGUCAGCUUCAAGGGCAGCCCCGCAUAGAGAGAAUUACAGUAGUCAAGCCUGGAGGUGACCAUCGCAUGGAUCACUGUGGGCAGGUCAGGGCGGGAAAGGUAAGGGACCAACUGCUUGAUGCGGCGAAGGUCCCGACCCAGCCAGAGAACCUCUGUCUUUGAAGGAUUUAGUUUCAAUCUGCUCCCACGAAACCAUCCAGCCACAGCUUCCAAGCAUCUGGUCAAUGUGUGUGGGGCCAAGUCGGUGUGGCCAUCCAUCAGCAGAUACAGUUGAGUGUCAUCAGCAUAUUGGUGACAGCCCAGCCCAAAGCUCUGGACAAUCUGGGCAAGGGGGCGCAUAAAGAUGUUAAAAAGCAUUGGGCAGAGGAUUGUGCCCUGCGGCACUCCACACACCAACGAGUGGCGUGCCAACAUCUCCCUCCCUAGCGCCACCCUCUGUCCCUGACCAGAGAUAAAAGAGCACAGCUGUUUAUGGGCUAUGCCCUGUAUCCCCACGUUGGUAAGGCGGUGGUCCAGAAGAUCAUGAUCGACCAUGUCAAAGGCUGCUGACAAAUCAAAAAGAAUCAGCAGUCCUGACCCACCUCGAUCCAGUUGUCUACGGAGAUCAUCUGUUAGGGCAACCAGAGCCAUCUCAGUCCCGAAACCAGGAUGGAACCCAGACUGAAAUGGAUCUAAAGCCGAUGUUUCCUCCAGAAACCAACCAAGCUGUUCAGCAACCGCUCUCUCAAUUACCUUACCCAGAUAUGGAAGAUUUGAAACUGGGUGGUAAUUGGAUAGGUCUAAAGGAUCUAGUGAAGUUUUCUUUAAAAGCGGACGCACCACUGCUUCCUUCAGUUCCCCUGGGAAUGUCCCCGUGCCAAGGGACAAAUUGAUAAUUUCAACCAGGGAUUGAAGUCAUGGGGGGGUAUUUUUUGUCUCCUUUUGUUACCCCACCCAGGACCCCAGCUGCAUUUGAUAACAUGGGUGUUUACCUUCAGUGCUGUUUGUCAAACUGAUCAUUUUGCACUGACAUUUGACUACCUAAGGAACAAAAUAAAAAUGGCUGCUUAAACUGACGGAACACCAGGAUCUUAGGUCAUUUGGACAUUUGAGCUGGCUACCUGGGUCCUUUCUGUACAAUAGAAAGAGCCACGACUUUAGCCUGUGCAUUCCUUCCUAUCCUUGUCAUAGCCACAAGCAAGGGUUUCCAUUUUUACUUAACCACAGCUUGUUGCAUUGUCUCAACAAAGAAAUUAUAUUAUUGAUUGAUUGAAUUUAUAUACCAUCCUAUACCUGGAGGUCUCAGGGCAGUUCACAGGAUAAAAUAAAAAUAUAAAACCACAAUAUAUAUAAUCAAAAUAAAAUCAACAACCCAAUAACACCCCAAAGAAAUAAAAGACCACAUUCUAAAAGGGCAUAGGAUGUCAAUCAGCUCAACCAAAGGCCUGGUUAAAAAGGAACGAUUUUGCCUGGUGCCUAAAGAUAUAUAAUGAAGGCGCCAGGCAAACUUCUCUGGAGAGAGAAUGUUUUUGUUUUGCUAUGUUGUUGUUGUUUGAAUUUAUAUACCGCCCUAUACCUGGAGGUCUCAGGGUGGUUCACAGAACAAAAUCAAAAUAUAAAACCACAAAAUAUAUAAUCAAAAUUAUAGUUUGUUACUAUGCUAUUGUUUUUGCUGUGUUAUGAAAUUGUUUUGUAGUGUUUGCUUGAAAUGCAUCCUGUUACUAUGUUUUAAACUACUUUGAAUAUGGUUGUGUGUGUGUGGAAAAGCCACAUACAAAUAAGAUGAAUGAAUUCCAGGUGCAGUGGUUAGGAAUUCUUGUCUGUUCCUUUCCCUAUAGAACUAUAAAUCUUGGUUUGGCAACUAAGCAAACUAACCAUAUUGGAAUAUCUACAUAUUGGGGAGCAAACAAACAAAAUGCUGUCUGUUUAUGUUUGUCCGGUCUGCAGCAUGUCUUGCUUCCUAAAACAGAGUGACGUUGGAUACAAUUGCCAAUAGAUUACAACAACAAGAGAAGUUGCCUUUAUUGUAAGAAGUGUUUCUGGCUGUUAGUCAAUGUCUUAAAGCUGGUUUUGACAUCUUCUUUUGCGGUGUGUCUGUUGGUGAUAUUCUAGACAUGCUUGCCUUAGGAAGAAUCAUUCUGAAGGCUUGCUGAGAAGGGCCCAGAUAUUUGCAAGAGAUUACCAGAUAGUUUUUGGCUUCUUUUCUGAGAAUGCCUUAAGCGGAGUGGGGGCUCUACUGAAGCUGAAUCAGUAAGUUGUCUUUUGUGCAAGAAGCCAGUCUUUUGCAUGCAGAGAUACUCGAGGGGAGAGAUUGGUAUUGGCAACUAGGCUUCAGAGACUUGGCAACAGGAGUUUUCCAAAUAGCCACUUUUUGCUUUUCAGUGUGAUUAGGAUUAUUCAUUCAAUGAAGGUACAACUGCAUAUUUUGCAUUUAGAAUUAGCUUUUAAAGACGCUGAGCCUGUAGCUUGUGGAUAACUGAUAGCUCAAGCAUGGGUUUUCGUGCCAGGUGGCCUCCAGUAGAUAGACUUUAGCUCUGGAACUCAGCUGUUGAGCAUAAUAGCACCGUAUUGAUUUAUGCUUUGUUGAACCAACUUGCUUGCUAAAUUGAUAUGACCUUCCCCCAAAAUUUAUCCUUCUGCCAGCAGCCUCUGCUGGAAGCAUAUAAAUGUGGAAAACUUCCUAAAUUAGUAAGCUGGUACAAACCAUGCUGUGAACAGGCAGUUUUCAUUCUCAUCUGAGCAAAACAUUCUACUUCUUUAUGUUGUGAUUAAAAAAGAAGUGGGAUUUUUUCUAAUCUGAAGUUAAAAUAACUUAACUUUUCCCUCCUCCUAGGCAUGAAGGAACUGAUUCUUCUGAAGUUUCAGAAGAGGUUGUUGUGGUACUAAAUAGUUUCAGCAGCAAAAUAAUCAGAGUCCAGGUAUGUAUGCUAAUAAAAACUUAUGGGAACAAUUUUAUGUUUCAUUUCUUUCUUUUCUGUGAGGUUAGUUUGGCAUGGAACUUAGUACAGUCGUACCUUGGAAGUUGAACGGAAUCCGUUCCAGAAGUCCAUUUGACAUCCAAAACAUUUGGAAACCAAAGUGCGGCUUCUGAUUGGCUGCACAAAGCUCCUGCAGCCAAUCGGAAGCCGCGGAAGCCCCAUUGGACAUCCGGGUUCCAAAUAGGUUUGCAAACCAGAACAGUCACUUCCAGGUUUGCGGUGUUCAGGAGCCAAAACAUUUGAGAACUGAGCUGUUCGAAAACCAAAGUACAACUGUAAUGGUGCCUGGUGGGUGCUGUGUGCUGAUAACUCAAUUUGUUCUCAUGUGUAGGUACAGAAAAAACCUGAUGAAAUUCAUGAAAGCCUCUUGAGUGAUGGGGCAGCGGAAGAAGAGGAAGAUUUCAUGAUUAGGUAAACUGGCUUGUUUGCAUUCGGGCAAACCAGCACAUUUGAUUUCCCUUUUUGGGAAGAAACUUAAAAGAAACUGGGCCUUCCUCAAUGAAGAUGUUAAACAUUAUUUUAUGUACAGCAGUGUAGUGUUGAAUUUUGCAGUGCUGAAAUUUACCAUGAUGGUCCCCGUAGCCAUUGCCCACCCCCAGGAAAAGUCCAGAAAUACAGUUUUGUCGAUCAUGCAUAUCUUCAAAAGCAGCACUGCAUAGUACAAUAUCAAUUUUAUUAGGAACAACUGAUGCAGAAAGUUUCUUCACUGUGGACAUUAUUUGGGGCAUUUAUUACUCCAUUCUUCAGGCUCCCAGAACAAGUAGCAAAGAUUUUUGAAUGGGCAGAAUGAUAACACAGGGAGAUUAAAACGAGCAGAGCAGCCAGAGUGUAUUACUUCCAGCCAGACUAGGAAAGAAAGAACAGUUUUAAAAUGUGAAGAUUUAAAAAGAGAGCCAAGGUGCUAGAGGUAGUUAGGAUUGGGGCAGGAGAACGAGGUUCAAAUUGCCACUUGGCCAUGAACUUCACUGAGUGGCCUUGGGCAGCCACAACCUCUCAGCCUAACCUACCUCACAUGGUUUUUUGUGAGGGUGCCUUGGAGGAAAGAAGGGAUAAAAACAUAUUCAAUAAAAUUAAAAAGUCCUGGACAAAUAAUAAAUUUCUUCACAUGGUACUGAAAAUACGUUAAAUUCAGCAGCAGCCGAGUCCUCCCCUGGUGAUAUUAUUGCACGGUUUGGGCAACACAACCGAGAAGGGCCAUGUCUUGGGGCAGUAAAACAGUGUUCAGCAGACUUCUCUGGGCUCUUGUGCCUUCCUCCUUUUUCUUCUUCUUUUGUCUUGAUGUUCACUUUUAAAUGCCAGCUGAAUAAUGCUCUUUUUGAAGUUCUACAGGAGGGACUCAAAAAGCAGAAAACGAAAAGAAAAUGGAUAUGUUAAAUAUAUUUUCUGUUGCUUCCGGCCAUUUGUACGAACGGUUUUUAAGGUAACUGAUUCUUUUCGUUGUUGUAUUUUAGGAUAGGAUUGUGUUUUCCCCCGGUAUUUUAACUUUGAAAGUGGAGUGAAGUAUUUAACAUGGAGCUUUUGAGUGCUGGGGGCAGGUUGUACGAGCAGUAUAAGCAAGACAUGUGUAGUUUAAGAGGCUUGUUACUGGAUUUUUUAUUUCCAGUUGUAAAGAUCUCAAAUAUAAAGUUACCUUCUGGCAUCUCUGUUGCAAUGUUUUGCUGUGCAUACGCUAAUAUGUUAACCGAUAAGAUUUUUUCCCCUCUCCAGAAUAAUGAUGCUCUCAGUUCUGCGCCACACCAAGACACCGGUUAAAUUUUGGUUUCUGAAAAAUUAUCUGUCACCAACAUUUAAAGUAAGUACACUUAUCUCCCUGUUAAGUUAAAAACUUUUGUGAGCCAUGAAAAUAAUCGCAGACUCUUGUUAGCAGAAAGAUGUCAGUGUUUUGAGAUCACAAAUCAAAACUUAUAUAUAGUAACAUCAGCAUGCAUUUUUCAACUUUAAAAUGUGACCUUUGUCUAGAUGGCCUUUGAGAGAGACAUUCGUCAUCAUUGUCUGUGCUUUCAAUUCUGUCAGGUCAAUUUGUAACUUUUAAAGCUCUUUCUUGAGUAAAAUCCAAUUCUGAGCAGUUUUAUUUCACAAAAGGUUUGGUAACUUGAAAGUGUCUCAUUGCAGCUAAUAAGAUCUGGUUCUUCUAUGAUUCUUAACUAUAGAGCAGGAAAGGAUGGAUCAGGGCCACUUAUUACAUAAUAGGCCGAUGCCUGAACUGCAGUUUAAGAUUGAGCUGUGGGGUCACAAAUGUUCCCUUCGGUCACAGUUAAGGGGUACAUCAACAUCGUAGCUAAGUGCAGUUAACACUAGGCUUUUUUUAAAAAAAGGUUUUAUGUAUUUUUAUUUUGUACUUUUCAAGUUCAUGCAUUUCACUAAUUUUAUACAUUUCACUAAUUUUACAAUUAUUUUGACAUUUCAAAACUUCCUUUCCCCUCUUUCUGCAGUUCCGUAAAUUUGUUUUUAAUAUCUUCUGCAUAUACUAAUUAACUUAAUUUGCUCAUUUAUUCAUCUCUUUUAAAUAUAUACUCUUAUGAAACUGCAGGUUAUUACAAUAAUCCUGCCAGUGUUUUUAUCUGUUUAUAAUUUAUCUGUAUUCUUUUAUAUAUAUAAAAAAUGUUAUCUUAAUUUCUUCUUCUUCUGGUAAGUUUUACCAUUUCUGCAUUUUCCAUAAGUUUUUGUAUCCAUUCUUCCUUUGCUGGGACUUCUGCUUCUUUCCAUUUUGGGGCAAGUAACAUUCUUGCCACUGUAGUAGUAUACAUAAAUAAAUUUCUAUACAUUUAGGUAGGUCUGUCCCUAUAAUUCCCAAAAGAAAAGCUUCUGGGUUUUGUUUUUUUACAAAGGUUAUUUUAAACAUCCUUUUCAUUUCAUUAUAUAUAAUUUCCCAAACACUAGGCAUUUAUCCUCCCCCCACAUCCGCCCCACCAUACCACAUAUGCGGAAGUCAACCAGGUAGACAUCAGAAUCUUAUUUCAACAGUGGUGACAGGAACAGUGUCUAUUGCCACACCUGAGAGCAACAGGCUAACUUAAGGGAUGCUGGGCAGCCACGCAGCACAUUCUGUAACACCUUGGUCCCACCCAUCAGCCCCUGGACUGUACUAAUAUUAGGUCGAGUCCUUCAAUGAUUUAGAAAGAGGAGCAAUUCCAGUUGAGAAUAACGGUCUUGAAAUCGGAGAUUGACAACUGGCUGCCCACAGGCUAUUUCCGCCCCACGCCCAAUGUAGCUUUAUCUCACAUGCCCAAAUGAUCCUCAAGGUCUGGUUAGAAAAAGAAGGUGCUUUUCCACUUCUAAAUAAAAGAAGUGGUAAGACUCGAUGUGAACCUUAUAUAUUGCCCUUGGAAGGACAAAAUGUCAUCCGUCAGACUGGUUCCUGAAAGGAUAAUUCAGGAAGCACAUUAAUUCUGCUCCGUUAAUUUUUUGUUAAUUUUUUCAAACAUUUCUUACAAUAAUCUUCAUGUCAAACAGUUGCAUUUUUUCAUAAAUUGACUUUCCACCCGCAAUUCUACAGUGUUUUUUACUCAAACCUCACAUCCAGGCAAAUCUGAGGACAUGUGUACCAUACUUGGGAAGUAUGUACUGUUAGGAGAUUGCCAAGUUUAUCACAAGAUGUUGACCAUCUGAAUGGGGGUUGGACUGUUCUCUGACUGGUGUCUGGGAUGGAAUGGCUGCUAAGAAGUAGGCCAUCCAUGAUUUAGACAUCCCCAGGGAAAAUGUGAAGCUGGGAAUUGUAUUGGAAGUAGUGCUUGCCUCAAGUUUCCCAUGUGACCUUGACAAGUUUUUUUGGCAACAGCGUGUGUGCAACUUUCUUUCUGUCUUUUUAUCUUGUAGAAAGUUAUCCCUCACAUGGCAAACAAAUACGGAUUCCAGUAUGAACUUGUGCAGUACAAAUGGCCCCACUGGCUUCAUCAACAGGCAGAAAAGCAAAGAAUCAUCUGGGGUUACAAAAUUCUUUUUCUGGAUGUUCUCUUCCCGUUGGCUGUGGACAAAAUAAUAUUUGUUGAUGCUGAUCAGGUAAAAAAGUCCAGUUUUUAAGGAAGUACAGUAAGACUGUUCUUGUAUGCAUUGGUUCAGCAUGUCCCUAAUAUGCCUGAAUGUUGUGCUUCAGGCCAGAACUGCAGUUUCGCUUGGUUAAAGUUUAACCCUAGAUUGUACCAUUUUAGUCCAUUGAGUGGGCGCAUUUGAAUGCUCCCUUUGAUGCACAUGCAGAACUAGCACAUCCCGGAGAAGAUUCAGAAACGUAAUCCUUCUCCUGGAUGAGGUUUUGUGGAAGAGCUUUUGAAAGUGCAACCCCCACUUGAGUAUUGGAGUUCAGGUAAAAUCUUUCCCAUGUUACAUUGUUGAUUGCGGGUUCCCAGUUCUGUACACUUGGCAGGGAAGUCAUUGCCAUCAAGGAUACAGCAUUUGUGACACCAUUUCUGAUGAAAAGGUCUGCUUGUAACGUUUUCACCCCAAGUGGGCCUUGGCAUUGCUAGGGUCAUGCUAGGCAUCCUCUUUCAACUGGGAGCUGGGAUGGAACUGCAUUCUAUAAUGGCUUUGAUUCCUGUUACCUGUGCCAGAGAUGUGUGUUCAACGUAUAGAGUAUGGUAGUUCAAUUCUCAGUGAUGUUCUGAUGAGAUGGGUGAAGAAAGCUUUGAAACACUUAAAAAGCCAACUUCUCCUCUCCCCCCCCCUUCCCCCUUCGGUCUCUGUUCAGCUUUUCCUCUUUCCCCCCGGCCCAGUUAUCACAGCUGGCCUCCUUCCUCGCUUUGCUCUUUCCCAGCAUUCUGCUUCCAACCUUUAAUUGGCCAUGCAUUCCAUGACGUCAUAUAGAGUGUAGGCGUUACACCAUCCUCUCUCUUUCUCCUACUGUUUAGAUUGUAAGAAGCGACUUGAAAGAACUCCGAGAUAUAGAUUUGAAAGGCGCACCCUAUGGCUAUACUCCGUUCUGUGAUAGCCGUCCAGAAAUGGAUGGCUACCGUUUCUGGAAGUCAGGCUAUUGGGCUUCACAUCUUGGAAAAAGGAAAUACCACAUUAGGUAGGUACAACCCAAUCUCUCUUCUCUGCAACCUCCUUUUUAUAGUAUGUAGAAAUUAGUAAAAACAUUUUUUAUGCCAAAGUUCUCUAUUGAAUAUUUCACUAAGCAGGAUGUCCUGAAGUACAUAUAGACGAAGCAUGGAACCUCUAUGGGUUCUUUUUAUGUGUUGAGACCUUAUUCUGGCGUCAUGUUUACCCUUCUUUUGCAUACAAAGAAAUGUGACCUUAAUACAUUGCUCUGAAACUUGUCGUUUUUAUAGUGCUUUGUAUGUUGUGGAUCUGAAGAGGUUCCGGAAGAUUGCUGCAGGAGACAGGCUCAGAGGUCAAUACCAAGCCCUUAGUAAGGAUCCAGGCAGUUUAUCCAACCUAGAUCAGGUAUGCUGCAAUUAGUGGUGUAUGUCACAAAACUAUUGUCUUGCCUGCUCUUGCUACAGUGACAGUAGCACAGUCAAGGAAAGAAAACACACCCCUGUGCUUUUAGCAUGGCCUAGUGCUGUUUCGCUACUUUGUGUAACAUUUUACUAUUCACAAUAUUCAGCUUGUAUCUUGGAACUGCAGCAGCAAUGUUAACUGGUGAUGUGUUUUUUUUCAGGACCUUCCAAAUAACAUGAUUCAUCAGGUGUCCAUUAAAUCUCUUCCUCAAGAGUGGCUGUGGUGUGAAACUUGGUGCAGCGAUGAAUCUAAGAAAAAGGCUAAAACCAUUGAUCUGGUGAGCUACCUUAUAAUAAUUCCCCUCUCCCCCAAUACACAUUCAUAGUGAACAUUUUAUCCAUCCUAAAGGAGAAUACUGUUUCAUGGUGUCUUGAAGGCAGUCCUGCUGUAAACGGUUUCAUAAUGAAGCAUUUAUUCAAUCCAUGCUGCAAUCUACCCUAUGGUAACGUCAGGAGGAGGUACUGAGCACAUGUACCCAUUCCAUGCCCUUCCUCCAUUGGUGCUGUGGUCUAAACCACUGAGCCUCUUGGGCUUGCCCAUCAGAAGGUUGGCGGUUUGAAUCUCCGUGACAGAGUGAGCUCCCACUGCUCCGCCCCAGCUCCUGCCAACCUAGCAGUUCGAAAGCAAGCCAGUGCAAGUAGAUAAAUAAGUACCACUGCGGUGUGAAGGUAAAUGGCGUUUCCAUGUGCUCUGGCUUCCAUCAUGGUGUCCUGUUACACCAGAAGCGGUUUAGUCAUGCUGGCCACAUGACCCAGAAAGUUGUCUGUGGACAAACGCCGACUCCCUCGGCCCAAAGCGAGAUGAGCACCACAACCCCAUGGUCACCUUUGACUGGACUUUAACCAUCCAGGGCACCUUUACGUUUUAAAAUUGAGCAGCUGAACUUUACACAUGUUUACUCUGCAAGAUACAACCCAUGCUUUCUUUCUUGGGUCUAGAAAGUCAGUCUUCAAAUAAAUGUGGUGUAUCAUGGUUCAGUGAUUUAUUUCUAUCCCAUGGUGUAAGGGAUGCUUGUGUCCCAUCUUACCUUAGGUAGGAUCCCAGUGGCCAGUUGGUGAACAGAUCCCAUAGAAUUGUGGUUCACUGUAACCCUGACCACAAAGACUAUCUCUGCCCCAUUGUGCCUGCAAGCAAAUGUUAAAUCACCAAGAAGUAACUUGACUCAGAGUUGGGCCACUGAAAUUAAUCACCAUGAGGUCCAUUAAUUUCAAUAGAUCUAGUAUAACUUGGUUGACUACCACCCAAGGUGUCUCAGGAAGGGAAAAUUGCAUAGCAACACUUUCUUGACUCUUCCAGUCGAUCACCUUCAUACAGGUGUGAAUGUCUUUCAAAAAGAGCAUUGCUAUCCAAUUUUAUAUCUGUUCAUCAGAUCUCCAUCUUUAAGAACCAGAUUGUCUGUUGUGGACUCCCUAUCAGAUUCACAUUCUAGUGCUUUUGGUGAAGUUGACAGAAUAGCUUGUUUGGAAUGAGGCAGUUUUUUUAAAAAAAAGAUGAAUGGUGGGACUGAGGGCUCCUGAGGGGCUGGUGACAGAUGGUUCUGUUUAUAAAAAAGAAUGCUAUCCAGAUGUGCAGGCUGCCUAAAGAGCAGUGAUUGAAAAGCAUGGCAUGCUGUUCUCCAGAAAUGUAUUAAUACGUGGAUUUUUUUGCCAACAUAAUUUGUAUAAUGGCUGCUGAUGUGUCAGCACAGCUACGAUUUCUAAUUCUGCUAUGGAACCAGAAUGGUGUGUAUUUUAGGGCUUAAUGUGAGUCCCGUAUGGAAAACAGAUACGGGAAGUCAAUCAAUCAAUCAAUUUCUUUAUUCGACCGAUAGUCAGAAUUAAAACAUUACACAAUAAUUAUAAACUAUAACAUCAUAAGUUACAUAAGGUACAUAAGUAAGGUAGAGCCACAGUACUAGAUCUCUCACAGAUAACCCACGUCAAAGCAUUCAAUUAUACGUUUCCGACACUUGAGUGCCAGGAAAAGAAAUUUAGCCACUGACAAGGUUGUUUUCCCAGAAGACUUAUUUAGCAGAUAUGCUGUCUGCUUUCCUCUUUGUCGGGAACUGAGCUGGGGUAAGUAUGGAGUUAUAAGAUACUGUCUUAAAUCGUUGUAGAAGGGACAGCUCAAUAAAAUGUGCUCUGUGGAUUCUACCUCACCCAAUGCACAGUGGCAUAAUCUCUGGUCAUAUGGGACUCCUCCAUAUCUUCCCUUCAGGACCGCCGAGUCAAGAACAUUCAGCCUAGCCGCAGUAAAUAGUCUGCGGUAUUCCACGUAGUGGAUAUCCGCCAGGUAGCGAGCUGGGGCAGCCCGAUACAACUGCUCCCCAGAAACAACCCAGGUUUCACACGGGCUAUGUCCUCCUGUCUGGCAAUAUCCCUUAAUCUUUGCGCGAUCACCGCCUUUGCGUGGCUAUACGUCAUGGACUCUAUAUAAAGGGAGGACAACCCACACUUCUGCACUUCCUCCACUAUCUCCCCUUCCCAUGGAGAUUUAAAGUUAUCCCUCAGAAUCAAGGGGGCCAAACCCACCGGUCUGAAACAGAGCUUGAGCCAUAGCCAUAACUUCGCUUUCAGGGCCACAUACCUAAAGGCUUGACAACCGGUUUCCAGCCUCAUGAUCGCACCUGCCACAGAGGGGGAUCCUGAGUAUGGCCCUGAGGAAUUGGGUUUGGAUAGAUUCCAAUUUUUCAAAAUCCCUACGUGAGCCCAAGGCAAUGCCCACCAGCAGAAGAGGGAGGACUUUCAUUUUAAAGAGACGUAAGGCAACAUUGACAGUUUGUGCCUGUUUCUUGGAGUACAGGGUUCUAAUCAUCAGGGCUGCUUUGGAUGCGUUCGAGGCUAUGUAUUCUCUGUGCGCCAGGAAGGACCUAUUUGAUCUUACAACCUGACCCAGGUACUUGAAGCAACUGACCUGCUCUAAAGGAAUACCAUUAAUUGACCAUAAAUUAGGUUUCGGUCGAGCAGCAAAGACCAUUAUUUUGGUCUUGGCAUAAUUUAAUUGGAGCUCGUGUUGGGUCUCAUAUUCAUGAAGAGCUCGAAGCAUCCUCCUUAAUCCGAUGGGGAGGUAGCUAAUAGGGCGGCAUCGUCCGCAUACAGUAGGACAUUCAAGGCUCGUCCUGCCAGUUUUGGUGGAUGGAAAUCAGCAUUUGCCAUAUGCACCACUAGCGAAUUUAUAUAGAAGUUAAACAGAGCAGGGGCAAGCAAACAGCCCUGUCUUACCCCCCUAGUGGUGGCAACCGGAUUGGAGACUAGCCCCUUACUAUCUAUCCUAAUCCUCAAGAGGGUAUUUGUAUGCAAAUUAAUAAUCAGCAAGAGAAGGCGGCGGUCGAUAGAUGUCGCUGCCAAUUUUGUCCAUAGCUGGUUCCUGGGAAUUAGAUCAAAGGCCUGCUUAAAGUCUAUAAAGGCGACGUGGAGGGCUUUUAGGCCAUUGCCAGCGUACUUAGUGGCCAAGUGAUUUAGGAUUAAGAUUUGGUCUGUUGUUGAUCUUCCGGGGCGGAAACCCGCCUGUUCCUCUGCGAUGAUAUUGUUGCUUUCCAUCCAGGUCGUUAAUUUGUUAAGGAGAAAUCUUGAAUAGAUCUUCCCGAUAACAUUUAGCAGGCUAAUUGGUCUAAAAUUGGCCGGGUCUGUGCGCGGCCCUUUCUUGUGAAUUAACACAAUCAGUGCAGAGUUCCAGCUUGGAGGAAAUUGUGCUGUUUUGUUUAUAUAAGUAAAAAGAGCUGCUAGGGGUGGACACCACCAAUCCUUAUUGGCUUUGAUAACAUCUAUGGAAAUAAGAUCGUCUCCGGGUGCCUUGCCCGCCUCAAAUUGGCCUAUAAGUGUUUCCACUUCAGAGCAGGUAACAGGGUCCCACUCUGGCAAGGGGGCCAAAUCUAACCUUCCUCCGCUAGCUGCGUGAGCUGCAUAUAAAACGGAGAAGAAGCUUUCCCAGGUGUCAGCUGAAAUUUGGGGUUCUAUCCUUGACAACGGUCUACCCAGGUAUCUGGAAAUUUGGUGCCAAAAGGAGGAGGGAUUUCUAUUUUCUGCAGCUUUUAGAAGGUUCUUCCAAUCAUUUCUUUCUGCCGCACGCUUCUUUUCCUUUAAUAGUGCUUUAUACCUUCUCUUGAGGAUCAUAAGGUGACUGCUAGGUGCGGAGUCAUUUGAUGCCCUAUAUGCCAAAAAUUCAUUAUAUAGGUUGUUCUUGAAGUGCCUGCAUUCCUCAUCAAACCACUUUUUAUGAGAGAAAUGGUUACUAUUCAUUACCGGGGUCUUAGCCAACGAGGGUUUUAGCAGUUCUACUAAAUUGUCAUAUAUUGGCAGUGGCUCAACUGCCUGGAUAAGGGAGUCCCUUGUCUCUUGCAGUUGGUCAGACCAAAGGAGUUCAUUUAUCCGUUGAGCCAUAUUGUCGGUCCAUUUUAAGGCAGUGGGCCUCAUCUGAAGCUGGUUAUUUGUAAUAGGCACGCAGGAGUAGGUAGCCAAUUCUCCAUCCAGGGUCAGCGAAAGUUCUAAUGGAAAAUGGUCACUUUCCAGCCUCGUUACCACCCUAAAGUUGGAAAUUUUGGGAAUUAGGUCUGCUGAUGUCCAAAUAAAGUCUAUGGUAGAGGCUCGGGAGCCUGACCAGAAAGUAAAUUCGGCAGGGUAAUCAGAACUGAGAGCUCCGUUUAAAAGGUGAAAAUUAAGAGCCAUCAAAGUUUGUCUACAUUUAAAACCUGCAUAUGUAGCAACACUGUCUUUAAAAUUCCUGGGUAAAAGGUCUGAGGUUAAAAUGGGUAGUGAGGGAUAUUUAUUAUAUUUAGCAAAUAAUGAUUUAUCAGAGUGAGACAAUCGGCCAUUGAAAUCUCCUGCAACUAGGAAGGUGGCUUCAGGAUAUUUUUCUAGGAGAGUUUCAAGAGUCUGUUGAAUUUCCCUCCAUCUUUGGACCACCAGGUUUUUCUUAUAGAUUGGGUGCAAAUAAACAUUAAUCACCACAAACACUUCCUCCGCUGUUUGUAGCUUAACACCCAGCAUGGAUGACGACUGGAUGUCGAUUUGUUCCACCUGCAGGUUUAAGGCCAAAGAAACUAGGGUAGCCAACCCACCUUGUGGUCUGCCAGGAGAUAGUAAAUUCUGAUGUGCAUUCAGGUAGAAGCCCUUAUACCCUGAUAGGGAGAAGCCCUCACAAGCCCAGGUCUCUUGCAGCAAAAGAAUAUGACUGCCUUUUAUGUAGGCGACAAAGGAUGGAUCCAUCAGCUUAGGUUUAAUGCCAGCUACAUUCCAGGAUAAGAAAGUAAGUAAUCUCCUGGUCACCCCUUCGAGUCAUGCUGGGCCUUGCGGAACCAGCACGGCAGAAUCCACCUGGGAAUGCAUGCGGCGAGGGGGGACAAUAGGCUGGAAGAAGGAAGUAAUUGUAGCUUGUUUACCAGGCAAUUUCCGAGCACCACUUACCGCAGCAGCAGCCAUGGAUUGAGGCUUAAUUAUUGGAAGCUGCAAGGAUGGAUUCUGGUGCACAGGAGUAUCACUUAACGACAGGUCCAUAGACUCUACAUUUAAAGUAUGCUCUAAGAUUGAGGGGGGUGGGCCUUUUGGAUCUGCAGAUGCUGUAGGGAACAUGCAGUGUAAGGCAGGUGGAAGGCAUCCUUUUCGGUUUGCCUCCAAAAGAGCAUCCAGUCUUGCCACAGCUUCCGAAUUUGACCAGAGGGUUGUCGAAUCUUCCACUGUAUCCUGCCCGGACUUGACAUCCCGAGGCUGUGCACAGCCAGGUUGCAGAUCAAAGGUCGUUAAAGCAGGUACCACUUGGGCUUGUGUAGCCUGAUCUACAAUUGGUGAAGAAUUCAUCUUAUUUACAUGAGCAUGAUCUUCUGAGUUACGGAGACAGAGUAGCAACUCGUCCAAUCUGUCCGUUAUCUCUGUUCGCUCCAGUUUUGGCAAUUGGGAGAAGGAUAGAAGUAACUCACGCUCCGUAGAGUUCUCCAGAUGUGUGGCCUUUGUCAGUGGAGGCAGGGGGGCGUCAAACCAGCUGAUUAGAUCUGCAGCCAGGGGAGUUGGGGUCGUAGCAAUUGGCGGACCCUCAGACUUAUCUGCUUUCUUUUUGAACAAGCAGUUUGGUAAGAGGGAGCAGAUCUUGGUAUUGGUAAAGACUCUUGUAGCAAGGAUUCCAUAGUUAAUUAGAAGGCUUCUUGAGGACAUAAUAAGUGCAGGGAGCUUUUUGGUUUUAAAGGAGAGCAGCACUCUCUGCCUCUGAGGUCUGCUGCUAAUAUGAUCAAUAUGCUUCAGGUCAAUAGAGCUAGGGGUUACCCUCAGAAGCUCCGCUAGGUAUCUCCUUAUAUCACUCUUAUAGUGCCAGUUUAUCACCUUGCCUCUAAAGGGGCAAACCGUUAGGCAGAUUUUGGUAGCUUGCAGUAGCAGUUUGUGAGGAGGUGCAGAGUGUUGUUCCUUCUUAUUUUGCUCACCUUGCUCACUUUUCUGAUUGCCAGCAGCUUGAGGAAUUAUACAAGAGGUAUGAGGUAAAACGGGUGCUCUGGGCAUUUGUAAGGGCUUCAUCUCAGGUGGAACAUCAGGGGAACUGUCUUUACCUGUUAGGGAUACAAGCGAGAUAAUCUUCUCCAAGGAUCCUCGGAUGUCUUUUAUGUAUUUAAAGAUAUAGUCCACUGUUCUAGCCACCAGGUCUAAAGUAGUCGAGUGUUCAAAUAGUAUCUCGUCAAUGCAGCUUUCACGGGCUCUAGUGCAAACAUUCGAGUGGAUGCCAGUAUUAUUAUUGCUUGAAGGUUUAGUAGGCAGGUUAUCAAAAGGUUCUUUCACACUGGGUUCCUCGUCAUUCAUCUCUGCUAGCAGUGUGAAAGAGUUUGAAACCGGGAUAUUAAAAAUAUCCUUUGUACUUUCAGAUUCACUAAUUUUUGUUUGUUUAGCAAGAGGCAGGCAUCUCCAUUCCUCUGUGUCGUCUAUAUCUCUAGAAUCUCUGGUACGUUUCCCAGUUCCUCUCCCACAAGCAGGGCUGUAUAGUUGCUUAGUCAUUUCUCUCUUCAUGCAACCGCCCCAGUUUCAAGGUUAAUGGUUGUCUCCCCGAUAGAAAAAGGCGUCCUCCUACUUACUAAUUUAAAACUAAGACUAAAAACUAAAAACUAAAGUUAAAAGUUAAAAGAUUAAAAGGUUUCUAUACUCAUUAAAACAAUGUUAAAAGAUAAAUCAGGGAGCUCACACUCACGCUGACUAAGUGCCGUUCGCCAUCUUGGAUAUCUCUCGAUACGGGAAGUGGGACAACACUGAAACCUGGGAAACAUAGAUUUGCUUCCCUUCUAUGUCGUCUCUGCCCUCCUUUGUGACAUCCCCAGGGUUUCCUCCACUCUAAAGUGAUAGCUGCAGGAAGACUGUGCCAUUUGACACUUCUGGAUCACAAUAACAGACCCAUAAUCUGUUUGUAAUAUUUGUAUUUCAGUGUAACAAUCCAAAAACCAAAGAACCCAAACUAGAGGCUGCUGUCAGGAUAGUUCCUGAAUGGACAGAGUAUGAUUCUGAAAUACAGCAGCUUAUAAAUCAAAUAAAAAAGGAGAAGAAAAUCGUGAGUCAGUCUCAACAAAAAGGUGAGGUAUAGAAACAUUUGCUCAUUAAAGACCUUUGGCAAGGGGAACGGGGUUUCCAACAUUUAAUUGCCUAUCAGGACUGGUGAAUUUGCAACGCUGGGGUCCUCAGAACCACUGGCGGAGGAAGGGGGGGUGCAGUCCGCCCUGGGUGUCAUCCUUGACGGGGUGACAUCGCCCCCCUGCCCUCCGGGAUGCUAACCCUGCCCCCAGGUGCCGGAGCAGCUAGCUCCGCCUCUGCUCAGAACCAUGCAAGGAUGCCUUUCUUAAUACAUGUAGGGAGCCCUCAUGAGUUCAGAAAGAUCAUUGUUUCAGAAAAUUACCCUCCAACUCAUGGAUGGCAAUCAAACUGGCAACAAGGGUGUGCCACACCCUCCCCAGACCCUAGGUGUUUGCAUAUGCAAAUAGAGAAUGCCAAAAGAGUGUUCCCGCUUUCCUAUAAUCUUCCAAUACAGUCCAAGGUAGCUGAUAUUAGAAUUUGAGCUGUUUGCUCUUUUCUUUUCUCGAAUGAAUAUUACUGCCUAAUAAAAUCCAGAGAUUGUCCAAGCCCCUGUAUAAUUGUCUGUGGCCCUUAUUGUGAGUUAGUUCCGGAAGUAGAACAGCAAGCUCUGGAGUAACUUCUGGUUGUCUUGUUUCCUAUGUGAAGGAACCAGCUUGCAAUAGAACCACCAACUUGGACAGAAGAUUAUGGCUAAGUAAAUUAAUUGUGAUUCUAACGGUGAUGAGAAAAUGGCACAAAGAAAAGUCUCGGCUUUAUUCAGUUCUUGUGUGAUCUUGCAGUUGUUCUGUGUACUCAAAUAAUUAUUAUUUUUUUGUUUUUCACUUACAGAUUCCAGCCAUGAUGAACUUUAGCACUAUUUGAAGAGUGUCCUGAUGACACGGCUACUGGCCAUAGACUGGGGGUUAGUGGUAGUUUUUGUGGAUGUAUGUAAAUACUACAGAGAUGCUCUAUAUUUUUAAAUAAAAACUUCUGGCAUUUUAUUGGGACUUGGAACGGAGUAACAGAGUGGAAAGGAAACCUAGUAAAGUGUGGGCUGUGCAGUUUGUCAUUCAGUCUGAUUGCCUUUCCACUUCUUUCGUUUCCAAAGGCGUUACAAAUUCUGGUGCUACAUUCGCUAAGUGCACACUGCUUUUGUUUCACAUUACACAAAUAUUUUGUUGGAGAUCUCAUGUAAUAAUUUUGAAAUGUCUGUCUGUAGUAAACAAACACCCCCAUCACAUACUUUUCUUUUUAAAGCCCUAUUCCAUCUUUCUGCAGAAGCUUCCGAGGAGGCUGAUCUGAGACAAUACUUGAAGUUGCAUUGCUUUUUCUGUAUGACGUGUCUGCGUGCCUCUUUCUUGUAUUUGAUGUCACUUUCACUGAACUUUACUCUCCUGGUGCAAGAAAUCAGUUGGGUUCCAUUCCGUGGAGAAAGUGCUGAAUUUUGGAGGGUUCAGCUCACCAGCUCAGCAAGGACUGAACAGUCUUGGCACUUGCUAAACCUCAAUAUUCCCGCUGGGCUCUGAAAGAGAUGCUGCGUAAGACCAGCAGCUGCUGCCACGGAAAACAAAGUGGGAGCCCCGAGUCUCACCAAGAGCAGCCACUUAAGUGGUGUGGGGCAAGCAAACUGCAACUACCUCCGAUGUUACUAAAUGAAGGACUUCCUUUGCAGACACAAAUCCUCUGACAUCUAGUUCCGGCCUGCAAACUUAAAAGUUGAUAAUCACUUCUAAAAGUGACUUCUAAAAAGCAUUUGGCUUAGACCCCAGAGGAAAUACUGGAACUAAUGGAUACUCGCUUCUGCACCCCCAUAUACUUUUAACCUUCUUUUCAAUCUACCUGCCUAAGUUCCCUUUUUGGUUCGCCCAGAUAGUCUAGCUGCCCAGAGUGGCUGGGCAGACCCAGCCAGAUGGGUGGGGCAUAAAUAAUAAGUUAUUAUUAUUAUGUUCUUAACUGCUGCUGGGCCCAAAAAUAUUUGUCUACCUGCUCUGCCAACCUGGGGCAAACAUGGCCAUUGUUCUGUUUGCUGCCCUGGGUUCCUUUAGGAGGAAGAGUAAGAUAUAAAUUUAAUAAUAAUUUCUCCUGUCUCAGUUUAAUCUAUAAACCUAUUUAAAAACCAAAAUCUUUGUGAGACCCUCAUUCAGCUGCACUGGAUUCCAGUUGAUAAACCUUUUCCUGCUUCCACAACACUUUUUGUGACUGUUUUGAGAGUCUUUGCUGAUACUCAGAUUUCUCUACCCCUUCUCUAAAAUGCCUCUCUUUGUAUAGAUUAGCAAGGUGUGUCUUUUGCAAUCACUCUUUCUUCCUCAGUCUUACAUUGAUUUGUCUUUUACAAUAUCAGCCUUGUUACCACUGACAUCUGAAGGCAGUCCUGCUUAGGGAAGUUUUUAAUGUUUGAGGUUCUAUUGUGUUUUUAAUAUUCUGUUGGGAGUCGCCCAGAGUGGCUGGGGUAUAAAUAAAUUAUUAUUAUUAUUAUUAUUAUUAUUAUUAUUGAGGGGCAUAUGGUUUUCUGGAUCCUCCUGAUCUUUAACUUUAUGAAUUUUUGUGACACUAAGCCAAACUAAUCCAUGUCCUUUACUUCCUAUCUCACUUGUAUAAAACGAUGUAUCAGGCUGGAACUAGAUGUUACAACAAACAAUGGACUGCCAUCUCCAAAUGGUACAAUAAGAAUCUAACAUAAAAUAAAAAUCAAAUUAUUCCCUCUUUGUGCAGUAAAAUUUACUUCUCUCCUGCUGUGCAUCAUUUUGAUUUCACAUCCAAGAAACUGAGAUAGAGCAGGAGCUGUAAGCCCUCCAUGAAACAAAUGCAAGGGAGAUGGAGCUGUUGCUGUAGAGAUUUCUUUCACAGGGACCAGGG